UUCCUGGGCGGCGCGGGCCGGGCUGCGCCUGGCGUUCGCGGAGGUUCGGCCAUGGAGCGCUGGGCAGAGGCGCUGUCCUUCGGCGCCUUCCACAGGGGGCUCCGGCGGGGAGCUGCCUACGGCUACGGCGGGGAGAGCCCCGAGGGGCUGCGCCGGAGGGAGCUGGCCCGCCUGGGAGGUAAGCCCAGUCCCGCGCUCGGGACCCCCAGCCGCGCCGCGCUCUCCGCAAGCCGCCCUUUCCGUCCAGGAAGGCGGAGAGACUGUCCCGGGCGCAGCUGCAGGCGGACAACUUUCUCCGCCGGCUCCCCGGCAGGCAAGCUGGUGGCUCCGCGCCGGACCCCCAGGGGCUGCUUGGGUGCUCAGGGGCUGCUUCGCUCCGUCUCCUUUUCCCUCGGGUGCUUUGGGCGCCCCAGUUGCCGGAGAGGAAGGGGCGCCUCGCGGGGACCCGGGGAAGUUUGGCCCCUGCGAUCCAGUUAAGGAACAAGACCCUGGCGACUCACUCCCAGGCUUCCUUUGGAGUCAACAAGAAGGGCAGAGCAUAUGGGACAGCGGGGAAGUAAUUUGUCCUGCUCUCAAAUAUCCCAGCGGCCGGGGAGUUUUCUCUCUUAAGCAUUAAACAAAAUUGGUGUUUAAAGUACACAAGCAAGAUCAAGGUAAAGAAACAGAGAUUUGUGUCCGUGGUUACGUGGUCUAUGGUGUCUGCCCUAGAAAGAUUCUUUUUGGUCACUGUUUUAGUAAUGUUGUAACCAAAGUUGCCUUUACAGCUUUUCACAUGUUAUAUAGCCUUUUUGAAAAAACAGCCAGCUCACACUUGAGUUUGUUUGUUUGUUUGCUUAUUUAAAUGCAUAGAUAAACCACUCAAUAUUUUUAAAAACUUUUUAAAUGUUCAUUUACAGAAGCAAUCCAGAUGCUAAAGUAUAUAUUAUAAAGUACCCCCCCAUCAGUAUUUAUUUCUAACCAGGAGCACCAGCAAGACUUUCUGAGCCCAGUUCGUUGCAUGUGGAUUGGGCCCUCUGCUGCACUCCUAAGCAAAAAACAACCAGAAUCUGCAUAAUGCAAAUCUAUUAUAUUGUAUUACACAUGUAAUAUAAUGUCUACCAGGCAGAAUACCAACAGGUGGAGCUUUCCCCAUAACUGCAGUUCCAUACUAGAAAAGAUUUACCCUGUAUAAUUUCUGCGUCCUACAUAACUUUUAAAGGUGAUGAGAGUCCUGCUGUACUUCAGUGUCAACUUUAAAGCAUGCAAAAGAGUUCAAGUUUCCUAAGUUAUACAUGAGCUAUGCUACAGUCUGUAGGUCUUUCUUCAGCAGAUCUUUGUCUGGUAGUGCUACAUUCAGUGCAAGACCAGGCAUUGCACUUCCGUUCUGUUCUGUUCAGAUGCACAUGCUUUGCAUAAAUCAAAAUUUAGUGUUAAAAGAUGAGCAGCAUAUUCAUUUGUUAUGGGUACUCAUUAACAUUUUAUUUGUUUCUUAAAUUUCUAUACUGCUCUUUAUCCGAUGAUCACAGGGCAGUUUGCAAUAUAAAAACACAAAAAUACAUACCAUAAUGACAAAUAAAACAAUACCCCCCACCAAGCUUUAAAGGCCAUAGAUGGUUUAAUUAGCAAAGGCCUGGGAAAAGAAUAAUGUUUUCACCUGGUGCCAAAUAUAUGUAAUGAAAGUGUAAGGCAAGACUCCCUCGGGAUAGCAUUCCACAAACAGGGAGCCACCACAGAAAAGGCCCUCUUUUGUGUUGCUUUCCUCUAGACCUUACGGAGUGGGCACAUGAAGAAGAGCCUCAGAUGGGCCGGUCCUUGAGGUAUUGUGGUCUUCAGUCAUAAUAACGGCAGCAUUUAUUCUGCAUUUUUGUGAAGGAUUUGAAAUCCCAGCCAGGAAUCUCACUGGGUGACCUUGCACAAGUUGCUGUCUCUUAGCCCAACCCACCUCACAGGGUUGUGAGGAUAAAAGGAAAAGGGGGACAAGCUGGGGAAACUCAGCCAGAUGGGCGGGGUAUAAAUAAUAAAUUAUUAUCUUAUUAUUUAGGGGGGGGAAAGUGGGAUAUAAAUGCAACAAUACCUUCCAUAAAUACUCAUUUUGGGUUUUUAUGCUAGUAGUAGCAAACUACCUGCGAGGUAGAAUUGAUGCUUUUGGAUUAUGGUGCUAGAGGAGACUCUUGAGAGUCCCAUGGACUGCAAGAAGAUCAAACCCUAUCCACCCUUAAGGAAAUCAGCCCUGAGUUCUCAGUGGAAGGACAGAUCCUGAAGCUGAGGCUCCAAUACUUGUGGGUACCGUGGUACCUUGGGUUAAGAACUUAAUUUGUUCUGUAAGUCCGUUCUUAACCUGAAACUGUUCUAAACCUGAGGUACCACUUUAGCUAAUAGGGCCUCCCACUGCUGCCUCUGCGCCAUUUCUGUUCUCAUUCUGAAGCAAAGUUCUUAACCCAAGGUACUAUUUCUGGGUUAGCGGAGUCUAUAACCUGAAGCGUCUGUAACCCGAGGUACCACCGUAUAGGGCAGUAUACAAAUUUAAUAAAUAAAAUAAUAAUAAUAAUUAAUGCCCUGUCAAAUCUAGCAACUUUUUUCUCACAAUGGCCAACCAGAUGGGAGGCACGCAAGGAAGACUUGCGUGCAAGAGCAGCCUUCAUAAUGGCGGGCGUUUCAAUAGUAUUUCAUAAUGACUCCCCACACCCUUAAAGCUGAGGAACAAAAUCAUAUGAGCUACAUUAUCAUUCAAAGAAGGCUGGGUUUUCAUUAAAAUAAAAUGUGGCUGAUGUGCUUCAGGCGUGUUCUGAGUUGACAAGUCUGCACCAUGUUACAAUUGUAAGAACUCUGCUUGAUGCGAUUAAUUUAUUAGAUCUGCUCAGAAACAAAUUUAAUACCUCAAGGUGGCAUCUACCCAUAAAGCUUCUCCCUUAAAGGGAGUACAUUCUGUUGUGUUUUGCACUCUGGCUAGGCAUUGUCCUUAAUUGCAUUUAUCAGAUGAGUAAAAGAAGAGGCAAGACCAUCUCUUAGAAGGGACCCAUUUCUUGGGGAUGAGUAGUUAUUUCCCUGUGCCAAGGAUACUCCUCGGGUGGUUGUGGGUGUGAGUGACUAGGAAAUAUGGUUGUGGGUGAUUUAACAAGGUAGCACAUAGCCAUUGAUCACCGUAUACUCCAUGAAUUUGUCUAAUCUUUUGAAGCCACCCAGUCAGUGGCCAUCGCUAACUCUAGGUUCCACAUUCCAUAGUUUAGCUAUGUGCCGUGUGAAGAAUUUAUUUAAUUUCAUUUAUCUGGAAUCUUCCAACAUUCAGAUUUGUUGGAUGGCCCUAAAAGGAGAAAACAUUUUCUUUAUCCGCUUUUUACACACCAUGCAUAAAUUUAUACAUCUUUCAUGUUCCCCUCCCCUUACUUGCUUUUUCACUAAAUGAAAAGGUCCUAAACGAUCGUACUGGAAGCAGUAUGCCACUGAAUACGAGUUGUUUGGAAAUGCAGGAGUUGAAGGAAUGCUGUUGUUCUCAAGGGCUGCUUGUGGGUCGGCCACUGUAAGAAGAGUGUUAGACUAACUAGAUCAGGGGUCAGCAACCUUUUUCAGCCGUGGGCUGUCCCUCAGACCAUGUGGUGAGCCGGACUAUAUUUUGAAAGAAAAAAACCCGAACAAAUUCCUAUGCCCCACAAAUAACCCAGAGAUGCAUUUUAAAUAAAAGGACACACUCUGCUCAUGUAAAAACACGCUGAUUCCUUGACCGUCCGUGGGCCUGAUUGAGAAGGUGAUUGGGCCGCAUCCGGCCCCCAGGCCUUAGGUUGCCUACCCCUGGACUAGAUUGGACUAGAAUGGCCUUAUCCAGCAGGGCUUAUCUUAUGUCCUUACGUGUUCUUGGGACAUUGGGAGUUGUGAUCCAAUAUAUGGAUACCCACAUGCACUAAACUAGCCUCUGCCAACCUCAUCCCCCCCACCCCCUAAUCUUUAGGACUGGCCAGCCUUGCUAUACUGGCUGGGCCUAAUAGCAGUCAUGUUACACAGGAUCUGGAGGGCAACAGGUUGGCCAACUCUGCCCUAAACCAAAGGUGUGGACUUGCAGUGCUCUGUCCUCUUCUGCAAAGCUUCACCCUUUAUUUCCUAUAACCAUUGUUUACUGUGAUGUCCUUGUUGGCACCCUAUGGUUAAUGGCACCCUAUGGCUAAUGCUUGUCUUCUAAACCAGAAUCAGAAGCCAUUCCAAACCCUGAAUCACCAGCCAUAGUUUUUUGAGUGGGACAUCUCAGUAUACCAGUACGGUAAUUAAUUCUGGACAGAAAUGCAGGAGAAGCAAAGAGUAGGCUGGGGGAAGAGGGAGUGUGCAAGUUUGUGUUUCAUUCAUACUUCCCAAACCACCUGCCUUCAUUGUCUGAGGUUUGAUUGAAUUGAACAUAAGAGUCUUGUGAUAUCCUAAAGACUAAAAUAUAUACGAUGGAACACAUUUUUAUGCUUUUGUUAAUCAAGAGUCAGCAAGUAAAGCGACUCCCUUGAUAAAUUAGUUGAUGCAGUACAGUAUUAGCUGCUGAAUCUACAUUGACCCAGCAGCUUGCAGCAGGAGAAUGCAAACAGGUGAAACUGUGAAGAACUUAUUCAUGCCUGAAGCUAGAACAGAAGCUAUUUUUCUAGAAAAAGAAGUGCCAGAACUCACUAUGAACACCUCCCUUGUUCUCUUAUAAUUGCAAUGGUGCCCGCCUGAGAGGUGCCAGAAUCAGCAAUGGCGCCCGCCCUGUGGAACGUUUAUCACAUUAUUAUUAUCAUUAUCAUUAUUAUCAUUAUCAUCAAUUCUGUUGGGAGCCACUCAGAGUGGCUGGGGAAACCCAGCCAGAUGGGUGGGCUAUAAAUAAAUAAAUUAUUAUUAUUAUUAUUAUUAUUAUUAUUAUUAUUAUUAUUGAGUUCCAGCUAUGUUCCCUAUGUUUUUAGCUGCUCUUGUUUUUAUCUGUAAGCUGCCUUAAGUCCCUGUCAGGAAAAAAUGAGGGAUAUAAAUAUCUAUAUAAUGCUACUAGUAGUAAUCCCUUCUGGAUCAGACCAAGGGCCUGUGGUGGCCAGCGAGACAGGAGCAGGCGCAAGGGCAUCUUGUUUGCAGAGACCUGCUCCCACUGAUCCUCAAGGAAUUGCUGCUGCCCAUUGGAGUGAUAGAAACAGUUCUAAAGUGUGCGUCUAGAGCAAGAUGGCUGCAACUGUGACCUCAUUGUUAACGGUGGCUAUUGCAAUUGUACCAGUGACAUCAUGAAAGUAGACUUACCGUACAACAUCUAGUUUUCUCCUUUGCUUGGUUAUAGAAAAGUGUCUGAUUACUCAUUUAUUUUUAUCAUUUACAAUUUUAAUGACUACUACAUCUUUCAGUAAAUGUGUUACAGUUUGUUUUGAGUAGCCUCUUGGGGAAAUGGCAGUCCAAUCCAUUUUCUGAUUCAAGUCACCUCAGGGUUCCAUGGCACACUGGUUGAAAACCUAGGCCUUGCACCAUCGUAAUGGUUGCCCCUUCCCCAUCAUUGGUAGCUAAUAAUGUGAAGUGGAAUGUUGAAAUGCAAAAUGUUAUGACAUCACAAACAUAGCAUGAGUGUAUCUCUACAUUUUGAAUGCAGUUGCUAUAAAUUCUCUCAGAUUUUUGUGCUUUGGGAACAACUUAAUUUCUUGUAUGAACCAACUUCCACUUAAACUGAGUGUUCUAAAUUACUUCCAGCAUGCUUUUUUGUCGUCAUAGACUCCAUUCUAUUCUAGCAGAGACAUUUAUUUUGGCAUUUUGGGUGACAGAGUAGUUAACAACAGUCUUUUGUUUGAAAUCAAACCUUAUUAUGUCUUCUUAGCAAGAAAAUAUUAUAAAUUACUUCCUAAACAAGCCUGCUUUUAUAGUUUAGGAAGAUUGCCAGAACUGUGUUUCAAUAUGCAAGUCUUCACAUGCAGUUAGAAUCGAAAACAAACCACUUCCAUCUAAGCAAGUUGUACUCACCUUUUCAAUUUAAGUGUUGCUAAUUAACUUCUACACAUAUGUUCAGAUCAAAUUGGUGUGCGUGGUUCACUUUUACACGCUCUAAAACUAGAUGUUUUCAAGUGCAAAAGUAAGAACAGCCUCUGCCCCACUUGUUCCUGUAUGAAUACCUGUCUGGGCAUGCCUCCUGUGAGCAAGUGAUUCUGUUUACAGUGCGAGUGACUGAAUUCUCAGCCAAUCUCUCUACUGACUGCUUCAUGUGCAUUGAGAAAUAAAUAACAUCAUUAGUGACUACUGUGAUCCUAAAGUGGGGGGAGCCAACGGUCCCCUCCAGAUAUUUUGCACCACAAUUCCCAUCUGCUCCAGCCAGUAUAGAUAAAUGGUCAAGGAUAAUGGGAGUUGUAGUCCACAAUAUUUGACGGUGCCACACUGGCCUCCUCUGCCCUAAAGUGCCCACCAAGGCCAGGUAGUCUCCUUUCUGAGAGGGUGUCUUGAGAGUACAUGAGCCAUUAAUCAUUUAUUUCCCAUAUUACACUGAGCAGCAGGGGCAUCACGACCUGUUUUGCCAUGCCAUCCCAGUGUCCUUUACCUGGGUUGCAUGGCAGCGCCCACAAAGUGGCAGCAACAAUGGCAGCUUCUGGCGAGAUCUUGCUGCUGGCGGUGGGAUGCCCCUGGGGGGCGCUGAUUAUUGGGCUUUUGCCACCCGAGGCAGCUUCCUCACCCUGUCCCGUGGAUGGCCCAGCCCUGCUCAGCAGUUGUCUUCUGGCACAGAGCUUGGGAAUGCUAACCUAAUGACUAAAACAAACUCAGAUAUGUAGAUAGGGUGGUAAAGGUAAAGGGACCUCUGACCAUUAGGUCCAGUCAUGGCCGACUCUGGGGUUGCGGUGCUCAUCUCACUUUACUGGCCAAGGGAACUGGCGUCAUGUGGCCAGCAUGACUAAACCGCUUCUGGCGAACCAUAACAGUGCACGGAAACUUCCCACUGGAGCGGUACCUAUUUAUCUACUUGCACUUUGACGUGCUUUCGAACUGCUAGGUUGGCAGGAGCAGGGACCGAGCAACGGGAGCUCACCCCAUCACGGGGAUUCGAACUGUCGACCUUCUGAUCAGCAAGUCCUAGACUCUGUGGUUUAACCCACAGCGCCUCCCGCGUCCCUGAUAGGGUGGUAGUGUAGACUUAAAUAUUAAAUUAAAAAACCCAUUAGCAAUUUCUUGGUACUACUGAAGGGACAGCAAUGGGAAGAGUUAAACAUUUGUACAAUAUCAGCCCUGGGGUGGUGGUAUGUUAAUCUUAUUGUCCUCAGGCCAAGGAACUGGAGACUCUUAGACUAUAUAUUGAAUUCCUGAGCUGAUGUUUAAAAGGAGACAGAAACAUGAUCUUGGUUAUCAGCACAAACUUAAUAGUUUAUGAUUUACUGUGGUAGAAAUCACAUCAGUAUAGAGAAAAAGCAGAGGUCUCUAGGCUGCUGGAUGAAUGCUCUGUACUUUGAAUUAAGCCUGAAGUGGGUAAAUUCCUCCCACAUCACUAUGGUGUGAACUGGAUGACCCUACAUGCCAGUCAAAGUCCACAUUGUGCCAUGCAACUGUUGCUCUUGCGUUCAGGAUCAGUAGUUUGUAUGGCCCUCGGGGUGAUGUGGAUGACAGCAUUGCAUCCAGCUGUUUUGCUUUCAUCAUUGAAUGCAUUGCAGCUUUGGAUGUUGGGGUAUAGGACAGGUCCCUAUCUGAGAAUGUGCAGAACUCCAUGUCAAAAUCUUUGGAAAUAAGUGCUUUUAACACAGGCUGAAUUUAGUUAUAAUGCCAAUCUAUAGUUUAGAACCCAAAUCAUGGUCUUAGUUUCCUUAGAGUACAUGAACACCAUGUUUUAGAGCUAUGUGUCUUUUUGUUUUCCAUAUUUUUGGAAUAACUAUGACUUGUCGGCUGGUGUGUUGAAUCUGGCUGUAAUCAGCAAAGCUGCUCAAUGACAUGGAUAUUGGAAGCCAUAUUGUACAGUGGUCCCUCGGGUUACGUACCUCUCUGGAUACAUAAUCUUCGGGCUGUGAAAGCGGCAAACCUGGAAGUAUUUUUCUGGGUUUCGCUGCUUGGGCAGAAGCCAACUUUAUUAUGAAAUCUUCUGACCUGUCUUGAGAAUAGAGUGGAUCCUAAGAAUACCCAAGCCAGCCACCUGUGGGUAUAGAAAGCAGCUCUUUAUUACAACUGUCACCUUACCCUUCCUGGUAUUACCUGAGCGGUAUUGCCUGGAUGACUAUAGUAGCGAGCUUCUUAAAAAAAUAAUAAAACUUUGUUUCAAAUGUUUUUAUUCUGCACUGACUGAAAAGUUAUUUUGAAAAUUCCUUGAUUUUCAGAUUUCCAGCUUUUAUAGCAUGGUAGUUCAGUGAGUGAUACAUUUUUGCCUGUUUCAUUGUAGGAAUUACGUACCUUGACCACGCAGGCACAGCCCUCUUCCCACAGAGUUUACUAAAAGCCUUCACUGAUGACCUCAAUGAAAAUGUUUACGGUAAGGAGAAAUCAAGCAGGUGGGGUAAAUCUUUUCUCCCUCUCUUUGGCCUUGUUAAAGUUUCCAGAAUUUAAAGCUGGGCUGAAAUUUGCGACCUCUUGGCAUGGUUCCAUUCAUUGCCAGCAAAAGUGGGGAGUAUUUUUUGUAGCCUUUGCAAAGCUGGCAAAAAAUCUAUGGGAUUGAUUGAUAUCAAUGCAGUGCACUGCCAUAAUCCACUAACUGUGGCUUAAUAGUAAUGGCUUUCACAUGUAUUCAACUGAUGUGGGUUUCAGUUGCAAAGAAACUUCUUUUAGAAUUGUAAUUAUUUUCACAAAAUCUCUUUAUAGGAAGCUGCUUGCUUGUUAACUCGUUGCUUUGGAAAACUGUUGUAAAGAGCUUCAAUGCACAGCAGUGAAAUAUAAAAUGAAUGUUAUAUUUAAUCACAUUUAUAGGAGUUUUUUGAAGCAGUGCUUGACAAAAAGAUGAAAUGUCUUGUUUAUGAGUCAUGAACGUCUCUCUUGCCUCUUAGGGAACCCUCACAGCCAGAAUAUCAGCAGCAAAUUGACAAGUGAUACAAUUGAACAUGUCCGAUACAGGUAGAGUGGUCUUCAUUUUAUAAACCCAAUGUUGUACAGUGGUACCUCGGGUUAAGAACUUAAUUCGUUCCGGAGGUCCGUACUUAACCUGAAAAUGUUCUUAACCUGAAGCACCAUAUUAGCUAAUGGGGCCUCCUGCUGCUGCCGCACCGCUGGAGCACAAUUUCUGUUCUCAUCCUGAAGCAAAGUUCUUAACCUGAAGCACUAUUUCUGGGUUAGCGGAGUCUGUAACCUGAAGCGUCUGUAACCCGAGGUACCACUGUAUUUCACAUUUGCCUUGGUUCUUUAGUUUCACUAUAACCACUUCUGUUGCUAUUUAUUGUAUUGCCUCACUGCUAGAAAUGCCAAGUUUCAAAGUAUCAUUAAGUGUGUGUGUGUGUGUGUGUGUGUGUGUGUGUGUGUCUAUUACUGUAUUUAAGAAGUUGUAAUUUAUUGUAUUUCAUAGUAUCAUAGAUUUGUAGAGUUGGAAGAUACCCCAAGGGUCAUCUAGUCCAACCCCCAGCAAUGCAGGAAUCUCAGCUACAGCAUCCAUGACAGAUGGCCAUCUAAUCUCUGCUUAAAAACCUCCAAUUAAGCACAGACCACAACCUCACGAGGGAGUACAUUCCACUAUCUAACAGCUCUUGCUUAACAGUUCUUUCUGAUGUUUAGUUGGAAUCUCCUUUCUUGUAACUUGAAUCCAUUGGUUCGUGUCAUAACCUCCUGAGGGGGAGAAAACAAACUUGUUCCAUGAGACAGCCCUUCAGAUAUUUGAAGACGGCCAUCAUAUCUCCUCUCAGUCUCCCCUUUUCCAGGCUAAACAUACCCAGCUCCUUCAACUGUUCCUCAUAAGGCUUGGUUUCCAGACCCUUGAUCAUUUUCCACCCACCUCUGCACAUAUUCCAGCUUGUCAAUAUCCUUCUUAAAUUGUGACAUCCAGAACUGGACACAGUAUUCCAGGUGUGGGCCACACCUUUAUUUUAAUUUUAAUUUUUUUUUGUAAACUGCCCUGGAAACUUUGCUGAGGGGCAGCAUGUACAUAUAUUAAAUUGUAAAAGUGGUAAAUUAAGCUUACCCAAAGUGGAUCACUGUUUCGAUAGAAAUGAGUGGAUAUGAUGUUCAUUUCAAACAGCUCAGUUUCAUGUAUGUGUGUGAUUUUUAGUCUCUGCUUAGAUCACCUAUAUCUCCUCCUCCCUUUCUGGUAUAAACUGAGGGCCAAACGGGGCAUGAAAUGACAUGUACAGUACUGUAAAUAGGAAUGGAAGAGAAUUUUGCUUGGUCUGCAGAUUAAAGCAAAGUGACCUAAUUUGCAGUUCCUGUACAUGGAUUAGAAAGCAGGUAACAAUCACAUUCUCUAAGUUUUACAAUGCAGUUUUGGUUCAAAACCAUAUAAAAUUGUACAAAUAUAUAUAUAUUAGAAGGAAAUGAAGAGAAAAGCAAACAAAUAGCUCAGGCGGUAGAGCGUGAGACUCUUAAUCUCAGGAUUGUGGGUUUCAACCCCACAUUGGACUAGAUGACCCUUGGGUACCUUCCAAUUCUACAGUUCUAUGAGUCUAUAAAAUAUGCAUUUGGGGGGGUAUACAUACAGUUCAUACGUGGGUUUGUUUUUUUGGGAUGGCUUCUUUAAAAAAUGAAACCUGUAGAAAAUGGGACAGAUGCAAAAUGGAUGGAACAGAAAUAGGCUGAUCCAUCCACUCCUGUCAGUGCACCGUUUCCAAACAAUUUUUGUUUUUACUUUAAAGUUCUCAUCCCAACUUGCCUCUAGUUGCCAACUAGAACAACCCUUUUACCCAUUCCCACAUACAGUAUUUUUGCUUCAAAGUUAAGUCUCCCUGAACUCAGCAGAAUUUUUUUUAGGAAGCAUUCUUGGAAGCAGAGCCAAAACAUAUUAAGUAGCAAAAAAGAUUGAUUAACGUUGGUGCCCUAUUUUCCUAGAAGUCGUUGCUGGUUUUGAGAUGACUCUUCUGUAUUGAAAUUUCCCUGGUUUUCCUCUGAAAUGUUAGCAAAGUCUGUCUCAAAACAGUGUUGUAACUGGUAAAAUACAUGAAAAUCUCAUUUGACCUUUAGUACGCAGUAAGAAACAUCCGAUGCAGUACCUGCUUAGUAUUGAUUUGUCCUUUUGAAAGGUCACUAACUGGAGACUGUUCAGAUGAAUGAAACUAGAGCACUCUGCUGUGCUCAGUGCAUCUGUUUAAAAGCCCAGAGUCAAAGUUUUGAUGGACUGAAUUGCUUGUGCUUGUUUAGAGAUCUCUUGUAGUUUGCCUAAUUAAUUCCCUGAUCCCAUAUUUCAAUGCAACAUAUUUGUGUAAACAAAUCAGAUGCUGCAGAGCAUAAGUCAGAACUGCUGGUACAAUGCAGUCUCUCUCAUCUGGACUUUCACUACAUUAAUGACAGAAUGUGGAUCUGUGAGGUGCAUACUAAAAGCUAGUGUAGCAACUAAGAGAACAAGCUGUGUGUUGGGAGGUUCUGGUUUGUUUGUUUAGAGAUUUACACCCUGCCCUUCAACUCAAUGUUUCUCAAUGUGGCUUACAAGCUAUAGGUAAUUAUGCACCCAUCCACACCCCGUAAACCUCACUCACUCUUUCUCUCAGCAGUCCUUAGUCCUCUGGCUGAUGGAUGUGGCUACAACACACUUCACUUCCAUUCUGCAUUUCCAGGGGGCAACUGGCAGUUGGAGACAAGUGUUCUUUUUGGCAGGGAGGGAGGAAAUUCCUUGAAGCUGCACUUUCUCUAUCCAGUAGAUGUGUCCAAGUUGGUCCACACCUUGUUCUUCAUAGUGUUCUAAUCUUAUUACAACCAGCAACUCCCAGUGUGAGUGCCCAAGCCCUGCCCUUUCACUUUAAGCCGGUACUUAAAGAAGCAGUGCUGUGGCUUGCAGCUGGGUUCCCCAGUGUUGAUGAGUGGCUCUCAGCUGUGUGCUUUGUCAGGAGCAUCCCAGGAGAAAGGAAGAAAGGCCUUUAACUUCAGUGGGAGGUCAGCAUCAUUGCAUCCCACCGACAGCUUCCUAAGGCCACUCAUCGGGCUUAUCUUGAGCAGUACAUGGACAUGUUUAGUGGCUGGGAUAUCCUGUGUAUAUUGCAAGAUGUGUAUUUUUUCUUUCUUUAAGAGUUUCCAUUAGUAGAGAUGCAGCAAACUACUGUCUGGCAUAUUUAAGUUAAAACAAGCGAACUUAAAAAAAGUUCCCUUUCCUUGGAAGUCCUGAACGUUCUCCUUUUGUGUAGAGCAAGAGAAGGGACAAUACAGCCGUCUGGGGUGAACCAAAGCCACAACUUCAUUAACUUAACACCAAAUAGGUUUAUAAACCGGUUGCACGUGAAACUCAUUGAGAUGGAAUCCAACUUGGGUGCUUGUCAACCAAAGCUGAGAGGGAGGGAGUGUGAGGAAGAUGCUGGUGGAAGUUGGAUACUGCUCUCCUUUGUCACUCUUCAGCAGCAGAACUUUGACUUCCCCUCUCUAGAUUGAAUGCUGUUUCCCUUAGGGCUUUUAAGGAGAGCCCUUGUAUUUUGAGGAUCAUCCCAUUUCUUCACAAAGCCCAAGUCCCCCUGCUGGGGCCAGGCAGCAUAUGGCUUCUCCAGCCCCACUGCCAAACCAAAGCAAUGCCUGACUGCUCUGUAAUCAUGGGGGCAUGGAGCUGAAUGUAAUUUCAUGUCCCUGCAAGGUGAACAACCCUCUUGAAAUAGCUUAGGCUGCCAGACCCUGAAAUGAGGCACCAUUCUAAGCUGCAGAGCUUUCUGAAUUGUCAUCUUGCAUAAAUGAACUUCCAUGGACACUUGGCCCCCCGCAAGACAUGUUUUACCAGGAAAAGUGAGCAGAUUACCUGCAUGCCUGGAAACUGCUGGGUAUACCCACUGAUGAUGUUCCUUGCUUGGCAGAUGCCAUUUCCCCCUUUCCUUUUGCAGAAGUCAUUAUUGCCUAACUGCCCCCCAAUUACAUCCAUUGGGUGUAACACUCUGGUAGCAGUGAAGAAUGGGAAAUCUGCCCAGCACAUGUCAUGCUUGCCAGACUGUUGUUUAGCUGUGUGCCUUUUUCUGAUGUGAUACUCUAUUGCCCGGCCCAGUAGUGAAAACAACACUUUUAUAUAGAAAUAUAAUAAAAAGCUCCUAUGCCAGAAAGGUGUGAAAUGUAGCUGCAGUAAUGGAAGCAAUUUCUGAUCAGUGCUAGAGCAAAUAUUCAUUUUCAUGUUUUUUGCCAUCCACUAUUUUGAAUGAUGUUGUGAAUCAGCGUGCUCUAGUGAGUCAGGUAAUGUUUUGUUGUUGUUGUUUAGUCGUUUAGUCGUGUCCGACUCUUCGUGACCCCCUGGACCAGAGCACGCCAGGCACUUCUGUCUUCCACUGCCUCCCUCAUGCUGGUAGCUUCGAGAACACUGUCCCACCAUCUCGUCCUCUGCCGUCCCCUUCUCCUUGUGCCCUCCAUCUUUCCCAGUAUCAGGGUCUUUUCCAGGGAGUCUUCUCUUCUCAUGAGGUGGGCAAAGUAUUGGAGCCUCAGCUUCAAGAUCUGUCCUUCCAGUGAGCACUCAGGGCUGAUUUCCUUCAGAAUGGAUAGGUUUGAUCUUUUUGCAGUCCAUGGGACUCUCAAGAGUCUCCUCCAGCACCAUAAUUCAAAAGCAUCAAUUCUUCGGUGAUCAGCCUUCUUUAUGGUCCAGCUCUCACUUCCAUAAUGCUUGCUAAUGUACUAAAAUGCAAAUAUUGUUUGAUCUCCUCCCCCCUUUUAAAAAGCUAGCUGCUUUACAGAAAACAUAAGAAUGUAAAAAAAUAAAAUAAAAAAAGAGGGAGAAUAUACCUUUAAAUACUUUGGUGGUUGUUGCCAUGUUGAUAUGAGAGAUCAGGAGAACUACAAAGGGACAAGGUUUUAUUGGACUUACUCCUUUGGUGCCAAAGUGGUGGCCCAUAUUAUGGGGCAGAGCUGCCUUCCUGCCAUCACAGCCCUGAUCUUGCCACCACCCAAUUCAUCUUCACUGAGGUAAACUGCAGCAAACCCGUUACCAAACCUGGCGCAAGAAACUUCCCUCCGAUUAAUUUCAGUGGGAAGAAAAAAGUGAACCAUAACUGCCCCUUCAUCUCCAAUGCUGCACAUGCUGCCAAGACAGAGUGGAUAUGAGUGGAAACUUGGGAUGUUGAAGAAAUUCUCCAGAUGUAUAACUUUUCAUUUAUGAAAAAUUGUAUUCCAUUUAAAAGGAUUUCUAAACUUCUUAAUAUUUAAAACUCUCCAAAGAGUAUAUGGAAAUAAAACAUAAGAAAAAUAAAACAUACAAACAUAUACAAGCAUAGCAAUAAAACUCUACUAUAAAAAAAAUUAAAAAAACAAAAAACCCCAAAAUGAGAAUAGUUCCUAAAAUUAACUUUUCCCAGCUCUGAGCAAAAUUUCAUGUCACUGCAAGGUGAACAACCCUCUUGAAAUAGCGUAGGCUGCCGGACCCUGCAAUGGGGCGCCAUUCUAAGCUGCAGAGCAGGGGUAGGAGACCUAAGGCCCAUGGGCUGGAUGUCGCCCAAUCGCCUUCUCAAUCCGGCCCACGGACGGUCCAGGAAUCAGUGUGUAUCUACAUGAGUAGAAUGUGUGCUUUUAUUUAAAAUGCAUCUCUGGGUUAUUGGUGGGGCAUAGGAAUUUGUUCAUUUUUUUCCCUUCAAAAUAUAGUCUGGCCCACCACAUGGCUGAAAAAGGUUGCUGACCCCUGCUGCAGAGCUUAGACAAAUCUAUACAUUAUUUUUUGUGUACAAUAAAACAGUAUUGGGGGGGGGAAGUGUUUAAUGGCAACUGUACAGGUCCCGGUUGCAAAAUAGUUUUGUACAGUACUUUUUCUGGGAGUUCUCAAGCAUAUGCAGUACCAGCGCCUCCCCCCUCCAUGUUGAAAGUGUGGCACUUACAGUAACAACUUAAUGGUGAGUACCUGCACCAUUUUUUUCUUAGAAAAAAGCACUGCUUUUGUACUAAAUAAAUCAAAACGAAGUUUGCAAGGAAUUGAUCUGAACUAGAGUAAUUUAAAAGAAGAAGAAAGAGUGAGAACAAUUAACAGCUCUAUGUAAAAAUGAAGUUCUUUGGGCUUCAGAGAGAUAAUUGCAAUAUAAAAAUAGCAUGUCUGAAUUUCUGCAGAGUAAGCUGGAACACUGCUGACUGCCAGCCUCCAACCUCCUGACUGUUCUAUCUAUGGCUCUGCCCGUUAAGGAAAUGGAGUGGCAGGAUGCACGGGUUCACAUCACCAGUUACUCUCCAUCCAGUGCGCUUCCACUGCUAAUUUUUGAAGCCACAUUCACACAUCCUUUUCCUGUCAGUCCUGUAAAUACUUGAUGCGUUUUCACCCCUCAAAUCAACUUCAGUUGGAUUAGAAAACUGGUUGUGGUUUGCUUUAAAAAAAUAUUUGGGUUGGAACCAGAUCUGUCUGUGGAAAGGGGUGAGUGGGAUCUGACUUUACUGUCCGUCCUCAUUUUGGUGUCGCUCCCCCACAAAAAAAUGCUCAUAUAGGGGGGUGGAAAGAGCCUGGCAGCAGCCAAGGUUGGCUCAUUCUGGGACCUCUGUGGCCUCUUUGUGGAGCCUGGAAAGUACCCUCAAACUCCCACCUCCACUGCUCUCACCACUCAUACAGUCCAGCAGAACAAGCAGGACAGGACCUGAAGAACACAAUUGCUACUCUGAAUCACCUGCCUUAGUUUAGAAUCAUAAAACUGUAGAGCUGGAAGAGACCCUGAGGAUCAUCUAGUCAUUCUAGUGCAAUGCAGGAAUAUGCAGCUGGCCCAUAUGACCAACUGAGCUAAAUAAACUGAUGCACAUGAAAGAGGUAUGAUACUAUCAACAGGGUGUUGUCAUGAAAUGAAAGGGGAUCUGUUCUGUUUUGAGCGAUGGCCUCAGCAGUAGGGAGUCUUAUUGAUAUUUUGAAUCUGCAGUCAGAGGGGACCCUUUGCAGAGUAACUCCCUCUGCCCCUUCUGGCUCUCCAUGUGGGAUAAGCCUCAUAUACAUAAGCCAAUGUGGGCAAUGCUUUUCUAAAUCUCCACAAAGUGUGAUAGUGUAAAACUGGAAGAGUAUUUUCUGAUUUGGGCCAGUUAAGCUGCACAGUGUUUGCACAGCAGGAUCCUUUCAGGUGGCUAAUUUGCUUCAUGUCAGAACAAUCCCCAUUGUAAUUAUGAUAACAAAAACCUUCUCAUUAUUUGCUUCAUUAAUCUGUUGUAGAGGAAUGAGGCAUAAAUAAGCUUCCACCGAACUAACCAUAUUUCUUGAUUCCUCCAUCUAGAAAUGUUGUAACAGAGAUAUCUUUGAUCCAAGCAAAAAUGGAAGGGUUGAACUGAUGCUUAGGUCUAAUUCCUGUGCUUGGGUCUUAUCACACCUUAUGUUAAAUGUCCGCCCUGCAGUUGUGGCAGGAUGGAUUGGGAGUUGCUCUGGGGUGUGUGCUGUUUGGGUUUGAGUCCCAGGUGCUCCCACUCUCGCUUUUCUUUUCCCUCCCCCAAGCAUGAAAAACAGGUGUGUGCUGAGGCUUGAACUCUUGUUUGCAGUUUCCCAGCCUUGUGCCCUAUGAGUGUGCCUCUGUGAUUGUGCAAGUGUUGAUAGUAGGUCUCUGUGUGUGUUGUGUGCAUAUUGUGAUAUAAGUGAUAUGGCAGGGGAGUGACCAGAUGAGUGAAACGUAAGUCUGACUCCGUCCCUGAUGGAUGGCUGUGAUGUAGGUGCAAGCCACACUGCAGUAUGUGUCCUUCAUUUCUAUGUUAGCUUUUAAUUUUCUUUUUUUGGCAUUUCAAACAACUCCAAACAACUUAAAACAAUAAAAGUUACAUUCAGUUAGACACAUAAUUUCUUAUACUUGUCUAAACAUAAGGCAUAAUAUCUUAGAUUACAAAGAUCUUGAUCCUGAGCUAACAAUCAAAGCUGUGACUCUAUCCAAGCAGCUUCCAUUUGCCUGAGGCAGUUUACAGGAGACAGAGAAUUAAUAUGUCUAUUCUCUUCAGUAGCUUGAAAACAAAGAGCUCUCACACAAGAUGCCUACAGAUUAGCAUAUGCAUAGACCUGUCAUGCAAUCCUUUUCAUGUGAUUUAAACACCUUAUGCCUGAGCCAAAAAGAUACAGCCCUACUUAAUAAUUAACCUGUUAGGUUUUCUUCAGCUUCAGUGGAAAUUUCCAGUCAUGCUUUACCAGUACAAUAUGGGGGCAUUAUAUAUUUAUUUUCUAUUCCAAUGUACAUUAAAUAAUUAUGCUUAAUAGAGCCUGAUGAUGUUGCCAGCUAGCCACACAGGAAGCUUUUGGGGGAUUCUCCCUUGUUUGCUCAUGGCCACGCUGAGCUGCCGCCGCCACCAAAAACAGUGUGGCCUUUAUCACAGCAGAUGGCAUCAUUCCCCCCCCCCCCGUCUGCUUGGGAAAUACCAUAUAAGUUCUUUCCCAUGUAACUUUCACACAGCAACAUGCUCUGUUCUCUGCAUGCAGGUGCUUGACAACAUUGCAGUUGCCAAUACAGUAUAUGAACUUGAAAUUGGAUGCUUAAUUUAUAGUUUAGGAACAAAACAAUUUUAUUCUUCUUGUGUUUUUAUGACAGUGCUCUGUGUUCCUUGUCAAAGGGUGUUAGAUUUUACAAGUUUACCCUGUCUCCUCAAACUCCUAUGCUGGCAUUUGUAAGGCUUCCUCCCCCCUUUCUCAUCCAGUUUGGAGGCUUGUCUAGCGGACUUGGGAUCAGAAUGUCUUUGUGUUUAAUUGCUAUGUAGUGACGUGGUCUUAGUCUAUGUCCUUUAGCACCUUCUCCAGCAUUAGAUCAAACUACCCAUUUGGGUUGCUGAACUAUUUUCUUUCCUGCAGCAGUGUCACCCCAGGUCAAAGAGAUUUUGCAGUGCAUUGAAAGUCAACCUCCUAUUUGAUAGGGGAAAUUAAAUGUAUGUAUUCCCCACAGGCAAUGAUGAUGCCAUUGGGCAACUUUGUAAAAACCACUGCUUGGUGCAGUGAAUUGGCAAGGUUGCCAGGACACAAGAAAAAUAUUAUAGUAGUAUAAAAUAGUGGAGGUAAAAGACCUUUUCCAUGAUGCUGUGUUUCCCUUUUUUCAGGAUACUGCAGCACUUCAAUACAUCUGUAGAAGACUACACAGUCAUCUUCACUUCAGGCAGUACAGCGGCACUCAAACUUGUUGCAGAGGCCUUCCCUUGGGUUCCCGAAACAGCAGAGGAUCCUGGCAGCCGCUUUUGCUACCUCACUGAUAACCACACCUCUGUGGUGGGCAUGAGAGCAAUCGCUGAUGCAAUGAAUGUAUUGUCAGUUCCAGUGAAACCAAAGGAUAUACUGUCGGGGACAGAUGGCUUGGUGGCUGGAGGGAACAGCUGCAAAACACCUCACUUGUUCUGCUAUCCUGCUCAGAGCAAUUUUUCAGGGACUAGAUAUCCUCUUGCAUGGAUAGAACAGAUAAAAUCUGGGCAGCUCCACCCCAUCAAGGUCCAAGGGAAAUGGAGUGUGCUCUUGGAUGCGGCAUCUUAUGUCAGCACUUCUCCGUUAGACUUAAGCCUUCAUCAAGCAGACUUUGUGCCUCUGUCAUUCUAUAAGAUGUUUGGAUUCCCCACUGGUCUAGGCGCACUGCUGGUGAAGAAUGAAGCUGCUGCUUGCCUGAGGAAAGUCUAUUUUGGAGGGGGAACUGCAGCUGCCUACCUUGCAGGAGAGGAUUUCUAUUUACCAAAAAAAUCAGUGGCUGAGAGGUAAAACACAAUCUCCUUAAUAAAACUCCUGUUACCUAGGUUCUAGAAUAAUGUUCCAUCAGACCUGAGGCACUGACGGAACCAUACAGGUUCCUGUGUCUUGAUGCUGGGGAUUGUUCUGUCUGAAAUUCACUUUGAAAAUAUACUUUUAAUAAGUGGUGGUGCAGCUUCACAUGGGGUUUAUGUUGAGUCACACUAAAUGCCAAGGAAUUAAAAAUGCACUGAAAAAUAUAUUAAGCCUUCCAAAUCCACACCAACUAAAUCUCAAAAGUGUGUGACUACGUGUUCCAUUUAGACAUCCAAAUUCCAGCUUAUGCAAAGUUACUAGUAGCAAAAAGGCAAUUUAAGAUGUUCAGUAUCAAUCAUGUUUCACUUGAGAUGCUUCCGGUCCCACCCCCACCCACCCCUGGCACUUAAAUUAUUAAGCAUUUUUAGUGUGUUUUCUUAAUUUGCUGGGUCCUUCUGUGAUGUUGCAUUUAACUAAUGAGAUAUAAAAGAGCACUCCCAGUGAUAAUUAUCUGUUUUAAUAAGUGAUCUGGUUCACUUCUACAUAAUCUGAGUCCAUAUUAGACUUGUUAACUUAAAUCAGAAAUAAAAAUACUUCAAUUAGAAAUAUUGUGCUGCAGGAUUCUGAUGGCCAUUCUGAAAUUUCCCAUACUUUAAAUAAAUGUGUUUACAGUCACAAAAUUUCAAUUAGGGCUGAUCUGAAGUUCAGCCUGGCCAAAUUAUCAGAGGUUUUAGGGACAGUGGUGGCACUUGUUUGAGUAUGAGGUAGCAAGGGGUCAUAGAAUAUGGGACAGGCUCUACCCCUUCCCAAUCCCUGUCAACAGCACUGUGUCAUCACGUAACAUCAUUUCCUGGAAUAUUUGAAACUGUAAAUUCACUGAGUACCCUCUCACCUGAAAUACUUUCCUCCUGCCUCUGCCCCAAAUAAUUGGGAAAAGGUUCUAGAAAGGCAGAUGGGAGGUGGUUUUGCCAAACUCUGGGAAACACUGUAUUAAGGUAGCUGUGUAAGCUGAAGUCUGUCUUUAAGCCUAACUAACUGCUAGCUCUUUGUCUCAUUGUUUUUUUAAAAAGGGUACUGCAUUUUUCCAUAAGAGGAAAAGGUCAGGGAAUAUACACAGUAGCUUUUUUCAGUGAAUAAGGUUUUGCUCUUGUGAUAUUUCAGGUGUAUAGCAUACUAGCAUAAUAUUGUACAGGGGAGUCUGAUGGCAUCAACUACUGUUUGGUGGUUGAUGCCUUCUUGGUAGAUGGAUCUGUCUGGACUGCAGUGGAUGGUAUAGUUACAGAUGUAAAGGUCAGAGGGGGCACUGACAUCUGAUACUACCAGUUGCAUAACCUGUUCUGUAGAACCUUCCUACCUCAUACUGUAAGGAUAAAACAAGCAGUCUUUCAAUAUUGCUCUGGAUUCCUUGGAUGAAAGGAAGGAUAUAAAGUAAACACACUUAUUGAUUGAGGUGUUCAUUCCUGGUUGUAUUCUGUGCCAUCAGUCUAGGAGGCUGAUCAUUUUGCUUCUUUAAGUAAGUAUGUUUUGUUGAGAGUAAGUGUGCUUCUCAGUUUGUUGCAGCAUUAUUCUUCCUAACCAGAGGCAAAAUGACCAUGUUUUGGUGCCAACCAUCUUAUCAGAUCUGCUUUUCAUUGCUUGAUGCAUACCCAUGAAAAUAUGGGUAUGCAUCCUAUGUAAGAGUUGUAAGUGCCAUAAAACUACCUCCAGAAAUGGGAGCAAGAAUUAUAUAGAAAUGUGUUUUUUGGGAUCCAGAAAUAAAGAGGUGAAAGGAUGUUAGGCCUGCUUGGGUCACAGGCAUUUGUGCUGCAAUAAAUUAACUAGGGGCUUGUCCACUUAUUUAUUCAAUUUAUUUCUGCUUGUCCCAUGCUUUCUAGGCACAGGUCCAAGUGGUGUUGCCUUUGCCCGGCCACUUGCCCUUAGAAAACCCGCUCUUUAGCACUAAAUCGGAGCAAGCAGCAAUCUGUGGAAAACCUGAUUGCCAUUUGUUCGAAUUCAGUGCUAAACUGCAGGUUUUCCCAGGGGAAAGUACUGGGCCAAACGGAAGUGUGGACAAGCCCUGGUUGAAAAUGAGGAGGCAUCUGAUGUGCUUCUGUGAGUGUCACAGAUCUGGAAGUACCUCUUUCCAUUCGAUCUCCUCUAGGGUUUGUUAAUUCUUCUGUGCCUUUGCAUUUGAAAGUUUUUGCAGAGACACAGCAGUAUUGCUCGCCUUCACAAGAUGAUUCCUGUUGAUCUCUGUGAAAUUCAUUAUUUGGGGCUUCCCUGUUUUGCAUUCAGUACAAAGGGCAGCCAACUGUUCUCCCCGCCCUCCCGCCCACCCUUAGUACCAUCGCGACCUUUUUCUGAUUGUUUGUACAAUAUAUUGAUGUGUCAGUGUGCCCCUCAGUCCUGUGUUUGAAUAAUUAGGUCAACUGGAUAAUCUUAGUUAAUUAUAAACCCUUGUUCUACUACGAAAGCCAAUAUUGGUGACGUUCAGACAAAAGCUGCAAUCCCGUGCUUACAUCAGGCUUCCUCAACCUUGGCCCUCCAGAUGUUUUUGGCCUGCAACUCUCAUGAUCCCUAGCUAGCAGGACCAGUGAUCAGGGAUAAUGGGAAUUGUAGUCUCAAAACAUCUGGAGGGCCGAGGUUGAGGAAGCCUGGCUUAGAUAUUCAUGCUCGGUUCCAUUGAGUUCAAUACUUCUUUGUACACAGAAGGCAGCGCAGAACUUACAGCCAGGAUUGCUUAUGAAUUCCAAAGCCCAUCCAAAAUAUAACCUAGUUACCUGCUCUUAGGGAGGAUGUAUGGACAAUGAGAUUCAGGGCCUUUUCUUUUGGGGGUCCCUGACUUUGGUAACUUUCCCUAGAGAGGCCUUCUAGCUGUUAAAAAUAACCUUCUAAACAGGAAUGUCUUAACAUAUCUGAAGAGCUGUAACAUGGCAGGUAAAGCAAGUUUGUUUUUGCCUGCUGCGGAGGGAAGCACCUGGAUUCAAGUUACAGGAAAGGAGAUUCCGACUAAACAUCAGAAAGAGCUUUCUGACAGUAAGAGCUGUUCAACAGUGGAACGGAUCCCCUGGAAAGUGGUGGACUCUCUUUCCUCGGAGGUUUUUAAGCAGAGAUUGAAUGGUCAUCUGUCAUGUAUGAUUUAGUUGCAGGGGUUGGACCAGAUGACUGUCAAGGUCCCUUCCAAUUUUGCAAUUCUGUGAUUCUAUGAUUUCUGGCAGGGUAGGAAGAGGGAGCACGGUUAUUGCGCUUCAUAUUUAGUUUGGGUUUUAGAGUAUUCUGUGUUAGAAUAAUUCUCCAUUGUGUUUAUUGAAAUAGUGGUUACACCUCUUUAAGCCAAAUAGGCUGCUUAAAAGGGGAAUUGUUUUUUAUAAUGCCCUCCUGGUGGGAGAGCAAGACAGACUCACCCCACCCACCGGAUGUGCAUAUUCUCUGAGACAUGCAUAUAAAGCCAUAGCAUUUGAAUAGGGUGCCAGGGCAUAAAAUGCAAAACACAUAGGCAUACAAAUCAGGAAUGAGUUGUAGAAUCCGUGAAUCCAUGAACAGUGAGUUUUGGGCCUGUGAGCACUGGGGUUUUUUGCCUUUUCAAAUUGUAUUCUCACGCAUGGAGAAUUUAACAUACGCACUAUAUUUCCCAUCAUUUUCUGGGGAAAAUACCAGGCUUCAUUCAAUCAUUACUGAAGACACCAUCAAACAGAAUGAUUAUUUGUGGUCCUUGUUAACUAUCUAAAGAACUGUGGUGUUCUUAAGAGAAGAAAUUAAGUUCCUGAGCACAAUUUCUUGAAAUACACAUGACUACGGAGCAUGGUACAUUGUUCUCUCUGACAGUAAAAUGGAGUAGACUGAGAGAUUGCCUCACAAUGCUGGUGCCUUACACAUGUGACCUCAUGCAUUGUCAGCGUUGCUCCUUGUGCCACAUUUGUCACCAGUGUGUGGCAGUUAGAGAUAUUAUGCAGAGAAUGUUAAUAGAUAUAUAUUUUUUUCUCCCAGAACGGUUUGCCCAACAGUCUUCAACUUGGCAUUGUCCCCUGUGAAUGUUGUAAGCAAGGGCUUUUAGAUGAUGGUGUCAGAGUGACCUAGAGCUGUAACACAGGACGUUCUGAGUGAAUGUGCAAUAUAUGCUUAGUGUAAGAUAAGAAAUUACAUGUCAGACAAGGACAUGAUGAUCCUUUGGUUCAUGACAUGGUUCAUGACACGUGAGUGCUGUAGACCCUAGUUUCCACACCAUAAACCUCCAGGACUUUGCCUCUUUGGCACAUAUACGCUUUUGUAAAUAUGUACACUCCUAUGUUUAGGAAUUGGUACAUUGUUUAGAACCUGAGACUAUGUCUGGGAUGGUUCUACGUGUUUACUGGAUAAAUGUGUGGAAACUGGAAGAGCUCUUAGAAUAUAUGUUAAUUUUUUAAUUGUUGGAUAAUCUAACCUAGAAUGCUUCCUAAUGUAAGCAUUUACAUUUGGCUGUGGAUUAUGGCCCCCCAAAAUGAUACAGGGCACUUAGGAAAUGAAUUGAUGUGUGCAUUCCAUCACCCAUUCUCUGCGUUGAAAUGAUUGUGGCAGAGGAUACAGAGGACCUUCUUUGAGAACUUUCGAGACUCUGAAUCAGAGUGAUGGAUUGUUACUUUUAUUUGCAGAUACAUUGUUUAUUAAUUAAUUGCUUACCGGGCAACAUUUGGAUUCUUUUUCUUACCAACAGUGGCAAUGUUUCCACCAAAGCAACUAAAUUUUUAAAUUCAUGGGGUGUGUGCUCCUUUUUUCAAAUGAAUGGGGGGGAAAAUGAUACAAGGAAUUUAGUUUUUAAUGGUUUUGAAUCAAGACCUCCAUUCACAUGGCAGGAAUUGAAAUGUAUUUGGGAGCUAUUACAGCAUGUUUAAUAAAUUACAUUCUAAAAAGAUGUGGAGGUAAGAAGUGACAAGGAAGGCUGUGUUCUAAAAUCUUGUAACAAGGAAAGAGUUUAUAUGUUUAUCUUAGUGUGACUUUGUGGAGCAGAAUAUGUUGGUAAAAUAAAUCACUUUAGCAGCUUGCCUUAAAUCCAUUUACAAUGAAAAUUGGGGCAAAAAUCACUGGAGAACUUUUCUUAUUAUUCUGCAGAGUUCUCUGGAACAAGACUAAUUCCAACACAGGCAUUUUUGAUUAGGAAACUGAAGCAAUGCAAUUUCCCCCUUCUAGUAGGGAUGAAAAGCCUGUUUGAAGAAUAUAUUGCUACUCAGAACAUUUCUGGAUUCUUCUUGUUUCCCUCCCUCUGCCCACUUAAAAUAUUGCUUCCCUUACUUUGGAUAUGAGGUGUUAUUGAAAUGGCUGGAGGAGUAUUUUGUGAUGCUAAUAGCUGUCCUCCUGCAUUAUCUGUGUCUCCUUAGAAUGUGAAAUCUUUGGCUUUAUGAGGUAGAGGGGAAAGAGCUGUUGUUGAAAUCCCCUUUCAGCCAGUGGCGUGAGGUGAAAUUUUUCAUAGGGGAACAGUUAGGGUUGUAGAGUUGAGGACCCCAAGGAAUCUCCACUCAAGCAUCCCUGGCAGAUGCCUGAAAACCUUCCGUCUCCCAAGGAAGUCCAUUCCCCAGCCGGUCAGUCUGCCCAUUCCAAGCACCUUGCAAAAAGAAAAAAAAAAAGGCUUUGCUUUGUUUUUUUCAAAAAGACAACCCCAGGCAGAAGGGUGGAUUCCACCCUCCCACUAAAAAAAAACAUUUUAAACACCCCCGCUUUCUUCAUCAUCUCCCUUUCUAUGAUUGUGUUGUUAGUUGUUGAAUGUUGCUGCUGUUCUUUCAGGUUCUGGCAGAUUGGGGCUAGGUCAGGGGUCAGCAAACUUUUGCAGUAUCCCUCAGACCUUGUGGGGGGCCGGACUGUAUUUUGAAAAAAAUUAAUGAACAAAUUCCUAUGCCCCACAAAUAACCUAGAGGUGCAUUUUAAAUAAAAGCAUACAUUCUACUCAUGUAAAAACACGUUGAUUCCCAGACCGUCUGUGGGCCGGACUGAGAAGGCAGUUGGGCCGCAUCCGGGCCCCGGGCCUUAGGUUGCCUACCCCUGGGCUAGGUGGUUCUUUUAUUAAAACGCCAUGCUUUCAAAAGACACACACAAACACGGAGGCUGAAGGUGAGGAGGGAGGAAGUGAGAUAUGAAGGUUUCAGGGUUCUUGUCUUCCACUCCCACCCCAUAGGCUUUCUGACUGCUCUUCCUUUAAAAUGAAGGAGAAGGGGCUGCAGUUCUGCUUCAAGCAGCCCCUUCCUGCUCUUGCAUGUGUAUUGCUGUGCAGGGUCGUGCAGUUUUGCAGCCUUUGCGGAGGUAAUCAGAGAGACAGACAAACACAGAGAUGCGCAUGCACACAUGGGCAUAGCCAGGAUUUUUGUUAGGGGGACAGGCCUUUUGUUGGGGGGGGGCAGAACCUCAGUUAUGUGUUUUAAUAGAUUUUUAUUGAUUUUGGGGCUUCCUGCUUCCCUGGCUAUGCCCAUGCACGCACACACGCGCGCACACACACACACACACACACGGAGCCUGGAGACACUGGCUAAGCAGGUACACAGAAAGGUGCUGCUGGGAGCAUUAAGGGGGCUAGGCUAGUCCCACUAGUUGAUGGACUGCACACCGUUGCUUUCAGCCCUUAAAUUUCACUGUAUUUCUAUGGACAAAUGUCACAAGAUGUUAUGCAUUUAUUUACAUACAAUCUUCUGCCAAACUACCCAAUUUUUAUAUACUAAAACAAACAAAUGCAGAUUUUCUCAGGCAGAUUGAUGGAAUUUACUGGCAUAGACUUUUUUUCUUCCGACUUCCCUCAGGGCAGCCCUUGAGCCGAUAUAAGAGGAGUAACCCUCGCAAUUCUCCCAAGGCUAAUUGAUGGCCUCAUAGAACUGUGCUGAAGUUCAAUAUAUGAACUUCAAUAUAUGAAGUUGAAUAUACAGUGGUGCCCCGCAAGACGAAUGCCUCGCAAGACGAAAAACUCGCUAGACGAAAGGGUUUUGCGUUUUUUGAGUCGUUCCGCAAGACGAAUUUCCCUAUGGACUUGCUUCGCAAGACGAAACGUCUUGCGAGUUCUUGUGAGUUUGUUUCCUUUUUCUUAAAGCCGCUAAGCCGCUAAGCCGCUAAUAGCCGCUAAGCCGCUAAGCCGCUAAUAGCCGUGCUUUGCAAGACGAAAAAACCGCAAGACGAAGAGACUCGCGGAACGGAUUAAUUUCGUCUUGCGAGGCACCACUGUAAAUUCAAUUGCUAAUUAAGAAGUUGGAUUCAGUAAUCGAGUGAUGCUUAAGCUUGAUUCAGUGUCAGGACAGUAAACUUGAUCAGACACUCCCAGGGAUUACCCCAGCCCAAAACAUGCGUGCUAAAGCAGACUCUGUGUUAACGUGGAAAGAGGGAAGGAGAAAAUGAAGUUCAUUUUAAUUUGCUGUAUUCUGGAAAGUGCUGCCUCUCUUCACAUCUAGUUGGAACAAUUUCGUAACUUUUUCCCAUUUCAUCCUUUUGCUUUCUCUGCAUGCCUAAAUUAGUUAAUUAUCAUAUUUCACUAAACAAUGACAUUGAUUCAAGCACUUUCUACUGGGUUUUGGAAACUUCCCUGUGUUUUUAGCCUGAAGCUGUUUUUCUGUGAAAUAAUCUGCAUAUAGUUAGCUUUCAAGAUGUUCAGCAGGACAUCUUAAGAAGACUUAGUUGCUGAGUAACUGUCACACAGAAGUGGGUCUUAGUAUUAUGUUCCAAAUUACAUUUCAGGCAGUAUGACAAAUAGCAUCAUAAUAACUUUGACUCAGUUGUCAUUAAUUAUAACUGAAAUGUAAUCACAGCUGGGAUUUUGCCUAGUAAUUGCAAGCUAUAAAGGCAAACAUUAAUAUGUACAGGGGAAAACAUACUUUCAUAAACUUAGGUAGUAAAUCAAGGCAAUAUAUCUGCAUGACCUGAAAAAUCCUAACAGGCUGAGGUUAAGAUAGGAAAAUAUUUGGAACAGUUUCAAAUGUUUCCUUUACAAAUUUUACUGCAUUGAAUGCAAGAUUGUGUGUUUUGUGUCAUCCAGCUGCCAGUGCUCAGCUGUGGAAGUAGUCAGGAAAGGACAGGCAAGAAGUAUAGAUAAAAUAUUUAAUCCCAUAUAGCAGAGCUCCACUGGCUGCUAGUUUGUUUCCAAGUUAGAUUUAAGGUUCUGAUGUUGACCUUUGAAGCCUGUGUGACCUGGGGCACAUUAGAGUGAGUGCCAGUUUUUCAUUACUGAGGUAGAGAAAUGUUUCCAGGCCAAGGGCUCAUUGCCUCAUAGGCCGCUUGCCAGUGUUGGGCAGGGCCCAGUGGCGCCAACCACAGGGUGUGGAAAGAGCUUCAGCCCCCUCAUUAUUUGUGGGUAGGGGGCUGAGCCCUCAAUAUUGAGGGGGCCACUAUCUUGUGUAGCCUGCUGCUGCCAGGCGGGUGUGGGGUGCACGGAGGGUGAAGAUCGCCCUCCACCCCCCUGCUGUUGCCGGGUGAGAGCUUGUGCAGGGGGCGGGGUAUGUGGGGGGUGAAGAGCUGUGUAGCCCACCCACUGCCACCACCAGGUGAGCACUCAUGCACUGGGUGGGGGCGGGAAGCGCAGAGGGGCGCAUGAGGUCAUGCAUAUGAUGACAUGCGAUACCGGGCCCCCUCAACGUGGGCAGCAAGUCGGUGCCCCUGGCAGGGCCAGAGGCAAAAGUGAGUCGAGCAACAUACACAACUCUUGCUUGUGUGCCGUGUAUUCAAGGAAGCAAGGGGGCUUGUCCCAUUUCCAUGACAUUUCCAGCAAGGCCAAAGCAUUCGGGGAGGGUCUUGAGCCAGUGAGGGGUGUGACCAGGGCAGAGGCAUUGCUCGGGAAGAAUCCCAGGGGCCAGGUGCAGAGGACUGGAGGGCCACAUUUGGAUUCUGGGCCAGAGGUUCAGUACCGGUAUGUUAUUGCUAUAUGUCAACAUUGCGAUCUUCUGAUUGACCCCUGCUCUUUUCUUUCCCAUCUCAAGUGCUGUGGUGGCCAUCCAAUCAGGGAAAGUACCGGUACUUUGCGGCAGUGAAAUGCUCCUCUUCACAGAGCCCAUGAACCUAGCUCAUCCCUUUGGAGAGUAAAUAUUUCUGCCUUGGAGCUUUCCUUUUGUUGUGUUAAUUGUAGAAAUAAUGGGGUUUUAAUAUGGUUAGUUACAAAGGGAACUUACUAUAAACUUUAUGGUAGUAAGCCAUGUUGUGUAUCUGUUGAGUGGAAAGGCAGGAUUAAAAAAAAUAUAUUAUAUAAUUCUCCAGCAAGGAACAGGGCUUAUUGAAGCCUUGGUAGCUAAUCUACUUUUAGCCCAGUAUGGAGGAUUCUGGUGACUCUGUGGGGAGGGCACAUAACCCCUGUGUAAGUGGGGAGUCACCUGUAUUGUGGGGUGGGUGAAAUAAAUGUCUCCACAAAAUACAUGCAAAUGAAAAACACAUCAAACAUGAUUUAGCCGAGUCUCUUUUGCUGUUAACAUCUUUGCAACUAUUUGCCAGUGUCUCACACUUGGAAAAGACAGACACUAACACAUCUCAUUUUUCUUUUAAAAAGAGAGAGAGAGAGGAGCAAAUUAUACCACCCACAGUCCUAAGUAAGACUGAACUACUUUUCUAUAGCCCCCUAGCCAGCAGAUUUGGAGCACAGGUUUGUGUUUUCUCCCUUGUGCAAGAUUUCUGUACUGCAAGAUGAUAAAUUGCAAAUGAGGUUUUUUGUGCAUGUUCUGAAUUAUAAGUUGAUGCAAUGUAUACCAACUUGUAGUUUGUAUCAAGAACCCCUGCUUCUCUGGCAUCAGUGAUCAUUUUCUUUUUCUCCCCCAAUGCCCUGCAAAUCUUGUUUUUUAGUGGGCUCAUGCUAAGUCAAGCACUUUGGGGAUUGGUCUGCCCAAUAAUUACUGUUGGAGACUUAAUUGAAGUAUUUUGACAGUCUGUUCUAAUUAUCUUCCUUCAAACCAAUGCAAGUAAGGUUUAUUAUGGGUUCUUUAAACCUGGGAUUGGUCUCUCUAGAGAGAUUAAUAUGUUAAAUAUCUGAGUUUUAAUUAAUACAAUUUCUUAGUCCCAAUAAGACCUUGUUCAAAUACUACAGGGGGGAUUAAGGUAACCAUUUCAAAAUAAGUCCCUACAGAGAAAGGACAUUUGUACCCUGGUUGAGCUCCCCCUUGUGGUGACGUGUUACAGGAGAGAUUCAUCAGAUAGUCCUUGAGGAAGAAGAAUCAUACUGUACAAGAAAGCCAGGUGUGUGCUGCUUGAACGUUUGAACCCUGCCUGGGAAACGCUGGAAGUCAGGGUGUCAAAUUCCCAUCUUGGGGUUGCAGAUACAUGGAGCCACUUUGAAUUUCCUUCCCAUAGUCAAGAGUCAAGACUGAUUUAAGAUUUAUUAGAUGAGAAAAAAUGGCAGUUCUACCAAAUUCACUUUGGCUAUGGUGAUGUCUUGUUUGGUUGCUAUACAUAUUUGGAUAUGCUCCAUGAAAUACCUGAAAAGUCUAGCAAAUCCCUUUCUUGUAAUUUAAUACUGAAUAUAUAUAUUCCCAUAUUUUCCCUGAGCGAGACUCAAGGCAGUUUACAUAUAAAAACAAGAAUGGCUAAAAACAGAGAAAAAUAUCAUUAAAACAAUUAAACAUUUGUUGUUGUUGUUGUUGUGUCGUUUAGUCGUGUCCGACUCUUCGUGACCCCCUGGACCAGAGCACGCCAGGCACUUCUGUCCUCCACUGCCUCCCGCAGUUUGAUCAAACUCAUGCUGGUAGCUUCAAGAACACCAUCCAACCAUCUCAUCCUCUGUCGUCCCCUUCUCCUUGUGCCCUCCAUCUUUCCCAACAUCAGGGUCUUUUCCAGGGAGUCUUCUCUUCUCAUGAGGUGGCCAAAGUCUUGGAGCCUCAGCUUCAGGAUCUGUCCUUCCAGUGAGCACUCAGGGCUAAUUUCCUUAAGAAUGGAUGCGUUUGAUCUUCUUGCAGUCCAUGGAACUCUCAAGAGUCUCCUCCAGCACCAUAAUUCAAAAGCAUCAAUUCUUCGGCGAUCAGCCUUCUUUAUGGUCCAGCUCUCACUUCCAUACAUCACUACUGGGAAAACCAUAGCUUUUACUAUACGGACCUUUGUUGGCAAGGUCAUGUCUCUACUUUUUAAGAUGCUAAAUGCUAAACAUUAAUCAAAUUAAAACUAUGAAACUAUAAAUUAAAACUAUAAAGCCUGUUUAAACUUUAAAACAGACAAAUAAUUCCCAUAAAACAGCAUAGCACCAGCCCUUUUAUUAAAAGCAAUCAAUUCCCCAAAGAAGGACCUGCCAGCGGAAGGAUAAAAAGUAGGGAGCCAGUCUGACUUCUCUUGGGAGAGAGUUCCAGAUUCUAGGAGCAGCCACUGAGAAGGCCCUUUCCCAUGUCCCUGUGAGGGUGGCAGGACUGAGAGAAGGGCCUCCCCUGAAGAUCUCAAAACCCAGGUAGGUUCAUUUGAAGGAACAUGGUCUUUCAGAUAGCUUGGGCCUAAGCAUGUGGGGCUUUCUAAGUAAUAGCCAACACUUUCAGGUUUCCCCAGAAACAGACAGGUAGCCAGUGAUCUGUUGUAGCAAGGGAGUCAUCAUCUGCUCCCUAUAGCCAGACCCAAUCAGCAGUCUGGCUGCAGCUCUUGCAGCCCCAUGUAGAGCGCGCUACAGAAAGCGCUCUCUCUCUCUCUCUCUCUCUCUCUCUCCCCCCCCCCCCCCAGUUGAAAUGGUGCCACUGCAGCUCUUGUGAGAAAGAGCCAUUCUCUGCAUUGUUAUAGCUAGGUCAAUAUCUUCCUAAGGUUUAUGAAUUGUUGCUAAAUAACUUUUGGUUUUUAUAGUGUGUAAAUGAAUAAGCAACAAAAGUUGACUGAAAUGUGAUUUAUUUAUUUUUUCAAUCCAUGUAGGUUUGAGGAUGGGACUGUUUCUUUCCUUGAUAUUAUUGCACUAAAGCAUGGAUUCGAUGCCUUGGAAAGACUUACAGGUUAGUCUGCUGUCCUGACAUUAAGUUCUGUGUCCAUAAAACCAAGAUUUGUUGGUUUUCUGGGUAAAACACGUGAGUUACAACCUGGGUUAUCCAUGAUCAAAAGCCUUGUGAAGCUUUAAUGGGGGAAAUAGAUAAUUACUUUGAAGCCUGAAACAGUUGAAUCAGUUAUCGUACAACCAGCUAGAUGAGCAAUGGUAAAAAUCUUAGCAGUGUUCAUAUCACCCAGUCUUCUAAAAAAAUUUAAAUUUUCACCCGACCCAGUACUACCAGCUGAGUGAUGUUCUAUCUUGGAGCAUGAACGCAGAAAUAUACAGCUCAGUCCUAUCCAUAUUUACUAGCGCUGCGCAACUGCUUCAGACAAAUCUUGAAUUCUAAACCAAAUUAGCUGUUUUCAGACCAAAUUGCGUCCAGCCAGCUCCAGAUUGGUCCAGAGUGUGUCAGAUUGGUCCAGAGCUCCCCUUCCUUAUUUUCUAUCUAGAAGUAGUCUUGCACUACCCAACAUUCUUUCUAACUACAUUGCAGGGUCAGAUAGUUAAAGUUAUUGAAGAACUAUAUAGUCAGUCUCAUGAACAAUUACACCUUAUAGAACAGGUUAAGCUGGGUUAAGCUAUUCAUCUGGGAGCAAGCAUUAUUCAGCUCAACAGGACUUUUGAGUAGGCAGGUGUAGAAUUACACUGUAAUUAUUCAAAGUUUCAUCUCUAGGAUUUGUGAACAAACUCUAGUGUUCUGCAUAAUGCACGGGAAGAAUGUAUUAAAUGUAUUCAUAAUAUGUGGUAUGGUGAUCAUAAGUUCCACCACAAUGCCAGUCUUUUUCAUUACUUCAGAGCACAUCGUAAACGGUAAACCAGAACAGCUAAAGUAAUCUUAUUACAAGAUUCUUACAGAAUUUAGUAUAUUAUGUUGAAGUACUGCUUCUCUCAAGAGGCCAAAACAGAGCUGACCCACCCAUGAGGUGGGGUGAAGCAGCUGCCUUGGGUGGCAGAAACCUCCAAGAUGGCAACUAGCCUGCCCCACUGCCUCUGUCACCCGGGAAGAUCUUGCCAGAACCUGCCACCACCACCAUUUUGCAACACUGCCACUCAAGGUGGGCCAAAAUAUUUUUACUUAAGCUAUACAUGGGCAUGGCAGUCAAAGUGCUUUAACUUUUGUGCUAUAAAUUAUGUACCGUAUUUUUCGCUCUAUAAGACGCACCAGACCAAAAGACACACCUAGUUUUUGGAGGAGAAAAACAAGAAAAAAAAUAUUCUGAAUCUCAGAAGCCAGAACAGCAAGAGGGAUCGCUGUGCAGUGAAAACAGCGAUCCCUCUUGCUGUUCUGGCUUCUGGGAUAGCUGCGCAGCCUGCAUUCGCUCCAUAAGACGCACACACAUUUCCCCUUACUUUUUAGGAGGGAAAAAGUGAGUCUUAUAGAGCAAAAAAAAAAAAAAAAAGGGACGCGGGUGGCGCUGUGGGUAAAACCUCAGCGCCUAGGGCUUGCCGAUCGCAUGGUCGGCAGUUCGAAUCCCCGCGGCGGGGUGCGCUCCUGUUGCUCGGUCCCAGCGCCUGCCAACCUAGCAGUUCGAAAGCACCCCCGGGUGCAAGUAGAUAAAUAGGGACCGCUUACUAGCGGGAAGGUGAACAGCGUUUCUGUGUGCUGCGCUGGCUCGCCAGAUGCAGCUUUGUCACACUGGACACGUGACCCGGAAGUGUCUCCGGACAGCGCUGGCCCCUGGCCUCUUAAGUGAGAUGGGCGCACAACCCUAGAGUCGGACACGACUGGCCCGUACGGGCAGGGGUACCUUUACCUUUAUAGAGCAAAAAAUACGGUAACUGCCACAAAUUCCGUUGAACUGUAAUGACUGGAUGAGAUCUGUGGCUGAACAUAAAAAAGCCCUGUCUUCAUCUACUCCUGCAAAGGGAAUUGUGUUUGCCCUGGGAAAAGUGGGGGAAAAAGAUUUGGGGUGGUGGUGCUUGCAGCCCAGGAUAAAGAAUAAAGAUAAGGGCAACUGCCAAAAGAAAAACGGACAUUAUUUAUGUAUGCAAUGACAGCGGCAAGAAUUCUGAUAGCACAGAACUGGAAGACUGGAGAAAUACCAUCAAAGGAACAGUGGCAAGAGAAGCUGAUGAACUAUGCAGAGUUGGCAAAGUUAACAGAUAAACUGCGUAAAAAAGACAAUAGUGACUUUGAAAAAGAGUGGGAACCUUUUACAUCAUAUUUGCAGAAACAACAACAACAACAAAAAUUAGAGUCAUUGGCAGGAUUUAAAUAAACAUUUGCAAUUUUAUUUAUAAAAAACAAGAAGCCUAAUAGUAUGACAAUAGAGAAGUAUAUAUAAACAGCAGAAUGUAAUAUGAGAUGGAAUAAGCCAGGGAUGGAAGUUGAGGGAAGUCAGCAGGGAAGGGGGAAAUUGAAAUUUGAAUGUAAUGUAAUGAUUACAGAUAUUGUUAAAAUAAAAUAAAAAACCAAUAAAAAUGAUAAAAAAGAUAAGGGCUAGAGACCCUGGUCUUAGACUAAGGAACCACAGCUCCCCGUCAGCUUCUUUCUUUUAAAAAUUAUUGUCUGGCUUUUUGCUUAAUGAAAAUGCACACACAACCAUUUAAAGCACAGAGUUGUCUUAUCGGCAGCAAAUGUUUAAAGGAGUUGUGUUUUGCUCGAGAAGCUCUUAAGCUAAAUGGACUUAAUUAACUAAAUGUAAUCACUGACCAUUUAUUUAUUUGAUUGAUGAACAUAUGACUGAACCAAGUUGAGUUUGGGCAAUUUAAUUAAGGUUUUGAGCCUAGCUGAUGGAUGAAUUUUGGUUCUUUAAAUUGGGUAAAUAAAACAACAUAUCUCAUUUGAAUUUUAUACAAUAGUGUUAAUGAAUCAGAUCUUUCAGCAACUGAUUUUUCAGUAUGAUGAACAGAGUUUAUGAGUUUGUAUAUUGAUCAGGUCAUAUUUAAAGAUUUAUGUUUAGUUAACAAAAUUGAGUUUGCCCACAAACAUGGCUAUGGGUCUGAAUAGGCCUUGGACACCUUCACCGGGAGAAGGACAUGGGGAGUGCAACCCUGUCGGUGGCUUUGGAUACCAUAGACCAGGAUGGUCCAACCUCCCAAACCACGUGGGCCACAAGAGUACUUCAGUACAGAACCUGUUGGCCGCACCCUGCCUUGUUGUCUGGCAGGGUGGGGGGAGCCAGGACAAAAUGUGAUGCCCCCUCCAACCUUUGUGCUGCCUUCCCAAAGCUGUGUAAGCAAGGAGGUGGGCUUUGGGAAGGCAGCCCAAGUGCAGCCCAAAUGUUUCCGGGGGCUGCCAAAAAAGGCCCUCAGGCCAUGCAUUGGACCACACUGCCGUAGACCAUGGUAUUCUCCUGAGCUGACUUGUGAGAAUGGGUCUGAGAGAGACUAUUUUGCAGUGAUGUCUGUUUUGGGGGUGAAGUCAAACCGUUGGAAAGUUACAGCACCUGCUGUGGCUGUAGAGACUGAUAUGGGAGAGUCAUGUUUUGUUGCAUCUGGGGAAGAUGAAGGCAUCCGGUAAAUAAAUAAUAUACUUUGUGCCUUGCAGUGAAUCAGAAUAUAUUCCCUUCAAAUUCUGCAACACUUGUAGAACUCUGUGAUCUCAACAAUAUAGUCAAUCUGUUUGCAAAUGAAAUACAUUCUCAAAUAUGAAUGGAUUUACUUACAACUGCUGUGGGGUUUGUUUGAUGAAGUUAAAACACAGCAGCUCAGCAAUGCUAUGCAGGUAAAAUUCAUUUUCCUGUGGAUGCCUAUUUAAAUACUACUUUUUAAAAAAAGAUAUGUGUAGUAUCCUAGCAGGGAUUAUUUUGUUUGUAGUAUGUACAGUUCCUCAGCUGACUUGAUUCAAUCCUUUCUUCAGUGCAGAAACAUUAAGAUAAUUUCAGAAGGACCAUAUUAAAGCGAAUGAAAGUUUGCAUAUUUUGUGAAAUGCUACUUAUUCAGAAACUCCAGAUUAAAUGGCACUAAUCAUAAAUAUCAGAUAUAGAAAAUCCUUCUGAAGUCACCGUGGGGUUAAGUCAGCUGCUUUACUCAGCCACAAACUCAUGAAAUAUGUCAUAACGCCUGUUUGACAACUUCUCCUAAUUACUAGAGGUAUAAAGGACAGUUUCAUGUUGUGGUUUGGGGACGGAACUGGGAAGUGAAUUUAAAGUUCACUUUGAACAGCUUUGCUGUGUGUGACAAGUUGAUCAGGCCUGAGAAACACAGUCUGGGAAUCUUUUAUUUCCAAAAGGGAACACUAGGAUAACAGAAUGAACAACCAGACCUCAACCUGCAAAGUUGUUGCAAGGGAAUAUAAGAACAAAUCACCAGACAAUGAGAGUUCAGAGGUUUAUUUCCAAAAUAUUGAAAGGAAUAUUAUUGCCUCCUCUCCCCUGCCCUCCCCGGAUCCAUUUAUUUUGCCAUUUUGACUUUAAAUGGAGCUCACAAUAUUUUGUGAAUAUUACAAGAGCCAGAGUGAUGUAAGACCUGGGAGACCAGGGUUCAAAUCCAUUCUCAACCAUUAAGCUGACUGAGUGACCUUGGGCCAGUCACUGCCUCUCAGCAUAAUCUACUUCGCAGGGUUGUUGUGCGGAUAAAAAUGGGGAGGAGGAAAAAACAAUGUUUGCCACCUUGAACUUCUUGGAGGAAAGGUGGGAUAUAAAUGUUAUAAAUAAAUAUAAAAAUAAAUUUUCUGUGAGAACAACAAUUUUUAAAAGUGUGAACAUUUACUAAGCACUGUUUGAAAAUUAAAAUAGUAAAUCACUUGCCCCCUGAAGAUCUCAAUCUAAUAGAAAUAGUAGAAAAUAAAACAGGAGUGAACAUAAGCUCUGGAGUAGGAUUCUUUCUGGCAGUGAGAAGAAAAGCACCUAUUCUGACUCUGGUCAACUGAUGCGGCAGGCUGGUUUUCCCCUGGAAUCAAACCUAAGUAAUCAGUAAAGAGUUCUCAGAUACACAAGGACUUGCUACUUAACUUCGCCCACCCUCAAGGUGUGCAAAUCACCACAAACCGUAUUUCAAGUGACCAGAGUUGAAUGCAAGCAGUUUAUCAGGAAGUGCCAUCUGAGAGGGAGACAGAACAUUUUGCACCCAUGUCCCUGGAUCCAAAACAAGAUGGUUAAUUUGCUUCUCAAACUCUGUGUUUUUAAAUUUCACUCACAAUACAUGAUAGGUUGUAAUGAUGGGCUAGAUGUAGUCAAUAUUACCCAUAACUCUUGGGAAGAUGCCUCACGUAUCUCCCAAAAAAUCAGUUGACCCUUACAUAAAAUUAUCAUUCUAGCUUCCCCCCUUCAUCUGCAGCAAUUAGACAAGAAGAAGGAACACAACAUUCUGUGCUUCUUUCAUGUUGUCUAUAGAUAAUUGUAGCUUGCUGGAUGUCAGCCAUCUUUUGUAUUGCCCCAGUGGGAUUUAUGAGAGUUCUCCAUUGAUCAAUAACCAGAGAAAAUCUUUGGAUUGAAAAAUGAUCUUUUGAAAAAGCACAGAUUGUACUUUGUGGCCGUUACUGUGCAUACAAGGCUGACAUUUGACUCUUAUUGCUGCAAGCCGAAAUACCUCUUUGCUUUUUUUAAAAAAAGGAGAAGCAAAUUUCUAAGAUACAUAGCACAGGGGGAAUUGGGCUGCAGCUUGUGCGGGGAGAAGGGGAACAAAAAGCCAGUAAAGACUAUCCAAUUAUUCCUCUGCUACUUGAUUCAAUAAGAGGAAGAACAUCUAAAUGGAUUUGGGAACUGAGAGCUUCUUGACUCAAGAACAUGCACUGUCAAGCUGGCUCCAGCUUUUGAGGUUCCUGGGGUCACACAGUGCUGAUAGCACCCCAAACACCUGCUCCCCUCGGAGCAGCACUCCUGCAGCUGCUUGCCUGCCCCCAUAUCUGAUGAGCCCAUUUUCUCCAAGCGCUGUGGGGAGGGUGGUAGGCAGUUGCGAGCAGCCUUAUCCUGUAGGGACACUGCCAGGGUUGUUUUGCUGCUGUGGGCAAAAUGCCCCACCCCCAAGAUGCUUGCUGCCCUGCAGAUCCAGGUUCCCACCCCAUCCCUGUUCCUGCCAUUGCAUCUGCACUGGCAAUGGCAACGGCACCAGACCCAGCAACGCAACUGCACCCUCGCCUACAGCUGUGCCCGUGCUGCUGCCAUGGGGGGCAAGGACACAGCAGGUGCAGUGGCAGGAGUGAGGGCAAUGGUGCUGUCUUUGGGGGGGGGGAGGUGAAGCCCCAGUGGGGUAGGCCACACAGUGGUGAGAGCAGGGAAGGCAGUCAGAUCCACUGCCAGAGGCAAAUGGCGUCCCCUCGCCUCAUGCAUGGGCUGCCUUUGGACAUGGCAACAACUGCUACCACUCUUUGGCAAGCCCACUCAUGCGUGAGCAGCUCCCAAAGAGAUUGGUAGCUGCAGUAGUGCUGCUGGUGGGAGGCCCAAGGGAUGGCGCCACUGGGGUGGGGCCAGGCAAAGUGUCAGCCUUGAUGGGCCCUGCAUGUCUGUGGACCACAGCAAAUGCCCCAGUGGGCAACUGCUGAUCCUGAGCCUGUGUACUGUCUAUCUUCUGAACCACCCAGAGCUCUUCAGAUGAAGGGUGGUACCGUAUUUUUCGCUCUAUAACAUGCACCCGACCAUAACACGCAUGUAGUUUUUAGAGGAGGAAAAUCCGUAGGCAUGCCACCCGUAGGCAUUCCCUCCAUAACACGCACAGACAUUUCCCCUUACUUUCUGGGAGGAAAAAAGUGAGUGUUAUGGUGCAAAAAAUACGGUAUGUAGAUGACGAUGAUGACACUGUGGAACUGGACAGCUGAGCUACAUGUGCUUAACAGCUAAACCUGAACACCCAAAGUAUUUUUCUGCCGCGAGGAGUUCACAUUUAUGUGUGAGUUGUGAAUAUUAUUAUUGUUGUUGUUCUUUAUGUAGCACAUCAAUGUACAUAGUUCUGUACACCAAAGGGCAUGCAAUCAAUUGCAUCUGAAAAUGCUUGGUUUAGUUGACAAAUUUAGUUAUAAUUUACUUGGGAGCCAGACUUCCCAUUAAUUAAAUACACAAAUUAAAUUGGGAAACUACCUAAGCUGUCUGUUGCUGGCAUAUGUCCUUUUCUUCAUAAGCAUUAGACAAGAGAUUAAAUUGUAGUAGGAUUUGCUGGAGUCUCAGGGUGUGAUUUACUGAAAUUAUGGGUAGAGGAGAAAUUUGUUUGGUCCACAACCUAAUUAGCCAACCUAAUUUGCUCAUCCUGGAUUUAUAUGUGGAUCAGAACACAGCUGUCAAUUGGAGUAUAGUACACAUGUAUAUGACUUUUGUGACCCACUUUAAUGCACAUUAAUUUAAUGUAUUUUUCAUCUUUGUUGGAAUCCACCCAGAGUGGCUGGGGAAACCCAGCCAGUUGGGCAGGGUACAAAUAAUAAAUUAUUAUUAUUAUUAUUACUUUAGGUUCAAAAAGUGUGCACAAAAAUGCAUGUUUUAUGGAAAAAUACAUUCAAAGAUUCAUACUUUAGGGAAAGAAUAUAUAUAAAAUGAGAAAAAUUGUAGCAUUUAAAUGCAUUUUGAGGCAAACAGUGAGAUGAAACAGAACUAUGAUUGAGAGUAUUUGAAAGUGAUUUGGAAUGGAAACAGACCCACCUGUCUGCCUGUCGCCACGUGAGCGCAUGAGCAUUCAGACCCCUUGUUUAAAAAGUCAGUAUUUCUUGUAUUAGCGAUCAAGGUUUCAUACAAUCAUCUCUUCUUAACUAGAGCAAAUUUUAUUUUCAGAUUAACAUUUUUUUAAUUUUUAAUCUCUUUUUCAGAAUAACAGUUCUGUACCUGGCCCUGCCUCCGCCCCUGUUCUUCCCUCUUCUGGGUUCGAAAGGACCUGCACAUCACUGGUGGCAUGUCAGUUGGACACGCCUAAAAUGGCCACCACCUGUACAGCCAUUUCAGUUUCAUCUGAAGUCUCAUUCACAGUCCUGUUUUUUAAAUCAAACAAAUAGCCAUACACAUAGAGGCAGCCUGGAUUGUCUUUGUGUCAGAGUUGAGCGUUUGCUUAUUCUUACCUGCAUGUGAAAUAACUGAUGGGAUAAGUAAUGGGUGCGGAAUACACACUUACAGGAAAUGAAUCUUGUAUCCUGCUGGGGGCUGGAAGAGACCUCAGUAAUCAUUAUAGUUAAGUUUAAUUUUGUACAUUGCAUGUGUUGUUUAAAGACCAAAGGUCUCUCUUCUUCAGCACAUAAAUUUCAAGGGAUUAUGAUAAUGCUACUUUGCAGAAAAUAGCUGAAAUAACAGGCUGAACUGAACUCCAAGGGGCUACUUUAUAUGAAUGUUGCACAUGCUCUCUAGCUCUCUCUUGGAUAAUAUAUAACACUGGAUGUACAUAAAUGAGAUAAAAUGACUGGGAGAGGACUGAAUAAAACAACUGACAUUAAAGGUCUCUGAGUAAUGUUGGAGCACAGCACCUUGAUAAAUAAAAAAAUAAAAAUUGAAUUCACAGAGGGAGCAUUUAAGUAAAGCAGCUGUUAAUUGGAACGUGCACUUUCCAUGUGUGAGCUCUUGCCAUGUGUGCGACCUGCACUGGCAAUUAGGCACCUGGGAACUUGAGAGCCCCUUGGCAUCAAUGGGGCCAGUCUCUGGGGAAGCUGUCUCAUUGGGCUUCAGUCUCAGGACCUGGGGCUGGGUUCAGAUCUAGCUGGUUCCUCCUCUGUGUCAGAGUGCUGGCUGCUCUUCAAGAUCAGGGUUGUGACAGCUGAUGCAGACAAGCAAGUUCAUUCUUUUUCACUGACACUUCAGGUAUUCUGCACUCCUCAAGGAAUGUCCCUUGUAUGGAAACCUAUCUAUUGUCAUCUGUGGACUCAGCUACAUUAGUCAGAAUACAGUGUUAUAAAUGUGUUAUAACACUGUAACUCCAGAUGGCACUGUAGAGCUGAAUACACAACUCAAUGAUAUUUUCAAUUGUGAGAUUUACAACUUUCUUUGCAGAGUGUUUUCAGAGCGAUUUUUAUAGCUGUGUAGAUCUAGCUUGUGUCUUCAACAAAACAGGGGAAGAAGCGGGAGUGAUAAUCAAGGGCUGUGCUGUCAUUCAUCUUUGGCCAUUCUAGUCCAACAAAUAUGAUGUUUUUUUAUUUUAAGGGCUCACAUUAAUUCCAGUUCAGAUGUGCUUUCCAACAGUGAUAUUUUUUAAUGCACUGAGAAGCAGUGAGCAGAACUCUAUUUUUUUUUAUUAGAGUUUAAAUUUGAUAUUCUGUUUUUGGGAGGCAGGCAAGGGGAAAGUAAGUGGGCUCCUGGGAAGCAGGAAAGAACACAUUACAGUUUCAUUUCUAAGUGGAGGUUUAUAAUGUGAUUAUCAAAAUGUGAAUAACAAUCAAAAUAGUGUAGCAGUUUAUUCCCAAUAGGUAGAUUUUUUUUUCUUUGAAAUAAAAUAAAAUAGUAACAUGCUUUUCCAGCAGGAAUCUCCAUUCAUGCCAAGUUCUUUUCUACAUUUGAGCAAAAUGUAUUUAUAUGAUUCAAACAUCAAACAUUGGAAUGAUAAAUAGCAGGAAUAAAAUCCUGUUUCAGGAAAUGACUGCAAUGGAAGAACAAUUAAAAUAAAACUGGCAAAAAGUUGAAAAUAUUAUUUAAGCUUGAAGAAAGCAUGGGCGGGGGGGAGGAACAUUGCACUGGAAACAAAAUGUUAAGUCAAAAAGCAACCAGUAUGGGCAACAAAUGUAUUAAAUGUAUUAAAAGAUUUAUACAGUGAAGUAUCAGCAGAUAUUCACAUUCAUGCAUCUAAAUUUCUUUUAAAAAAAACAAAAAACCGAGCCAGUGUCUUACACAGUGAAUUACUCUGUAUUAUCUUCCCUGCCUACCAAUUCAUUUCCAGUCUCAGUUCAGUGUUAGUGUUGCCUCUAAAGCCCCGAAUAGCUUAGAACCAGGAUACCCAAAGGAUCAUUUUAAAAUUGUGUGUCCACAACAGAGCCCUUUUGCAUGUCUUCUGAUCGUCUGCAGCACAGGAGUCAUGGAUGCAUUAAAAAGCACAUUGGGUGUGGAGAUUUGUUUGCUUUCCAUUUUUGCUGGCAACUGAAGACCUUGUUGUUUCGGAAAACCUCUGAUUUGCCUAAUGUUGCAAGUUGAUUGUUUAUUUUAUUUUUUUGCUUUUAUUGUGAUGCAUUGGCUCUUCCGUGAGAGUAGGAAGAGGAAAUAAUGAUUAAUUCAUAAAUAAAAUACAUUAUCGCGUUCGGUUGACUAGAAAUGGAGAUUAGGGGUCAAACCACAUUUCAGGCUGUAAAAAAUAGAGGAAUGCUUUUCAUUCUAUUUAAAAAAAAGCAAAGCUGCUACUCUUUCUGAAACACAGGUGAAGGUCAUGUCCUGAUCUUCCCAGCAGGGAAUCACUUCACUUAAACUGGUAUAAAAUCAGUGUGUUUCUGCUGUGCAUGCGCUCCUUUGGAGCAUAAUACAUGAUGGUGGAAUAGCAGUUCCUUUCCCUCACACAAAUAGAUAUCAAACAUUUUCCAGAGAGGAGGCUGGUUGGAAAAACCUUGUGAAUUAAUAUGAAAGCAAUCAGCGCUGCCUGUGGCUGCAUGCGCAACUUUGGUCUGUGAGGGGUUGUGGGCAUAUAAAUGCUAAAUGUUCCAGCGGUCUUGGAAAACUAUACAUGCUUAUUUUACAACAUUGAAAUAAAUACUGAAGUUGUGAAAAAGGAAGGCAGGAAUUUUAUUUCAUGCUAUUGGUAGUUUCUUUAAAUGGAAGCAAUUCUCAGGAGCUUAAGUGGUUCAGUUCAUUUUGUAUGCAAAGCUUCUUUCAGGGUAUUAGAAGCAUCUUCAUUUCAAAGAUUAGAAAUGUUAAAGAAGAAUGACAGAUGGAAUGAAGAGCAGGCGGGGUGUGUGUGUGUGUCCUGCUACAGGAACAGUGAAAGUGGUGCGAGAGCUAUUUCUAGGUGCUCACAGGUUUUCUACCUAAACCUAACUCUUGAAUUCUCAAGUGAUGCAGUCCACACUUUUGCCACAAGGUCUAUCUGUUGAUUGUAGUCAGUGGUCUGCUCUGCCUCAUGGGAAGAUCAGUCAUGGUGGACAAAUGACCCUGAAAGACAGCUCAGGGAACACUACAUUAUUCAGUAGCGCACAGGCAUAUUCUGGGGCAAGAGCUCCAUUCAGAAUGGUAAACAUUUGAGGUCCAACAGACCUCACCUGUGCCCUGUGGAAACUGGUGUGCUCUGAAGGUAUUUGAAUGGUAUUUUGAUGCUUUGAAAAAUCAUUUCAACAGCCACAAAUGGAAAAGGAGAGGGCAGAUAGCUUUAUGUUUUCUUUUUCUUUUUGGAUACGGCUUUCUCUUUCUGCCCUGUCCUUCAUAAAGAGACAAGAGGCAUGUGAAGUUGUUUGUUUCUUGAAGGAAGAGAGGCAGACCUUUGAUUUAUGCUUUACAAUGAAUUUAAUACGGUUUAACUACAUCUGCCCCCCUUUGACUAAGGAGUAACUAGGUGAUAUUUAUUACCAUCUUUUGAUGGGAUGUUGUGGGAAAAAGAACAUAGUAAAGAAUAACCCACAGCUGGGCUUGUUGUGUAAUCCACGUAGAGGCUGAAUUAAAGAAAGACUUAUGUUACGAUGGGUGUGUUUGCACUGGAAAAGAAGGCAUCGCAAGGUGGAAUCCUGUGGCUGAGAUGGGUUUGGAAAGUUCGCUUUGUAAAUUGUUUAGGUUGCAGUUUGAAUCUGCUCUGUGUGACUGUGUUAUCAUCAGGAUGGGAUGAGACCUUAGAAAUAUGAGCAUGACAGAGGAAGCAGCAACUGCAACAAAACACCCAACCCGGGAAAGAUUUAUGAUCUGAACAACGAAGUGAGAAGAAUGCAACACUGGAAUCGGGAAAUAAGAACUUAAUAAAAAACUACACAUGCUGUUAUUGAUUAUAAAUACUAAGGUUUAAUAUAUAUAUAUAUAGUCCAGUAGCACCUUAGAGACCAGCUAAGUUUGUUCUUGUGUGCAUGAAAGCUUAAACAUGAAAGCUUAUACCAAGAACAAACUUAGUUGGUCUCUAAGGUGCUACUGGACAAUUUUUUUUAUUUUUUUAUAUAUUUCUACUGCGUCAGACCAACAUGGCUACCUACCUGAAUCAAGGUUUAUAUGAGGAAUUUGCAGUAUGCAGGAUUGUAGAGGGGCAGCUGUUAAAAAUAUUAUGGUAAUUGCAAAGCGAUGUCAACUAGCGACUAAAUGAGAAUUGACGCAGCAGUGGGGGUAUAUCUUGGACAUAUUCUGUAAUGAGAGCGGGAAACUGGUUUUGGAAAUUGUAUUAAUUUGGUUUGAUUUGUAAUAAUUUGGAAAAUCAAUAAAAAUAACUGGCAAAAAAUGUUUUUUUAAAACCUGAGAAAGUAAAAGGAAGCCUGAAGCAAGUAAUCUACUUUGAUAACUCUAGAAGUGAGGCUGCUUUCUGUCACAAAUUCUAAGAAUGAAUUUUAUAUCCUCCCACCUCUACUGCUAGGAUUGGUAGUUUGGAGUUUUUAGAAAGCAUCUUUCAUUUUUCAAGUUGACCUAAUCAACCAUUUUGUGCCAAAAUCCCAAUGACUCUUUGAAGUGAAUUGCAUAAGAGGCUUAAUAUAACUGAGCUUAAAUCCUGAACCUUUUGCUUUUCAUCUAGCACUGCUCUUUGAAUAACAAGUUGGAUUUUGAAGGAGGGGAAUCUUACUGUGAAUCUCAGGUUAUCAGUUCUUUUGCCAGGUGACUGUACUGACACACUGUGGUUCUCAGCAGUUUUAAAUCAAAUGUCGUAAGUGCGGGAUGUGUGUGUAUGAGUAAACAUCAAGGAGCUGACUUUUUCAUAUCUUUUAGAAGUGAUACAUUAAUAAUACAGUUUUUGGAAUAGUAGCAAAUAUUGGUUAUGUGAUAUUUUAUAUGCAUUACUAAGCAUUUAUAAAAAAAGGUUAAAUUUAGAAGUUUUCAUUGCUUUUGCUAUCAACAGUAACUGGAAGAUACAAGGUUCCCCCCCAACCCCCCCCCUAAUUAAAGUCAUUGAUAUUCUAUUUAUUUCAUUCUGUUUGUGAAUCCCUGGGAAACAUCUCAAAGCAAUACAUAAGCUUAUUUACAAAAAAUAAGAUGUUUUGAAAUCAGAUUUACAGAAAAAUGUUUUCCUCUUGUGAUGCCCUGGGAUGAUAAAUCAGUUUUAUACAAACAGGAAAUGUUGACAAAAACCAGGAAUAAAAUAAAGCUGCUUUUGGCAUACAGCUUUCAAGAGCGUCUUCUUGGCUUUACGGUUGUGGGAGCAAUUAUUUUACAACACUGAAUUAUAUUUUACUCAUGGGGAGAGUGCAGGGAAUAUGGAGUCUCCUUUUGAUUUGGAGAACAGAAUGCAGUAGUGACCAAUAGAAAGCUGCAUAAGCGUUGAGUGUGGACUUCCUUCAGCAGCAUAAAUGCUGAAAGAAGAUGUCUGCUUUGUGCAUCUUUGACAUUGCUGAGCUCCAUGGUUUGAAAGCCUUCUUUCUCCUUCGGUUCUGGAACUGCUAUUGCCAGUUUUUUGUUAAAUGGGUGGAGAUGUGAUUACCCCUAGGUACUUCGAUUCGUCAUUGGUUUGCUCGUCUUUUUGGAUCAGAUUACUACAUCUAAAAUCUAGUAGAUCAGCUUCACUUCAGCUAGAUCCCAUUACCACUUUGUGUAAUCUCCCCCACAAAUUCUAUAUGUAAAUACUAUUAGUUGAGCAAGGACUACCAGUAAUGGCUUUUCCAUAUAAGGUUCUUUACAAUUGACUCUCAAAAUACAAGUUGCUAACAUCAUUGAGCUGAAAGAAGGAGGAGGAAUUAGCUAUUCAACAAAAUAAGAUGGGGAAUUUCCAAAAGCCAUCUGUUCAUUAAGAUAAAUACUGAAAACAUAUCACAUGUGGUCUAAGCAUGCCAUCGUGAAUGAGAGGAUUACGCUUCGGCUGAGGAGGCAGAGAAAGAGAGGAGAGAACAAAAAGGAAUUGCACACCCAAUUAGAACCGGGUGAAAAUGAAAUGUUCCUACCAUUAAUUAGAGUAGAUGUCUGAUUUCAAUGCAUAUCUGACCCAUUUUAAUAUUAGUUUACCCAUGUCAAGAAUAAAUUAGAUGUGUGGCAGGUGUUGAAAAAAACCAAAACAUUAGGUCCCAGAAAACUUUCAGUAGAGUGAUGUACCAUAAAUUAAUUAAAUAAAUAAACCUUUAUUGUCACUACAGCACCUGUAUGCAGUGAAAUUAAACGAGCCACCCCCCCCCGCCACAACACUCAGUCUUGUUUGCGCUCUGUGUGCUUGUCAUAAGUCAAUUACACCACUGUUUUUUUCCAUUCAGCAGCCCAACAGCCCACAGAUAAAAACUGUUCUUUAACCUGUUGGUGCGGCUGACUAUACAUCUGUAUCUCCUACCUGUAGGAGAUUAAAGAGGUGCUGGCCAGGGCGUGAGUCGUCCCUAAGAAUUUCCCUGGUCUCCCGCGAUGUCAUCUUGCAAACUCCGGGGACAGCCCAUGAUGUAAUGUGCUGUGUUCACCACUCUCUGUUAAGGACUUCCAUGCUUCGUUUGUUGUUUAUAAGAAUUACGCCUUGUCUAUUAUAAUCUCUUUAUUUUAUUUAUUUCCCAUAAUUCAUGAGAUGAAACUAAAUAUAUAAAACUGACUACUGAAAAUAAUUGCUUCUGUAGUUAUGAAAAAUGGUGUGAAAAUUCUGUCACAGGUGUUAGAUCUGUGAUGACUCCUCCUCACGUGAAGUCAUCAGUUGAUGACACUGGAGCUGCUAGAUUUGCCCAGGAAACACUAAGAGUGAGUGCCUGCUGUUGUAGCUUUCAUGAGAAAAAUCCCGGAACAAAAUGUAUUUCUAUGUGGCCAGGUUCUCUUAUUGAUAUGUGAGUCUUACUUCCUAAAUGUCCCUUCAAAGAAUCUAUUUUACUAUGAUGUCUGCAAAAAUGGAUUGAACCUUCUUUUUAAUUUUUUUAAUAUUUAUGUUGUUUAUGUAAACUUAAUAAACACAUCUUUUAAAAACUUACAUUAAAUAAUAAUUACAAUUGACUUGAUUUUACGAGAUCCUUUUAAUGUCCCUGUAGAAAUGGCUCAAAAUGAAACUGGAAGUUGUUGAAUUUUUCUCUCCUCUCUCCCCCUCCUCCCUGCAGGUGGAAUGAAGAACAUAGAACAACAUACAUUUGCCUUAGCUCACUACACCUAUAGAAUCCUCUCUACGUUGACAUAUCCUAAUGGGGCACCUGCUGUGCAUCUUUACAGUGAUACAGACUUCAGCAGCCCCGAGGUCCAGGGUCCAAUCAUUAAUUUUAAUGUAUUGGAUGAAAAUGGAGAUAUAGUUGGUUAUUCACAGGUAUGCUUUAAUAAUUCUCUUGUUCUCUUCUAAUGCAUUUUUGUGAUCAUUUGACCACCUUCGCUCAAAAUACCUGUUCUUGCUGAAUUCUUUUAUUCCUUCUGAACCUCCCACAUGUUGUUUUAUAUUAAAAAUAACAAACAAGGGAAGAAAUAUUUUGACAAAGUGGAGGACAAGUUGUCUGAACAAAUUUGUACAUGGCCACCAAGAGCAGUGUUCAGUGUGGCUGCCAUGUUAUCUUCAAAAGUAUGAUGAAAACCUACCCCUUUGUCCUUUUUAUGAGGUACGUCACCAGAGUCUUUUGAGUGAUAUUGGAAAGAGUCAAGGCCAACCUCCUCAUUUUUUAAAAUAAAGAAUAUAUUGUUCAACAAUGAUCAAAGAAUAUGAAUUAGCAAUUCUAAUGCUUUUAAGAGCCUACCCCCUCAUUACAUUAAAUGUGAUGAGUCCAGUUAAGAUAAUAUUCAUAGCCAGCCUAAUGGCUUUUUUGGCCAUGUUCCCAACAGCCAUCUCUAAACCCCCGGGGGGAGUGUGUGUGAUCAUUCACUAUUGAUUUCCCCCCAUUGAUUUAGCAGUUAAGAUUCCAGGCAGGCAGAAGAACUUGAUGGACUGGAGGAACAGAAUACAAACCAGAUGAUGAGGAAAAAGAUUCUGCUGAUGCCUCCAGUUCAGUUAUUCUUUUGGCCUGUAUCAUCUUCACUGUUGUGCAGCGAGUAUCUUAGCGCAAAUUCCCAAGGCAAAGGGGUUGGAUUGUGUUGUUCUGCACUACUAAAAUGGAUCUGAUAUCAGAAUAGCGUUUUGUCAUUACUGCCUGGCAAAGUGCAUUUGCAGUGUAUUUAAUCAAAUCCGACUGUGUGUUGAAAUGAUUUGUCCCCUGCAGACAGUUAACUAGGUGGAAAACUGCUAUCUUGGCUCAUACAUAUGAUCAAAGGACAACCUAAUGGAUGCAUUUAGCAACUCUUAUAUUCUAGAAAACCUGAAAAUACUAGCAUAUCCUCCAACAUUUCUCUGAAGAAAUUAGGGAUAUCCUAUUCUACAUUAGGAAGCUUCUCCUGCAUUUGUUCUUGCCACACACAUAUACGUAAUAUACACAUCAACAUUGGUCAAGUCAAUUACAACCUCUCAGCCUAACCUACCUCACAGGAUUGUUGUAAAAAAAAAAAAUGUGAGGGAGGAGAUUGUGUACAACACCUUCAACAGACAAAUGGAGUGAAAUAACAUUUUAGCUGUAAGCUGUCUUGAGUCCCUGCCAGGGGAGGAAGUGGGUAAUAAUAAUGGAAACCAUGAGAAUGAUCAGGUACAUACCUGAGAGUAAAUCCUAUUAGGCUCCAUUUACAAUAAAAGAGUAAGCACUCCAUAUGUUUUUUUAAAAAUGGCUGGCUGCUGAAGCGUUGCGUGUCGAGGUCCCUUCCCCAAGACACCCCCCCAAGAAAAACACAAUUGACACUUAAUUUUUGUUUAAGGUUUUUGGCAUAAUUUUGGCCACAUCUUUAUUCAAAUACAGCAAUGUGAGUGGUUGCUUAGGCAUUGGUAGCACUAACUGCCCCCGCACGGGGACAGCUCUGACAUUCGCACCCCCCGCGAAGUCAGGAAGGGUAAGUCACCUGGAGAGAGAGACGGGACUGGGAACCAUGCCUCACCUCUCCCCAGCAUGCUCCCAGGGGCCUGCGUGGCCCUAGCCCCUUGCCAGGGGGUUUCGGACAAAAGCAUGGGGGAGCCCCUGGGUUCCUUUAACGGUAAAACCCUUCAGCAGCAGCAUUUUGGGGGGCAGGCACAGCCGAAUCCAUACCCCCCAGCAACCCAUUCCAGACCAAUGCCUAACCGCCAACUGAGCACUGAAGCUCACCGCCAAACCACUCACAAAUGCAACCCUUCCUUCAAUCCCAAAGCAACUGCAUCCAGCCAGGUGUCGUUCCCCAUAGGGGAAAGAUGCACCCCAUCUGCCCUAAAGAGGGCAGCAGCCUUGAAGGAAAUAGCAGGGUGCAAUAUCACAGAACCACUGUUAUUUUAUUUUAUUUAUAUAUUUUAUUUUAUAUUUUAUAUUUUAUAUUUUAUUUUAUUUUAUUUUAUUUUCCACCGCCUUAUUAACAUGCUUUCUGGCCUGCUCGGUGGUAGUUUGUCUAGGCAUUGGUUCCGACUAUCUGCACCUGACCUCAGCAGGGCAGCACUGACGACUGGGCCCCACCCUAUCGUCAGUACAAGCAAACAUCGUGGGGGAGCAAUGAACCAGGAUCAGACUCAAGCACACCCCAGGGACCCUUGCGUGGCCCUACCCCUCGAAAGGGGUCGACAAAAGCAUGGCGAAUCCUUGGAUUCUUUAAAGGAUUACCUUUGCGCAUUGGAGGGGACAGGUGCUCCGACCCCCCCUCCAGACUACCUUGAACCAAUGCCUUAAAUUAUUUUGAGUCCAGGGAGAGCUGCCAUCAACUCAUCCAAGUCCUCCUGCAUGCAGGAACGCAAACUUAUGCUGUAAGAAGACGGCAAGUCAUUCUCGUCCAGCUGCACCACUAGCACUGCGGGAGGACCUGUACAGGUCACACUCGACCGCACCAAAGGAAGGAACUCCUCCCAAAGCAUUCCCCAUCUGUUGUUUUUUUUUUAAAUAAUCUUUAUUGCUUUUAAAACUUACAAGAAAAGAAGAAAGAAAAAAAUAGGCGAAAGAAAAAAACAAAAUAGAGCAGAGAAGGAAAAAAAAGAGAAAGAAAAGAAAAAACAAUACAAUACAAUACAAUACAAUAAACAAUACAAAACACAACCUUAACACACUAAACAAAACAAAAGAACAACAAUUUAAAAACAUAUAUCAUACCAUUUCAUUACUCUAUCUUUCAUUCCCUUAUUUCAUCGACCUCCUCUCACCUCCCUUUUUGUAUUCCACUUCUAUUACUUGUUUCAGCAAUUCCUUUCCAUCUUUCUCUAUUUUUAUCAUUAUGAAUAUCUUAACAUAUUUUGUACCUUAUUUUCCAUUAAUACUGAAAUACUUAUUUAUACCUAGCUCCUUAUAACAUUUCUGCUAAAGCCAUAAAAUUUCAUUCCAACAAUUUUCUAACACUCAUUAAAUUUACAAUAUUUCUAUAUAUAAACUUUAAACUUUCUCAAUCUUCUACCACCAUCUCUUCUCCCUGGUCUCGGAUUCUGCCAGUCAUUUCCGUCCAUUCCAUAUAGUUCAUCAACCUGGAGAUCUUCUGUCCGAGGCUCUUAAAUCUUUUCCAAGUCCCUUCUGCAGUUUUUCUUCAUAUUCUUUGAUGCUGAGGGUACUGAAGCGCAGGUCUUGGGGGGCCCCUGACCCAACCAUGCCCCCAUUCCCUCUCGACAGACCAACCAACUCUCCACAGCUAAAACCAGUGUCCAUACAAUAUCUCAAAUCAUGUUUCAAGGCUCCCCCAGAUCCAAAGGCUCCCACAACUCCAAUCUCCUCCUGACCCAGAUUCAGGACCCAAAGGUCAGUAAAUCUCUGCAUGAAAGAGUCUAUCCGACCUUCCUUCUUCAAUCCAAACAGGGCUCCAAUCUUCAAAUUCUGACUUUUUCUAUAUUCAUUCAUAAAAGGCCUCCACUUAUAGUCCUCAGUUUGCCUCUGUAAAACUGGGGCUUCCACUUGUGUUAUUUUAGGCUUAACAACACCAACAUUCUCCUUCGUCUUCUCCCCAGUUUGUCCUGUCAAGGUAGGUUCCUGUGUCAAAUCCUGAACAAUUUCUGUAUUAAUGGUCACUUUUUGUUCCAAAUUAGUCACUUUUUGUCCCAAGUUCUUAAGUUUAGUAUUCAUAGCGUCCGUCUUCUUGUGGAGCUGUUCCAACGAAUAGCUUAUCUUACAUAAUACAGUCACUAAAGCUCCUUCUGUCAACAUUCUUAAAGUCCAAGGUCGAUCUCUAUUUCACACAGUUCUUAUCUUGCAACUGGAAAAACCCCAGCUCCACUCUUGUAACUGUUUCAAAAGCUCCCUCUAGAGGGAAACAGUCUCCACUUGUAUCAAUCCUUUCAAACACAGUUUAAACUAUAAAGAUAGUUUCUUUUCCUACUUUUUAAACGCAGAUGAGUACAAUGGAAACAAUAUAUUUCUCUUAUUGCUAGCUGUCAAAAAACAUCACUCUUUCUGGCAGCCCGUUUCCAGGUUCGGAGCAGUGGUAAUUUGGUUUUUCACUCUCUCCUGCAGGUUCACUAGGUCCAAAAUUUCCCCCCUCUUCUCCUGCUUCCAAGGGGGGUUUAAUAGUUUUAACCGAUGGAGAUUUAAUCCUUUACAAAAAUAAACUUUCCAAGGCUUUAACUUGCAACUUCUUUGCUUCAAUCUGUUUACAAAAAAGGAAGGCGGACUUCCUGUUUAGAACCUUCCCGUUUCGAUGCCAAAUUAAUGAAUUUAAGGAUCUAAUUUUCCGUUCUACUCACGGGUAGUUGUUUAAAAUCCAAUUGUCCACAGGAAAAAGUCUGCGCUUUCCGGCAACAGCGAUGCGGCUUCACUCCGUGAAAGAAGCAGUCAAUUCGAAGCACCGCGCCACUUACCCCACUUCGCUCCAGAUCCCCAAAUCAGGGUUUCCCCGCGAGUAGGGGAGGCACAAAGGGUGCCAGCCGAAUCCCAGGUUCACAGGCUUCUCCCGCCUGUGAUUUCAGUGGGUCUCCGCCUUCGCCGUGGCGGUCAGACCCUAAUUUCCGCGGAGCAAAUUCCUCCCGAUCGGAGACUCCGCCAUUGCCUAGAGGCGCCAACCCGGAAGUCUCCCAAAGCAUUCCCCAUCUGGACACCCAGUAUAUGUUCACUUGGGCAGGAUGACUGAGAUGGCGCCCCAGUCCAGACUCGUCAGCGCGCUUGCCAGCCCAGUGUACAAUGCUUUAUGUAUUUAUUUAUUAUUUUACUUUUUUAUUUUAUUUAUUUUCCAUCGCCUUAUUAACAUGCGUUCUGGCCUGCUCAACCGCCAAUCUAAAUGUACACAGCUGCUCCUAUGAAAAAAGGAAAUAACAGACAGGCAUCAGCACAGACAUCAUUGGUGACACUUCCUGAUGUAACCCUUGUCAGCAUCAGACUUCCAAUGACCAGUAUUCACAAUCCUGUCUACUGACAGGCCCCCAGUGUGCAGCCUUUGCAGCAGCCCUAUUCGGAAGGAAUGAGGCGUGUUCAGCGGUAGGCAAGCCGCAGACCAUAAUAACUGGUGCACGACGUAAGCACAUUGAUGCCUGGCUAACGGGAACCCAUUUUCAUGCACUAGGAGCAGGCCAGCCCCCAGAGGAAUGAAAAGCCAAAUAUUUCUGGUAUCCAUAACUGGGCAAGGGCCCUCCUCACCUGUGAGGGGAAGCCUGAUGGUGGCACUCCUGCCCACUAGGUCUGUUUUAGAGUUCCCCACUCUAAUGACCAGCUCCAAAGCAGAUAAGGAAAAGUCCUGAAGCAAUAAGCCUCCAGACUCUCAGCCCCGUGCUGGCUCCAACACAAUUUCCCCAACCCUCAGUGCACCAAAAAUGCAAUGGAAUACUGAAAGGAGUCUCGCCUUGAUCUUUAACCAGCAGAAAAGUUAUAACUUGUUGCAGAUACUGCAUAGGUAAAAACUGACCGACUUCCUGCCCACUGUCGUAUGAGGUUGGAGCCUAUUCCAACCUUCCAAGGCCCUGCGCACGACAGACUUUAUACAAGAGUCUCUGCAAAUUAAAGCUUUACUAUAACAGACAUUGCAGCGGACUGAAUACUGAUAGUUUUAACAUUGCAGCGGACUGAAUACUGAUAGUUUAUAAUCUGCAGCUGGUGGACCAAAUAUUGCAGGAUCUGCUAGAGGAUGGGGGCCAGUUCUUCUGAAUGGCCGAGGACUGCCAGCUUAAGGCUAAGAAAUCCAUCCAGGCCUUCUCAUAAGAGCUAAAAGCAGAAUGGGAAACGGAAGCUGCUGCUCUCUGUAAUUGACAACUAAUUGUUGUCAAAGUGCCACAGGUGGUCUGGAAAAGUCUGGCAGUAGCUGAGUGUCUGGAGCCCAGGAUCUGAAGCGCUCCAUCUGAAAAUGGGAUAGAGUGUCAGCAACAUCAUUAGAGGAUCCCGUAAUCAGGAGAGCAUAAAGCACAAUAUUAAACCUUAAGCAGCGCAGCUCGAAGCGUGAGCGGAGGGGCGGAGACUCUGCUGGAGCGUGAGGACUGUUUUGCCAAGACGCUCACCACUGCCUGGUUAUCAGACCAAAAGCAGAUCCGAUGGUCACUGAACUCCUCGGGCCACAUGUGAACUGCUACUACAAUGGGGAAAACUCAAGAAAAGUUAGGUCACAUGAUUGCUUCACCACACCGGGCUUGAGGCCAUGGCUAUGCACACCAGCAGCCCCUGAAAUAAAAAACCAAAGGGCAAAGAUCCAGCAGCAUCAGCAUGAACCUGAAAAUCCCUGUGCAGGUUCAAGGUAUCCUGCCAUGGCGAACUACUAUUGCAUUCAUUUUGGAAUUGCAACCAUCGCAUGAGAUCUGCCUAUCACCUCACUUGGUAAGCGUACACGAAGGUAAGGGGACCUCAGGCCGCAGGCAGCCUGGCCUAGCGGGAAUGGAAGGGGUGGCCUGGGGCAACCACUCUGCAUGCAAGAUUAAUUAAGUGACCCAGCAAGAUCGGAUCUGAUGAAGCAUCACUUGCCACAGAGGAAGUAUUACAAAAUAACUUCCUUCAAGGCAGACAGCUUCUUCCUAGGCAAGUGGUAUGUUUUAGCAACGAUAUCCAUCUGGAUCCCUAAAUAAAAUGGGAAUAUGGGCAAAAGGUAUUGAGCUAUUGCUUGCCAGCUUCCAGCCCCCGCUUGGGCAGGGGGCAUCUUGUGCUGCCAUCAUGAUAUGUAAAUUUACAGGGCCGACGCUGGCCAGAACCCCUAAAGAAGUCCCGACAAAGCUGCCGCCGAGCCAGCUUCCUUUUCAGACACACACUCUGUGCAAUGCAGUGCACACACUCCAUGCAAUGCAACUAUAAUCUGUGCAAUGCAGCUACACACUCCGUGCAACACAACUACACACUCCGUGCAAUGCAACUACACACUCUGUGCAAUGCACACACAAACACUCCGUGCAAUGCCAAAACACACUCCAUGCAAUGCAACUACACGCCGUUCAAUGCAACUACACACUCCGUGCCAUGCAACUACACACUCCGUGCAAUGCAACUACACGCUCCGUGCAAUGCAACUACACGCUCCGUGCAAUGCAACUACAGUGGUGCCUUUCAAGACGAAAUUAAUUCGUUCUGCGAGUUUUUUCGUCUUGUGAAGCACGGUUUCAUUUUUUUUCAAAAAAAUUUUCAAAAACCACCUGGUAGGUCAGGCAUAAAUGUUACCAGUGAAAUAGCAAGCUCGAGGCAGCCCACCGCCUGACCAGGUACCCCUGCUUGCCCUUUUAGAGGGAAGCACCUCCUCAAGAAACCCAAAUUUCUUUUUAUUUCCUUUCUUUUUUGGGGGGGGCAAUGAUAUCACAAAUGGGCCCAACUACCCAGCCACAGAAUAGUCCAAAAGGAGCAGUUAGUUUUGUUUUGUUAUAACAAUGGCUAAGAGGGGGGAAUGAACCCUGUCUCCCAGGACCUAGUCCUGUCCUCUAGCCACAAAGCCACAAUUCCUCUCUAAAAUAGUGGUGGCCACUAUCAGGGCAAAAUAAACUUGAAGAAAAUAAACUUGUUCAGAAACAGCAUAGUUAAAGAGCAUACACAAAGUGCUCAUAGUCAUUGGAGGCAGAGAGACCCUGGCUCCACUCUGUCUGCCCCAAAUAUGCAAUAGCAACUGAGCCUGCAAGCAAAAGAUACAUUCUUAGAGAGGGAAUGAGUCACAUGUCACAGAGACUUCACAAUUUCCUGCUAACUGUAGCAGGCUUAGGCUUGAAUGUAGGCCUCACUGCUUCUGCUCUUAAAAAUCUUUGACUCAUUGCAAUAUUAAAGGAAGCUCAAAAUGGUGCUCCUGCCCAAGGCUAGAUUAAAAUUCGGCCAACAGCACUGCACACACCCAAAAUAAAGCCACCUUUGGGGACACUAAAAACGAAAGUGAUUCCAGCUAGGCUGGGAACAGCCUGACCAGCCCUACAAUUAACAAACAGGCAAAAUGAGGGAAACCUUUCUGCAAAAGAAAGCCCCUAAUGGGGGCUCUCUCCCUAUUGGGAAAGGCAAGCCAAGGAGGAUGAUGCACAGGCAGCGCUCACAGGUGCAGGGAGGAUCUUCUCAAAGGGCAGGGUAAGGGGUGGGAAAUCAAACAGGAAAAGAAAAGGGUUGGAAUUAAAUUAAUUAAGGGACUAGAGAGGAUUAAAGAGAAGGGGGAAAUAAAGACAAUGAGAAGAUAACUACGGUCCAAGUGCUCCUGGUGAUCCGAAGCAUGCAGCGAAAGAGGAUGUCCGUUGCUGCGUCCCUUGCAUUUAACAAAUAGGGCUGUCAAUCACUAAUUGGCAACAUCUAAAUUUCCCCAGUAACAGCCCGCCCCUGCUUACAGGAUGGCCAAACCAUUUGCCUAGUAACAGUGAGGUGUCUUGUCAGCCCCGCCCACAACCUGUGCUCUCCAUGAGGAAGAACACACUUUGCGUUAAACUGACCUUUUCCUUCAAAAUUAUAGGAAGGAUUUUAUAUGCCAGUUUCACCAUUUCCUUCAUUUGGAAUUUUAUUUUCACUAUAAACAGGACUUUGUUUUUGCACCUACACACACAAACCACUUUUAAUUGUUCUCUGAGACAUGGAGAGGAGGAAAAAGGAAAAAGUAAAACCGGAGUAUUCUGGGUUCAAAUCAGAAAUCGAGACUGAGAUAUCAAGUCAAAAAGAGUUUGUGAGAGAAACUGCAAUGUAGGGACAAACAGUGCUUUUUUCUGGGGGGACGCAGGGGUUCGCAGACCCCUAAACAUUUUGUGAAUCUAAGUCUGGCCUCAUUGAGGGGCUGUAUUUCAAUAUGAGUACGAAAAUACCCCUAAACAUUUUUUUAGAAAAAAAGCACAGGGGACAAAUAUGUGUCUUCAUUCCAGUCUGGUAGCUGCCAUGGUGUACGUACAUUGUUAAGUUAUAAAAUGAGGAUUACAUCAUGAUAUAUUUUAAUGAAAAGUCUCUUUUAGGAUGCAAAGGUGAUAUUGGGGGAAAAUCUCAAGUUGCAUUAGAGCGAACAUGCAUAAAAUCUAAAGCAGCUAAAUUAUUAAGUAAUAGAGGAAAAUCUUUUGUGAUUUCUCAAUUGUAGCUUUAAUUGAUAGCAAACUGAUAUCUUUAUCUAUGUUGAGAAUCUUUCUUUCUUUGCUGAACCUACAAGGUAGACAAGUUGGCUGGGCUCUACAACAUACACAUUCGCACAGGCUGUUUCUGUAAUACUGGAGCUUGUCAGCAGCAUUUGGGGAUCAGCAAUAAUGACAUCAAAAAGAACCUGCAGGUCAGUAUGUGUUAACAUUAUGGUUCUAUUUAGGUGCUCCCAAGUGAAGUCUUCAGUCUUUCACAGGCUCCAACACUGUCCAAUAUUCUCAAACGAAAAGGUAAUGCCAUCAGCUAGUUUCUGUGCAUUGCAGUCCUUUUUGGAAGUGAGCCCCAGUCACUUCAGUGGAGUUUGCUCCCAAGCAAGGUGCGCACAGCGUUGCCGUCUUAAAGAAUUAUGAGUCAGCACUAAACUGGACACAGGUACGAUACUUGCUCUGAUGUAUUAUUAGAUCUCAAACUUUGUUGUUGUUGUUUAGUCGUGUCCGACUUCUCGUGACCCAAUGGACCAGAGCACGCCAGGCGGUCCUGUCUUCCACUGCCUCCCGCAGUUUGGUCAAACUCUUGUUUGUAGCUUCGAGAACACUGUCCCACCAUCUCGUCCUCUGUCGUCCCCUUCUCCUUGUGCCCCCCAUCUUUCCCAGCAUCAGGGUCUUUUCCAGGGAGUCUUCUCUUCUCAUGAGGUGGCCAAAGUCUUGGAGCCUCAGCUUCAGAAUCUGUCCUUCCAGUGAGCACUCAGGGCUGAUUUCCUUCAGAAUGGAGAGGUUUGAUCUCAAAUACGUAAGAGCAAAUCCUGAUCACACUCUCGAAAUAAACUGUGGGCCAGAUUCUGCAAAAAUUAUUUCUGCAACAAAAAUCCUUUUUUGUUAUUGCGAUUGUUGUAGAGCACCUGUAAAUAUGUACAUAGAGAUAUGACAGUAGUUUACCUUUUUUGGGGUCCUUACAGUAUUCAGUGUAAUCUCUUCUCAGCCUACCUUCUUCCUCUCAUAUACUUUUCUUUUUUGAAAGUCCUCUGGCCAUGAAAUUGUACAACAGGGCUGGGGAACACUUUUCAGCCACUUUCCUUCCUGGCUAACUUUCUGGCAGUCACAUGCCACUGGUGGAUGGAACCACACACACAGCCACAUGCUGAAGGUGGAAGUCCUGCAGGUGGGAGGAUGCACAAGCCAAGGCUCCCCCAGCCUGUUUGUACAGCAAGUUCAUGUGUUUAUCGGGGCAAUCAAAGCCUUUAUCACCCUUAACUUGCUGAGUGGGUGGCGGCUUUCCUCUGUAUCCUGUUGUGGAGCAAGGACAACCUUCACACAUCAGCUGCUGUUUUAAGGGACUUCAAAAUUUAGUAAAGCCACAUGUCCUUUGCCAUGUGUGCCAUUUUACUUUCCUAGUUUAUUUGUCAAAUGCAAACAAACAGCCCUAGCGUGUUGUACAUAUUAGCUUAGUGAAAAGACACAGUAACUAUCAUGCUGUAUUUUAAUGGAAUGAAUAAUGAAAACCAGAGCCCAGAGCCCAGCGGUGAAGCACAAAGUGCUUUUGCUUUGCAUGAAUGAAGCCCCAUGUUCAGUCAUUGUAUCUCCAGUGGGAAAUCUUGGAGAUGUGCUGACAGUCAGAGUAGAUAGAAUGAUACCCAUAAUCCAGACUUCAUAUGUGGCAGUUUCAGAUGUUUAUAAAACCAAGGGAGAGCAGCGAUAGAGACUUGUUUGCAAAAUGUAUAAAUAGAAUAUAUAUUUUACUAUGUGCCUAAAGGCAAUAUAUAAAGCAUAAGAAGGGGAAAAACAACAUCCUAAAAUUAAAAUAAAUACUCCUUUUAAAAUUGGGAACUGCGGCAGCAUACUUAAAAGUAAACCUCUCCAAGUGCCUGGUGGAAUGGGUCCAGUUUUACAUAAACCUAAAACUCAGUAAAGGCAGAUCAAGGUGGGUCUCUCAAGUAAGGUCUUUCCAAAGGUUUGGGGUUGUAAAUAACCAAACUUGGCACAAGGAAUAAAAAUCAAGAUUACUUCUCUCUCCAAAACGAAGUCUUGCGGGAGGGGGGACAUUCUGUGUUUUUACAAGAUCUUAUUGCUGUAAAAUACAGUACGUUACAUUUUGAUAGCGUAUACAAAAUGUUUAUAAUACCUUCUAUCUCUCCCCCCCCCCAACUAGGCUGGGCACGUCUGUGGUGAUGACAUAGAUGUAGUUGAUGGACGUCCCACUGGGUCUGUGAGAAUCUCAUUUGGCUAUAUGUCUACAUUUGAAGAUGCACAAGCCUUUCUAAAGUUCAUUAUAACCACCAGACUCAUUGGCUGCAACAUGGUUAAUAUUCCAUCUCCAAGACAGACUAUUUCAGAAUUGGUAGCGUCUCCCAGGGAGAAUGGUCACACCUGUGAUAACAACAGUGCAAAUAAGCUGCCUCCGAACAAGAGCACUGGGGACUCUGGACUUAGUACCUCUUCCACUUCAGUGAACAUGCCGGUCAGUCUACAGCCAGCCAAGAGACAUUCAGAAAGAGACAUGACUGAGGUUUUUGGGAACCCAGCAGAAGACAUGCCAAGUGGUAGAAGGCCAGUCACUGUCACCAACAUUUAUCUCUACCCAAUCAAAUCAUGUGCUGCAUUUGAGGUAAAUGCUUUUAGUGAUAUUUAAAAGAUUCACAUUUUUUCAGGUCUGUUGAUGUUUUAUAUCUAUACAUCUCUCUAUCUCUAUCUCUAUCUCUAUCUAUAUCAUCUAUAUAUAUCUCUAUAUCUACAUGUAUAUAUUGUGUGUGUGUGUGUGUGUGUAUGCAUACAAUGGGGUGGGUGUGUAUAUAUCUAGAUCUAGAUCUGCAUAGAUGUUUUAUAUGUAUAUGUGUGCGCGCGCAUGUGCAUACACACAUGCAAUUUUUAGCUCACAGAGGCAUCCAGGGCCAGAGCCGCUUCACCUUCACGUAGACAGAGACAAUGAGCCUCCUGUGCCAAUUUUAGGAACACCAUUAACUGGUAUUAAAUUGUUGGUUAUUUAGUGUAUGUGUAUAUCCAUCCAUCAUGGGGCAGGAGAAGGACAUCAUUAGGAUUUUCUUCUAAUGCAUCAAAAUGCUUUUGGCCUUCUCUGUUCAGAUCAGAGAGAUUUUUUUUUUAAUUUAAAAUUGGAAUAGAGGUCAGCUGAAGUAAAACUAAAUGAGCAUUGGCUAUAUCCAUCUCUUCCGGCUUGGCCCAUGAAAUGAAAAGGGUCAUUUUGGUGUCCCUGAAAGGAUUGCUCCAUUGGUUGGUAUAAUCACCAGGGAGGCUUCGGUUCAUCUUAAGCUGUAUUUUCCAUGAAUAAUUGGACACCAGUUUUAUCCUCAUAUGCAUCCCAAAAACUCUUGUGUUGUGCUACAACAGUGUGUAAACAGCAGGUAAGGGUGAUCGGCUAAGGCCUAUGUUUCACUCAAGUAGUGAACCUGCAUCUGGCCUGUACAAUGUCAGGUUGGGGUACACAUGAAAAAGUCUUUCCACAUAGGGAAAUAAUUAUUAUAUUAUUAUUGGUGUUUUUGUAGGAGAAUUGCAUCACUGAGGAUAGAGUGGCUGUACUCUAGCAGAAGUCCCAUCUGUGAUGCUUUUGCCUAUUCCAUUUAGUAACUGCUCAGAGGGUCCCCUGCAACCUCUUCACUCACUUUUUGCUCCAUCAAGGAGGGGUUGUGAGCUGCAUAAUUUGGCUCUAGAAUAGGCCUUUUCACUUUUGAGGAGAAAAGGGGAAAAGAGGAAAGAACCCUCAGAGAAAUCAGGACAAGAGAUUUAAAGAGGGAGAAUUGGAAUAUUUCUUCCUUAAGCCUGUUGGAGACAGUGGAGAAGGUCAGGCAAGGUGAAUACCAACUGUUUGACCAACCUUGACGAUGGGAAGGAGGAAUUUGGAGAAACUGAGGGUUGAUUGAUAAUGGGGAGACAGAAAUGCAGGAGGGGGAAGAAAGAUGGGGAUCGUAUGGAGGGCAAACGCAAAAUCAGGGAGGUAAAGAACUCUUAGAACUCUGCAAUGCAAGGGCAGUUGUAAGUCUGGAAAUGGAAGACCUGAAAAAGAAUAGGGUGCUUUUGGGAUGACAACCUCCAAGGCUUGUUGACAAAAGUGGUAGUGGGCUUUAGGUUAAUUUUAAAGUAGGGUUUGCAGUACAGCAUGCUUUACUUCUCAGAGCUCUGGUAGUCAGUGAGAAAGGAGGUCCCAUGUUAGCUGAAAUGUGCAUCAGGACCCAAACCUUUGCCCAUGCCAAAUGGGAAUUUUGGCUGGAAACUCGCAUCCAGAUUUGACCAGGGCAUAGACUUGUAGUGACAUUCAGGAAAAAUUGGUGGUUUUAGUCAAGGCACUAUAAUGGGUCAAUUAAAAUGGCCGUGGAACUGUGCUCUCUGGCAACAGGGGGAGGAGGAAGGACUCAGUAAAUUUCCAGUUCUACCUGCCUACAUAAAACUACAAAAACUUGGAAGCUGUCAACCAUUUCACAGAUACUGUGCAGCUGGAGGCUGCGCAUAGAAUUGUGGGUCACAAAUUCUGCUGACUGGCAUUCAGAGCAUGAGGCAACUUCACAGCAACUAAAGUUAAACUUUUUUUUACUCAUUGUCUUAAAUAUAUGGAAUGCUUAGUAUCAAAAUAAAUAUUAUGCUAAUAUUCUGUUCUCUUGAAACAGCUCUUGUCUACUCAAGGAGUUCAGUGGUGUUAACAGUCCCAUAUCCUUGAUGACUGUUUCUGGUGGGGCAGUUGCUGAACAGGUCCAUAUUUUGAAUUGAGCAGGGCUGGAGAAGCUAGCAACAUUGCCUCUGCUCCAUGACUCACUCCCAAAUAUGUCAAAACACAAGACCCCCCCCCCCCAUGGGCGUAGCCAGGAUUUAUUUUAGGGGGGGGAAGCAUUGUGUUAGGCAGAACCGAGUUACUUGCAAUGCAAUUGGUCAGUUAAGUAGGCCCUUUGUCUCCAGUAUCAACAGCACUAGUCACGGAUGGCAGGAUAUCAAAGAAAGAUCUCUUUCAUUCCUGACUGUCCCUCUGUAAAUAGUAGUAGAGAUUAUCAAUUUUCUGCUUAUCUUCCCAGUUUUAUUGAAGUCUGAAAGAAAACACAGCCUAUAUUUAUGUUCAUACUGGAGGGAGUGGCUUAAAGAGUCUUUUGCUUGUGCCUUGGCAAGAGAGAAAGUGAUUAAAGUACAUAAUAAACAAAGAAAUAAAUCAGGCAAGCAGAGGACCAAUCUAGGAGGAUCAUUCAUAGAUGACAGUGUAUCCCCUUGAAAACUGAAUGCCAUCCCCCACCCCGCCCUGCAUCCCAAAGAUAACAGCCCUUCUUUUGUUAGCAUACUCAUCCAGGGCUGAAAGAGGGCUGUCAAGAGCUCUUGGUUUUGCCAGGGUUGGUUGAAGCUGCCUCCAACUUCUAAUUCAACAGCAACAGCCGCAGUAGCAGCAGCAAUAGUUCAGAGAUUGGACUGUAGGCAUUGUUACCCCAGGGCCACUGACUGUGGCAAUAGGUCUAAUCUUGGGAAUUUCAAGAACAGCCUCUCUGAACCGGCUUCACGUAACACAUACCCAUCACUACAUUUUAGUGUGGGUGAUUUUACAAAAAUCCCCCAAAACUGCUUAGUAGAGUGCAUGGAAAUGAAUAACUUAAUCCUAAAACUUACAAUAAAUGUUAAUUCAGUAAUUAGCAUGCUUGUAUGCAUUGACAUGACAUGGGCUGCAAGCAGUGAUGGGCGUACAGCAAUUGAGGAAACACUUGAUUAACAUGUUAUAAUUGAGAGGAUGCUGAUUUGCAUUACAAAGAAAUGUUAACAUUAAAAAUACAUUUGCAACAAAAAUACGGCAUUUAAGUGUUGCGGUGCUAUUUGAAAAUUCUCUCUUUGAAGAUUUUAAUUGCUUUUCUUUUUCAUAGUUAACAACAUUACCACCUUGCCUGUGACACUCCCUCACCCCCACCGUUUUUUGAAUAAGGCAUGAUGAAGUAGGUAGAUGUUCUACACACUGACCUAGAAUCUGACUUUCCUUUGCAAUGUAUUUUGCAAUGCUUUAAUAGAUGUCAAUAUUAUUAUAGCUUCUUUUAUGAAAACUUCCUACUGUGGAUCACAGCCCUGCAUCUGCAUGAAAAUUGAGGUCAAAGCCAUUGAAGGCUCACCUGCAUUAAAAAUAUAUUCUGUUCAGUAAUAAGUUUUUUAGUUGCCUGGGAGUUUAAAGCAAAACAUAAUAAGAAACAUUACCAAGGCAGUCACAUAUUUUUCUCAAGUAUAAAUGACACAUUACUUUUGCAUGCGAUGAACACAGCCCUUAAUUCAGAGGUGCAAUCUUGGAAAAUGAAGACUCGAACUCCAGUUCAGAAUUCCAUUGGCAGAGCAAAGCAACUGCUGAGGGCAGAGUUAUGCAAAUGAAGCAUAUUUACAUACAGGUACUGGUUCUUCUGGCAGAAUUUGCAAAGUUUUCUUUUUAAAAGAAAUGAAGCUGAAUUCUGCAAUCUGCAUGAAUUAUUCAGGUUAAUCUAAUAUACAAGCACCAAUCACUCAAUAAGGCCAGUGUUAUUUGCUGUGGUAAAAGUUGUGUUUCCAAUAAAGCUUACAUGGGGGGGGUGUCAAAGGUCGAAUUCUCUUAGGAAUUCUCUCCCUCCUUCCGCUGUAUCUGUCUCUCGUCUCUGCCUGUCAGAGAGUCCCAAACACCAGUCAAGUUGACCUAUGGUGGGUGGGAAGAAUGGUGAGGAAGGGAAUCCCAGUGGGGUAACCCCCUCGUGCAGCCCAUCCCAGCGGGGCUCCGUGCCAGCUCCCUUUCAGCUCCAAAUUCCUCAUCUAUAGCCAUGCCUGUACCUGCCCCAUACCUCCCUUUUGUGCAUGGGUAAAUCUGUUUUGACUACAGUAGCAAUGGGACUGGACAUCAGCAAUGGAGAAAACGAUUCCAUGAAAACACACACACAUACUUAUAAAUGUUUAAAGCGCAUGGAUUUUGCAUUGUAAAUGCUGCAGAAUGAAAAAGGUAAAUUUUAAACAUUAAUAACUUCAUCGUAACAGCAGGUUUCAGGCUAUUCAUAUUUGCUCAAGACUACAUAAAUAAAAGAGUAUUUAAUCUCAGAUGCAAUAAAUACUUUAGACUCACUGAGAUCACUGUGCACUAGAUUUUAUUCUAAUUUUUAAGUGCUCCCAGGUCUAAGAUGAAUUAUAAUAUUGUUCUCUUUACGUUUUCCUGAAUAAAUCAGUCCACCUUUUUCACUACCUCAUUGCCAAAUAAUAAAACAGUAUAUUCUAAUGGAACUUCCUCAGGCUGUUUCAACACCCUGCCACCGUGGUGAGCUUUAUCUUUCUUGUUAAAAUCUGCUUGAUUGGCUUGGCAUCAUUUUGUCUAGAAAAUGCGAUCUCCCUGUAUGUUUGUCAGAUACCAUACAGGGGAGAGGGGUGGUUGUUAAAAAGAAGGAAGGAGGAAGGCAAGAACUUUUUCUGGCAGUUUUUUUGUUUUGUUUUUAGUGAAUAUAUAUGACAUAGCAGUAAAUGCUUUUUAGGCCUGUCUUCAAAUCCAGGCAGAAGCUGCUCCAGUAUCAAGUCUCUCUCCUGCCCCUCCCCCACUCCAAUUUGUUUUCCUGUUUAUUGAAUUUAUAUUCUGCUGUUCCUGUCAGCAUUGCCCUUGAGCCAGUGCCACCAACUGGACUCAUCCACUUCAGCCCCGACUGGGCUAGGCGAGCUGGGUAGCACUUCCAGAGACCACCUUCUGCACAGGAACAGGUCAAAGUGCUGUGGACUCACAGCUUAGAGUUGUGAGCACCGGAUUCACUCCAACAAGAAGACAGUCGUCGCACAGCAGAGUAUAGCAGAGUCUAGCAGAGCAUAAACGACUCGGAGAGCAGCUCUGUAGAAUAUCUUCUUUAUUCUAUCUACAACUAUAAUACAACUAUAUACAGAGCUAAAUGAGGUCUAAGCAAAAUGAAUGCUGAACUGCACUGAGUGUCUGCAGCUGCUCUUAGCAGCAACCUUAUCUAUACACACGAUCUCUAACACUCAGUCUCUCUCUCUCCGACACACUGACUGACUGACUGACUGACUGAUGUUAGGCUGGAGCGGAAUAAGUAGAGAGCAGAACACCGCCCCUCCUCUCUGGAAAAUCACCAGACUCAUCAGCAGAUUCUUGGAUAUGGGAGGGGUGAAAUCUCCUCAUCCUCCCCCAUUUCAUCCGACCAUUCAAGAAUCUAAAUAUAACUGCAAUUUGCACACACACUCCAAAAGUUGUUCUCUGCUUACAACCUUGGUAACAUAUCUGCAGGUAUCUCUCUCCCCUUUUAUCUAAGACACUUUUAUCACAUCAUUAAACAGUCAAUGCAACCACUCUGUGUCUAUCAGGAAAGAGUUAAAACACAAACCUCAAUCUGUAGUACACACGAAAUACACAUUGUGAAUAUACAAACGAAAAAACAGCUUCUAGAAAAAUCUUCAUACACGUUUCUCACUCUCAAAUGCAAACUGAUAUUGUUAAUUAGGCAGAUUUGAACAAACCACUUUUUGUACUUAAACGCUUGCUCCUUCAAUCCUGAUCUUUUAGCGUAUUACACAUGAACCAAUUAAGGUCAGGUAAGGAAAUAAAUAAAGCGUUUUGUGCUACUACUCUCAGCACACUUCAUGCCUGGUUUAAAAACCCCACCAGAGUUGCUCGUGACCGCAGCCUUAGCGAACUCUUCAGAAAACCUUUUUGGUGGUACACCCUUGGUUGUCCUCUCAGAUCUGCGCAAAACUCUUUGAUCCUCUUGUUCUGGUGCUUCCUCCUCUUUGGGAGAAUAGGGAGCUAAAGUAUAUGAAGCUGCUAAGUCUGAAUCUGCGUCAGACUCACCUGAGGCUUUUGGGCUCUGAUAAUCUGUGCCACCAUCCGGAACUACGUUGGCAUCAGGAUUAUCAAUCACAUCAGAACUUGCCUCCCUCUUAACUGUCUUUGCCCCUUUUGCACCAUCAUCACAAAUGGGAUAAUACUGAAAAACACCAACUCUGUCCCAUUUUGAAAAUGAUAUUUAUUAAGGUUUCACAUAAAAAGAAAUACAUCGAUAAGAAAAGAAUUUAAAAAGAAAAAGAAAAAUACACAAUACAAAAUACAGGAAAAAAAAGAAAAAACAAUUAAAAACAAUUCCAUCUUUUCAUCACUACUUUUGAAUUUACUUAUUUUUUGGACCUCCUCAUACCUCCCUCUUUUGUAUUCCAAUUCAGUUUGUUUGUCCAGAAAUUCCUUUCCCUCCUUUUUAAUCCCAAUCCUUAAUCAUAAUAUAACAUAACAUUAAAUUUUUAUCUAUUAAUAGGCAAUUUUCCAUUCUUUUAACCUUUUUAAUCCUAAUCCUUAAUCUUGAUCUGUAUAUAACUUUAAAGCCUGUACAGCUAGAAACCACUUAAUUUCAAUCCAUCAUCACUCUAACAUUCUUUAAUUUUGCAAUAUUUCUGUAGAUAAUCUUCAAAUUUCUUCCAAUCUUCUUCCACCGACUCUUCUCCCUGGUCACGGAUUCUGCCAGUCAUUUCCGCCAAUUCCAUAUCCAUCAGUUUCAUCUGCCAUUCCUCCAGUGUGGGUAGCUCUUGUGUCUUCCAAUACUUUGCGAUGAGUAUCAACUCUGUCCCAUUUUGGAUUGUCCUCAAUACUCCUGGUCAGCCUUAUGGUUUUCGUGUCUGUGAUCAGGACAGGAUAAGACCCUUUCUCAUAUCCUAGGAAAACACCAUGCUCACCACGCUUGCUCAGUUUGUCACCCUGCGAGGUGUGCACCCAAACCUCCGAUCCAAAAUUUUUAAAGUGCUUUACACAUGGCUUUCUCUUGUGAAGCAUCUCAUAUGGGGUGCAAUUUACAGCGGACUGAUACCUCCUGUUAUACACGUGACAGAAAAACGAAAGAGCUUCGGCCCAAUAGGGAUUGGGCAGCCCCGAAUCAUGUAACAGCAUUCUGAUUCCUUGCUGCAGGGUCUGGUUUAUUCUCUCACAUAAACCAUUCUGCCAGGGUGAUCUGGGCGUGGCCGUCCUAUGCUCAAUGCCCUGUUCAGAAAGAAAACUCUCAAACUUCUCUGAACAAAACUCUCCACCCCUGUCUGUGAAAAUACAAUGUACAUUCUCAUUAUGUACAUUUCUGAGCCAUUUACAAAACUGGCAAAACUUGGGAAAGGCUUCAGACUUUUUCUGCAGCAUAUAGACCCACACAUAUCUGUUGGAAUGAAAUCACGACAGACGAGUAGCAGGUGUCAUGUGAGAGGCAUCUCUCGAGCAAGCCCCGAGAACUCUCUUUUAUUGAAUAUUACAAACAUUGCCACAGGUGCGCUCGUUGCUGAUUGGUUGAUGCAAACACAAAGCAACUUGUUGCUGAUUGGUUAACACAAGUACAAGGCGAGGGUUACAUAUAGGCAUUAAUCACUAAUAGAUUAAAGGCUGGGAAAGGGAGCACAGAACUAGACAGGCAUGAAACCUUCUAAUUAAAUUACAACUAAUGAUUGAUAUAGCAUGACUAAAACAAUUACUAAUGAUUGAUCAUAACAUGAAAGAAUAUAAUAAUCGAGUUCCGUAGAUGUGGUCAGCUAUGCAUUAAGAACAGGUCAGAGUGUUUUCAUGAACUUAAGAUGAACUGAGCAUCCUAGGGAAAUGAGGGAAUGUCUUGGUAUUUAGAACAGGUUGUACAGUAUGUACAGAAGCAGAGAAAAGCUUAGAAGCGAGACUUCCCAGAAUGCCACAGUUAUGUGCAGAAAGAGAACUUCCCUUCACAUAUCUAGAAUAGGCAUCUAUCAAAACCAUGAAAAACCUUGAAUUGCCUCUAGAGAGCGCUAGAGGCCCCACUAAGUCUGCAUGAAUGACUUUGUAUGGUUUCUUGGCCUCUCUCCCAGACUCUGUACCUUUGGGAGCUUGCCUUGCCUUACUCUCAGCACAAGAAACACAUUUCAUGUGGUAGGGACAUUCUUUCAACUUCAUACCCUGAACCAUAUCAGGCAUUUUUGCCACGAAGAAACUCCGCCCACAUUGAUUGUAUGACUGUAGUUGUUCUGGAACACGUGCCCUGGUAGCAUCCUGGACAGAGGCAGAAAGGACAGAGGUCAUCCUGCCCUAUAGGGGGGACAUGUAGCGAAAAUGUCACCCCAACUGCCCGCCUCCUCCAUGAGGGAGGCAUCAGAAGAUCCAGUGUAACCCUGAGGUUUGCAGGUAGUCAGAAUAAUUUAGGGGGAACCCUGAGAGAACCUCCAAAACAGCCCCAUAAGAACUCUUCACACAGUGGGUAGCUGAACUGUGGGAUCCACUCCCACAAGAAUAGAUGGCCACUAACUUGGAUGGCUUUUAAAAGCGACAAAUUCAGGAGAGGAUAAGGCUCUCAAUGGCUACUAGCCAUGGUGGUUGUAUUCUGCCUCUGUUGCUGGAGGGAGAAUGUCUCUGAAUAAGUGAAUCACAGGUGGAGAGAGUGCAUUCAGGUUUUGCUUUUGACCAGUAGCUGGCCAUCGGCCGCUGGACUAGAUGGGCCAUUGAUCUGAUUCAGCAGGGCUGAUACGUUCUGAACUCACUGGUACAGGGUGUUGACUGAGAGGGUGGAAACUGGCGAGUGGGGGUGGGAGAACAUAAUGGAGUGCCUGGAAAAGGGAGAGGAGGAGGAGAAACACAUAGUGUCAAGGCUGCCUCAGGUCUCAGCUCACAAAAGACCAACGCCAAUCUCUUCUUAUAUUCAAAAGUGUUUAUUGCAGUUCAUUGUUUGCUUCAUAUCCGAGGCGCGCAGCCUCACGUCUGUACGCUUAGACCGUUGAAGUCCCCUCUGAGUCCGUCCCUCCCCUGCACCAGUUUAAGAGCCUUGCGCUGCUCCACCUCUUUCUCUCUUUCCUUUUCCUCAGGGUCUUCCUGCCCGCUGGGGUUUCGCCCUCCUGGAUUCCCCUGACGCGCUAUCCCCCGACUGCUCUUCCCCCCCUCCUGCGGGCUGUAGGACCUGGCUCUUCCUCCGGGCUCCCUGUACUUCCGCGCGCCUCUACAUUUGAACUUGGCGCGCGCGCCCAACCUCUAACUUUCCUUUUGACAGUUACACUACUCCCUUCACUACUCCCCUCCCCUUCCGGGAGGGUGACUUGCUCUGACCUCCCUCCUUUCUCUGCUGCCGGAGCUGCUUCCCCUGACACACUGGAAACUCCACCCCCUUCGCUGCACUCUGGUGGGGAGGCUGGUCCUGACGCCCAGCUGCCACUUUGGGAUCCUCCGCUGGCCCCCUGCUCCUGACACGUCCCCCCUGGGGCUCCUGGCCUUGACCACCGGCGCCCCUUCUGGGAAUCCUCUGAUUCGCUGGAAAGACUCAUGGAAUCUCUUGAGUCAUUGUCAUCCUCUUCCUCGCUGUCCUGGGAUUCAUCCCCAUCGCUCUCCAUCUCCUCCCUACCCUGUGCCUCUGUCCCUGAACCCCUGACACAUAGAUAUCACAAGAGGGAGGAGAGAGAUUGGGAUAUGUUGUUUCUUCAUUCACUCACACAAAAAAGCUGUAUUAAGAUAUCCUCAGGUAUGGAAGUGAAUGCUGCCCAUAGAUGUCAGUGGAGAAAUCAAAGAUUUUAAUGUACCUGAGACUGGGCACACGUUUGUCUACCUCCCUUCUGCAAAAAAAAUCAAGACAAAAAGAGAAAAACAGCAUGGUGGCCAUUGAGGAUAUCGCCUGAUCAAUGGGCAUAGAAAGCUGACUGGCUGCCGGAAUGACAAUGUUCAGGGGUCCAGCUACUCCAGCAGGAAUGACAGUGGAGUUGCUGGAACCCUGAACAAAAGCACUCAGUGCUUCAAGAUUUUGUUGAAGGGCCCACUUCUAUAACAUGGUGACAAUUAUCCAGAUACCAUUAAAUUAUGUAAUAUUUAUAAUUUUGUCUCGUGUCCUUCAAUCCUGUUUUCAAUAUUGUGGCUGAAAAGCCAAAUCUCAGUUUUUUCUAUCUAUCUAUCUAUCUAUCUAUCUAUCUAUCUAUCUAUCUAUCAUCUAUCUAUUUAUUAUUAGCUGCCCCUCUGACUAGGUUGUUCAAGGCUGUUCCCAACAAAAUAUUAAAAACACAGUGAAACAUCAACCAUUAAAAAUUUCCCUGAACAAGGCUGCCUUCCAAUGUCUUUGAAAAGUCAAUCAGUUGUUUAUCUGUUUGCUGUCCGAUGGGAGGGCGUUCCACAGGGCGGGUGCCACUACCGAGAAGGCCCUCUGCCUGGUUCCCUGUUUCCUUACUUCUCGCAGUGAGGGAACUGCUAGAAGGCCCUCAGAACUGGCUGGACAAUGGGGGUGGAGACGCUCCUUCAGGCAGGUAUACUGGGCUGAGGCUGUUUAGGGCUUUAAAGGUCAGCACCAACACUUUGAAUUGUGCUUGGAAAUGUACUGGGAGCCAAUGUAGGUCUUUCAAGACCAGUGUUAUGUGGUCCCGGCGGCCGCUCCCAGUCACCAGUUUGGCAGCCGCAGUCUAAUUAUUCCUAAUAAGGGCAACAAUCCAGGUAGAGUGGCCUUACUGCAGCUUCUCUUGGCCCUGCUGCCUAACAUAAUCAAGUGUAUUCAGCCACUGGAUUCUGCUGCUGGGGAAGGAGCUAUGCCUUAGAACCAGAGGUUUCCAACCUUUUUGAGUCCACGGCUCCCUUAACCAGCUACAUUCUUUCUGUGGCACCCCUGUGGGGCUCAGGAGCCCAGGUAUGUCACCCCUUGCCUGCAGAGCCGGCAGCCCCUCGCCCUUUUUUGAACACCCUCCCUUGUGAAGGGUUCCCUCAGCCUCCUCUCCUGGAGAGUCCUCUGGGCAGCCGCUGCUGCUGCCCCUGGUCUCUGAACUUCUCCCCACAAGUCUUUGGGAGGCAGAGGCAUGAGAGGGCAUCAGAAGCAUAGCUGUCAACUUUCCCCCUUUUUUUAAGGGAAAUCCUAUUCGGAAUAAGGGAAUUUCCCUUAAAAAAAGGAAAACGUUGACAGCUAUGAUCAGAAGAGGGAGGGAAGGAAAGAGGGAAAGAGGCCAGGGUUGCUCGCGGCACCCCAAGAUGCCACAGCACACUGGUUGAAAACCACUGCCUUAAACUGUUCCUAACUUCCCAAAUUUUACCAAGUCUUUUCCCCAAGUUAUUAGUCUAAGGAUAAUCUCUGUUUUGUACUUGUGAUAUUUAUUUUUAUGUUGCUAAUUUGUAUAUUGCUUUGAUUAUUUAUGUUGAUAAUUUAUAAUUUGCUUUUCUUUGUAAGAAAUAAACUCAGAUCAAUUUCAGUUAUAAAAUCAAUAAAACAUCAUAUAUAUUAAAACAUGUAUUAAAAAUGCUUUCUAAAUAAAAAUAUUCUCCCAGAAUAUGUUUUGGAAUUUGUGGCAUUCCAAAUUCCUGCACAGGUUCUAUCCUCCAGCAGAAAAAAGCUGGGAUUGCAGUCGGAAAUUGAUCUUCUAGAACAGGGAUGUCCAACAGGUCAAUUGCGAAGCUCAACAACUUUGGCUUCCCAAAAAAAGCUCAAUAACUUUGGUAGAUCACUGCCAGAUUUUUUUAUAGUGGGAGUAGAUCGCAGUCUCUUGAAAGUUGGACAUGCCUGCUCUAGAACAUUGGAGCCAAAUUCCCCCUAGACAUUCAUGAUUCAGAAGGACUUCUUCCCUGAACCCAGAGAAGUUUGGGAUGCACCUUAGUCUAUUAUUCCUGUUUGCUGUUGACGGAUAGUAUGCUAUCAUAUCCUUUCAGCUCUUGCAAUGAGGUAUUGACUAUUAAAAGUCUCUAUUUUAAAACCAGAAGUAAAUACCUACCAUUUUUAACUCGUUUGAUUCUCAGGUAGUUUCAGUCAUGAAUAGUUUUUCCAUUUCUUUGCUCAGCAUCUGUGCACAUCUGUAGCUUAAAGACUUCCUAAGUGAGCAGUGGUCUGUUUCCCAUCAGGUGAUGCGGUGGCCCAUCGGAAAUACAGGUUUGCUGUAUGAUCGUAGCUUCAUGGUUGCCAAUCACAAUGGCGUUUGCAUCACUCAAAAGCAGGAACCGAGACUGUGUCUUGUGCAGCCCUUUAUUGACCUGGAGCAAAAUGUGAUGAUCAUCAGAGCAGAAGGUUGGUAGGCAAAUCUUCAUUAUCAUUUCAUUGUAAGAUGGUUUCAGUAAAAUUUGUAAUAUCACAAAUUACUAGUGUUUCUGACAUGCGUUGCUGAGAAUUUCUGGUGUUGCAAAUCAAAUAAUAGAUACCAAGUAUGUUAUGGUUCCAGCUGUUUGGCGUGCUUGGACAAACUAUUAAGGGGUGGCUAUCCUCUACUUUUUGGGGACUGAUCAAGACCCAAAGCAUUUUUUUUCUGGCCCCUUAACUGUUUUUUUCCACAGUGACAAAAAGAAGAGUAAGAAGUUGGCCCAGUGUUGGUUUGGGCAGAUGGAAAUGUGCCCCCCGUAAUCAGAUCAGAUAUUCUCCCACUGAGCUGAUCUACCUGCAUUAUCUGAGGAGGGAGGGCACUGUGUGUAUGUGUACAUGAAAGAGUGGGGGGGGUUGAUGGAGAAGGCUUCUUCUUAUGUUCUUAACAGGCAUGUGGCAGGAAUUAUGAAUGCAACUAAUCAACCGCAGCUAGCCCCCCCCUCCAACUUUGUAUAUUUGCUCACAUGUCAGUUUGCCAGUGCAGAGGAUUCUGGGGCACAUUCUAGGGUACACCCCAUUCCCAUUGGGCCCAGUUAGGUUUAUUGGGCCUUAUUAUCGUUGCUCUGUAGCUGUGCAGUGUAAAGAAAAUUGGUAUACAGUGCUACCUCAGGUUAAGAACUUAAUUCGUUCCGGAGGUCCAUUCUUAACCUGAAACUGUUCUUAACCUGAGGUACCACUUCAGCUAAUAGCGCCUCCCACUGCUGCCGGAGCACGAUGUCUGUUCUCAUCCUGAAGCAAAGUUCUUAACCCGAGGUACUAUUUCUGGGUUAGCAGAGUCUGUAACCUGAAGCGUCUGUAACCUGAAGCGUAUGUAACCCGAGGUACCACUGUAUAUGUGCAAGUCAUAUUUAAGUGAAGCUUGUCUGUUCUUACUCAUUAAAUAACUCCUUUCCAUCAUUUUUCUGCCCCUCCCUUUCUGCAAGUAACUCAGCCUGAGAUUAAGAGGCCAUGUUUUGUUCAUGCAACAUUCCUGAGGUAGUGACUUGUCAAAGGCAACCCAAGUGGCCAUCAAGGUCCCUUGGAUGGCUGAGUCAGGAUUUGAACUCAGAUUUAAGAGGUCCAGAUCUAAUACUCUAAUUACUGUAGCACACUGUUCCACAGCCUUUCAGCGUGUAUGCAAAGAACCUUGACGUUUCUACAACAUGGGAGAGGUGGGUUGUGGUUCUAACCAUUUCAUCGUAGGUUAGUAAUGCAGUGUUUAAAAGUCAGUAGUGACAUCCCUGUUAGCUUGAUCAGGUUCUUCAAAUCUGAGUGUAAAAAUACAGUAGCAGAAAGGAUGGAAAACCUUUAAUAUAUUGAACAUAUAUUUCACUUAGCUGCAGCAGCAGGCCUGUACUUUUCAUUUUUUUAAAAAAGUAUUUUUACUUUUCUAAACUCAUUAUUUAUGUCAUAUAUCUACAUCUGAACUAUGUUUGCCAUCUCCUGGUGAUCUUCCAUUUUUACUUGGCAGGAAUGCAACAUUAUUAAUAAUGCAUGUCCAUUUGUUUGAGCAACUGGUUCCAAAUAUGUUAAAUCCUUUACCUGCUUUAUUCUUAGUUGUUGGACAAAACAUUGCUUCUUUUGGUUUCCUGUCAAGGAUACUCCUAUUUUUAUGAAUUGUAUUACUGAAAUAAAUAGGCAUUGAACCGGGUUAGUAAAAUGUUAAACUUAGGACAACAAGCCCUUCAUAGAAACCUUGAGUCCUGCCUUGGGUUUCAUUUAUUAUCCUGAUGCCAUAAAAAGAAGCCUUUUAUGAUCACUCAGUUGCACAGAAGGAGACUGGAAUACAUCAGCGUUAAUUGUACAAACAAAUGUUUCUUUAGUAAUUACUCUUCAUUGAUGGAUUAAAUACUAUGAGAACAAUUCAGCUAAAAAUUGAGACACUUUUAAACCAAGUUGAUUUUCAAUCUCAGUGGGAGACCUAAAUGUGUUAAAUGAAAUAAAAAAAGCUUUAAAGUGCUUUAACUUUAGUUGGAUUAUGCCCCAUAUGUUUCCCAUGCUGUGUUUCAGGUUCAUUGGCCACAUUGUUCAAUUUGGAUUUACUUUCGCAUCAAAAAUCCAGUAAGUUUAAAAAAUCUUUGGCCAAGGAUCGAUUUGCAAUAUAAAGUCUCCAUCAGGAAAGACCUUCAGAGCAAUUUUCUUCCUGCUUUUUUCAGAACUGAAUAUCUUAAAACCUUCAGAUUCAAUAGCAUAUUAUAUGUGUGUACAUUGUUUAAAAACUUGGAGUAUGUUUAAAAGAUACCUGAAGUCAAGCUACUGUGUGGCAGCAUGUGCAACUCAGAAAAGGAAGCCAUUUUUCUCCCAUCUCCAUUGCAUCUUUCAGGUUUUUCCCACUGGUUUGCAGGAUGUGCCAUAAAGGCUGCACCUGACAUAGUUGUGUUUUUUUUUAAUGAUAUUUAUUAAAAUUUCAAAGAAUACAAGAAUUACACAAAAACAAAAAUACAAGAAAAUACAAAAUACAGAAAAAAGAAUUAAUAAAACCCUUAUUAAGGUAUAACAAAGAAAUGAAAAAUAAAAAGAAACAUACAAAAUAAAAACAGUUAAAAACACAUUAAUUUUCCAUAGCAUAUCUUCCUUACACUUAUUUCCCCGGACCUCCUCGUACCUCCCUUUUUUGUAUUCCAGUUCAGUUUGUUAGUUCAGCAAAUCCUUACCAUUAAGCUUUUACCCAUUUGUAAACCUUUUUCGUAUCUCUUAAAGCAUUACAGCUGGAAACCACUUAGUUUCUAUCCAACAUCCUUCUAAGAUUCAUUAAUUUUACAAUAUUUCUGUAAAUAGUCUUUAAAUUUCUUCCAGUCUUCUUUCACCGACUCUUCUCCCUGGUCUCGGAUUCUGCCAGUCAUUUCUGCCAAUUCCAUGUAGUCAAUCACCUUCAUCUGCCAUUCUUCCAGAGUGGGUAGAUCUUGUGUCUUCCAAUACUUUGCAAUGAGUAUUCUUGCUGCUGUUGUAGCAUACAUAAAAAAAGUUCUGUCCUUCUUUGGCACCAAUUGGCCGACAAUGCCCAGAAGAAAGGCCUCUGGUUUCUUCAGGAAGGUAUAUUUAAAUACCUUUUUCAAUUCAUUAUAUAUCAUUUCCCAGAAAGCCUUAAUCUUUGGGCACGUCCACCAAAGGUGAAAGAAUGUACCUUCAGUUUCUUUACAUUUCCAGCAUUUGUUAUCGGGCAAAUGAUAGAUUUUUGCAAGCUUGACUGGGGUCAUGUACCACCUGUAUAUCAUUUUCAUAAUAUUCUCUCUUAAGGCAUUACAUGCCGUAAACUUCAUACCUGUGGUCCAUAACUGUUCCCAGUCAGCAAACAUAAUAUUAUGUCCAACAUCUUGUGCCCAUUUAAUCAUAGCAGAUUUCACCGUUUCAUCCUGAGUAUUCCAUUUCAACAGCAAGUUAUACAUUCUUGACAGAUUCUUAGUUUUGGGUUCUAGCAGUUCUGUUUCUAAUUUUGACUUUUCCACCUGGAAGCCAAUUUUCUUAUCCAAAUUAUAUGCCUCCAUUAUCUGAUAGUAAUGAAGCCAAUCUCUCACUUUGUUUUUUAGUUUUUCGAAACUCUGCAAUCUCAAUUUAUCUCCUUCUUGUUCCAAAAUUUCCCAAUAUGUCGGCCAUUUGGCCUCCAUAUUGAGCCUUUUCAGAGCUUUUGCUUCCAUUGGUGACAGCCACCUUGGGGUUUUAUUUUCCAAUAAAUCUUUAUAUCUUAUCCAGACAUUAAACAAUGCUUUCCUGACAAUAUGAUUUUUGAAUGCUUUGUGUGCUUUGACCUUAUCAUACCAUAAAUAUGCAUGCCAUCCAAAUACAUUGUUAAAACCUUCUAAAUCCAAAAUGUCUGUGUUUUCAAGAAGUAGCCAUUCUUUCAACCAGCAAAAAGCUGCUGAUUCAUAGUAAAGUUUAAGGUCUGGCAGGGCAAAUCCACCCCUUUCCUUUGCAUCUGUUAGUAUCUUAAAUUUUAUUCUGGGCUUCUUGCCCUGCCAGACAAAUCUAGAAAUAUCUCUCUGCCACUUCUUAAAACAGUCCAUCUUGUCCACAAUUUGCAAUGUCUGAAAUAAAAACAACAUUCUCGGCAAUACAUUCAUUUUUAUCACAGCAAUGCGGCCCAACAAUGAAAGUUUCAAAUUUGACCAAAUUUCUAAGUCUUUUUUCACUUCCGUCCAACAUUUUUCAUAAUUAUCUUUAAAUAAGUUCCCAUUUUUGGCUGUCAUAUUAAUCCCAAGUAUUUCACUUUCUUAACCACUGUUAAACCUGUCUCAUUCUGAAACCUAUCUCUUUCAAUCGGUGUUAAAUUUUUCUCUAAAACCUUAGUUUUUAACUUGUUCAAUUUAAAACCUGCCACUUGACCAAAUUCUUGAAUUAAUUCUAAAACCCUUUUAGUACUAGAUUCUGGCUCCUGUAACGUCAAUACUAAGUCAUCUGCAAAUGCUCUCAGUUUGUACUGUUUGGCUCCGACCUGUAUACCUUUAACCAACCGGUCCCUUCUAAUCAUGUUUAGCAAAACCUCCAGGACCGAGAUAAAAAGCAGUGGGGAGAUUGGGCACCCCUGUCGUGUCCCUUUUUCUAUCUUAAAUUCUUUCGUGACCACAUUAUUUACAAUUAAUUUGGCCUUUUGUUCAGAAUAUAUUGCACCUAUACCAUUUUCAAAACCUUGGCCUACCCCCAUCCCAUGUAGGUUCUUCUUCAUAAAACUCCAAGAGAUAUUGUCAAAAGCUUUCUCCACAUCCACAAAUAUCAAAACUGCUUUAGUGUUUAUAUUCACUUCUAAUUUUUCCAAAAUAUCAAUUAUAUUCCUCAAGUUAUCAGACAAGUGUCUUCCCGGGAGAAAGCCCUGCACCUGACAUAGUUGUAUUGGCAAAGUGUAUAUUAAAAACAGGCGUGGGUGGCGCUGUGGGUUAAACCACAGAGCCUAGGACUUGCCGAUCAGAAGGUCGGAGGUUCGAAUCCCCGCAACGGGGUGCGCUCCCAUUGCUAGGUCCCUGCUCCUGCCAACCUAGCAGUUCAAAAGCACAUCAAAGUGCAAGUAGAUAAAUAGGUACCGCUCCGGCGGGAAGGUAAACGGCGUUUCCGUGCGCUGCUCUGGUUUGCCAGAAGCAGCUUAGUCAUGCUGGCCACAUGACCUGGAAGCUGUACGCCGGCUCCCUCGGCCAAUAAAGCGAGAUGAGCGCCUCAACCCCAGAGUCGUCCGCGACUGGACCUAAUGGUCAGGGGUUCCUUUACCUUUACCUAUAUUAAAAACCUAAGUAUAAAACAGGGGUGGUGCUGUGGUCUAAACCACUGAGCCUGUUGGGCUUGCCGAUCAGAAGGUUGGCGGUUUGAAUCCCCGCGACGGAGUGAGCUCCCAUCUCCUGCCAACCUAGCAGUUUGAAAGCAUGCCAAAAAGUGCAAGUAGAUAAAUAGGUACCGGUCCGGCAGGAAGGUAAAUGGCGUUUCUGUGCGCUGCUCUGGUUUCGGUGUUCCAUUGCGCCAGAAGCGGCUUAGUCAUGCUGGCCACAUGACCCGGAAAAACUGUCUGUGGACAAAUGCUGGUUCCAGUCAUUGUCUGCGACUGGACUUAACUGUCCUUUCCCUUUACUUUUUUAAAAUAUAAAACACAGCAUUGGAAUGAGAAAAUUUUGGGAGAUGGCCCUGUUGCUUUUAUCCUGAUAUUUUCUGAGAUGAUGCCUCUGCUAUUCACUUGAAACUAAAAUCUCUUUGGGUUAAUGAACUACGAGGAUAUGUGGCACGGAGAUAGUAAAAUAAUUUGUUUUGCCAUGUAAGAUUAUUUUCAAUUAACCACAUCCAAUACCAUUCACAUUUUUCUCUUAUCUCAUAAACCGUUUCAGCAUCUGCAUCCCCUCAGUUCAUUUUUUCCAGAAGGGAAAAUUACAGCUGAGACAGAGCUGAAUUUUUUUUCAUUCUUUUUAACCUGAGAAGAUGUCCUUGUGCAUGCAGAAAUGUUUUGGUGUGCUCUCAUUUUGCCUAGUGAAUAUUUUUCGAAAACAUAUUUUAAAAUGUCAAGUAUUUGUAUUUUCUUCCUUUCGAACUUCUCUUUCCCCCUCUUAAAAGAAGCCUAUAUUCUCAUUUAUUAGAGGUGACAUAACUGGGAUAAGACUGCUUUUCAUACGCUGCAGCUAUCACGGCUGCAGUAAAUUUCUGCCUAUUCCAAUGUAUGAAAUACAGAGGGAAUAAAGUUACUAAAAGCUAAAAUUGUGCAUUGGCAAGCAUGCUCUGGGAUCAAGGUUGCACAAAACUCUGCUAUAUUCUUGUUUAAUGAUCAUUUGGAGCCACCUGCAGGCACAAAAAUAUAUUUCUGUAUUGAAGCUAUAACAUUUUGAUCCAGCACAGAUGUCAUGCUAACUCCCGUAGCAAAUAAUAGUUUGCAGAACAAAAGCUGUCCUCAGGAAUGUGUAUGUCCAACCUGGCAUGGUUUGAUAGCCCCAGAUGGCACUUGAGGAGAAGGAAGAAGCAGUAGAUCGGGGGCUGGAAGACCCAGGGACAGAGAAGAGAGGUCCUUCUCUGCUGACUCCAGGGGUCUCGUCCGUUCCUCUAGAGGAGCUCAGAGCCUCACCAGGGAGGAGGGAGGCCUUUGACCAGCCAGAGGGACCAAACAGGAGGAGCUGAAGGCAGAGGGGCAGAUAGUUUUGUUGUCAAGAACCAUGGGUCACCUUUGCAGGUCUGUCCCCCCCCCCCAUAAGCUCAACAACUUAUGUAUCCAGAAAAUUAUUUAACUUUUAGAAUGUCUGCCAGUAUGCUUUUUACUAUGUUUUUAUUUUGUUUUUAAUUGUUGAUGUUUUGUAAUGUGUUUCUAAUGUUGAUAAAGGAUGAUGAUGAUAAUGAUAAUAAUAAUAAUAAUAAUAAUAAUAAUAAUAAUAAUAAUGGCCAUCACUGCCUCUUGGGGGAGCAAGUUCCAUAGUUGGGCUAUGCACGACAUGAAGAAGGCAUUUUCUUAAAAAUUUGAUCUAAAUCUUCCAACAUUCAUUGGACGUCCAUGAAUUUUAGCAUUAUGAGGGCGGGGGGACUUUUCUACAUACCCUGCACAAUUUUUACUUACCUUUCCUCUAAAAUAAAAGGUCCCAUAGGCUUCAUAGAGGAGUUGCUUCAUCCCCUUGAUCAUUUUGCUUGUCCUUUUACGAAUUUCUUUUCAACUAUACAGCAUCCUUUUUGAGAAAGUCCUUUCCCUUAUGAGGGGUCUGGGUCAGUUUAUUUUUUGCUUCUGAGUCUGUACCAUUACUCCGCUUCAAUAAAGAUCACUUCCUUAACUUACAAGUACUGACAUCCGCUGCUGUGUUUUGGAGCGGGAGCCAGAACACUGGAUUUGUGCAACACUAAACUCCAGCAAAGAAAGAGUGGCAGAAUGUACUUGCUGCCAAGGCUUCUGAUUUGCAAACUGUGGUUUGCAGGGAACUAACAAUCUAUCUGGGACGCGGGUGGCGCUGUGGGUAAAACCUCAGUGCCUAGCUGAUCGUAUGGUCGGCGGUUCGAAUCCCCGCGGCGGGGUGAGCUCCCGUCGUUCGGUCCCAGCUCCUGCCCACCUAGCAGUUCGAAAGCACCCCUAAGGGCAAGUAGAUAAAUAGGUACCGCUUUAUAGCGGGAAGGUAAACAGCGUUUCCGUGUGCUGCGCUGGUGCUGGCUCGCCAGCUGCAGCUUUGUCACGCUGGCUACGUGACCCGGAGGUGUCUCCGGACGGUGCCGGCUCAUGGCCUCUUGAGCGAGAUGAGCGCGCAACCCUAGAGUCGGACACGACUGGCCCGUACGGGCGGGGAUACCUUUACCUUUAACAAUCUAGAAUCAGUCCCCUAUAAGCCUCAAACAGAUGGUCUAUACUUCUUAGUUGCACAGGUUCACCUAUAUGCUUACAGCCUCAAUCCACCACAAAAUGCAUUCUCAGGUUCUAGGUGAAGAAUUUUCAAGGCAAGCAUUUGGUUUACGUUAGCCCAUGACUUGGAUCAUUCUAUUCAAUGCUAUUAAAAACGGAGGUAUGAAUAAUGUUUCCUAUAACUUUUUAUGUAGCGAUGGAUCCCAUUUCUGUAUCCUUGGAAGAAGACAGUGAAAGUCUGACUCAGACCUGCCAGAGUAAAGUCUGCUCACACAGGUGAGGGGGGGGGGAGUGGACCCACAGAGCUUGUGUUGGUGGAAUGAAUGAAUCUUUAUUUGCAUCAGCAAAUAUUGGCCAUAGCAAUAAAACAACAAUACAAUAUACAGUGGUGCCCCGCAAGACGAAUGCCUCGCAAGACGGAAAACCCGCUAGACGAAAGGGUUUUCCGUUUUUGAGUUGCUUCGCAGGACGAAUUUCCCUAUGGGCUUGCUUCGCAAGACGAAAAUGUCUUGCGAGUCUUGAGAUUUUUUUUCGCUUUCCCCCCCUUUUUCUAAGCCGCUAAUAGCCUUUUAGCAGCUAAUCCGCUAAGCCGAUAAGCCUUUAAAAGCCGCUAAACCGCUAAUAGCGCUAAUCCGCUAAGCCGCUAAUAGAGUUGCUUCGCAAGACGAAAAAACCGCUAGACGAAGACACUCGCGGAACGGAUUAAUUUCGUCUUGCGAGGCACCACUGUACAAAGAAUAAAUGAAGUGAUACGUGACUUCAUUUAUUCACAUGUAGAUUGGGUACAUGUACGACAAAGACAUGACAUUAAAUAACAGUGCCUUAGAACCGUUCAUGUUUAAUGUUUGUGUGUCAUGUUUAAUGCUCAUCACUGCUAAAACCACAAAGACAAAAAAAUGAAACAUUAUUUUUAAAUGUUAGUAGUUGGAGACAAGCCAGGGAGGUGUUCCUCCCUGUGGAACAUCCUCUCUCAGAUGUCAAGGAGAUAAAGAACUACACAACUUUUAGAUGGCAUAUGAAAGCAGCCCUGUAUCGGGGAUGGGUGGAUUAUUAUUAUUAUUAUUACUAUAAUAAUAUCCCACUCUUUCUCCGAAAAACUUCUUUGAAACAUAUUUAGAUGGCAAGGGAGUCAAAGUUGUGCUUAAAGGAGGAUAAGUAUGGAGAGAAGCUCAGUAAAUCUUUGCAUCUGUCUUCACAGCAGAAAAUAAAAGGCAGAUCCUUGUAUCUGAACUAACUUUCGCAGGUAAAGGUAAAGGACACCUGGACGUUCAAGUCCAGUCAAAUUUGACUUUGGAGUGUGGUGCUCAUCUCCACUUUCAGGCCGAGGAAGCUGGCGUUUGUCCACAGACAGCUUUCCGGGCCAUGUGGCCAGCAUGACUAAACCACACCUCACCAAAGAACAAAUAGAAAAUCUUAACACCCCGAUAACGCUGCUGGAGGUUAUUACAGUGGUGAAACAAGCAAAGUUAGGGAAAUCGCCUGGACCUGAUGGACUAUCCUCGAUGUACUACAAAUUCUUCUACAAAUAAUUAUAAAUUAUUUACAAAUGUCACGGCAAAUAGAACGAUGACAGAAAUGAAUACAGUAAUCUGUGAAGAUCAAGUGGGUUUUUGCCAUCUAGACAAAUGAAAAAUACCAUCAGAAAUAUUUUGAAUAUAAUUGAAUAUCUGGAAGAAAGGACGGAGAAGCAAGCAGCGCUUCUGUUUCUAGAUGUGGAAAAGGCCUUUGACAAUGUUUCAUGGACCUUUAUGACAAAGAUCCUAGAUGAUAUGGACUUUGGGCCAGCAAUUUUAUAUUACUAAAGAUUAAAUGAAAAUACUAACUCAGGAUAUAAAUAACCAAACAAAGAAAGAACUGGAAAAUGACUUAGGAAUUAAAGUGGAAAUGAAAAUUAAAUACUUAGGAGUAUGGAUUGCAUCUAAAAAUCUGAACUUAUUCCGAGAUAACUAUAAUAGAGUAUAGACUGAAAAGACUUUCAAAAAUAGGAGUGUAAUUAAAAUGAAUGAUAUUUGACCAAUCUCUCCCCCCCCCCCCCAUCAAAUGCCCAAAAUUGGCUGCCAUCAACCAGCAAAGAACAAACAAGUGUCAGGCUGCUGCCAGUGACUCCCACAGCCGGUUGCCCAGGAACAUACAAAGACAAGGAAUGUUCUUAUCGUCCGCUUUUAUGGGUGUUGAGAAAUGCCCUCUGUCUUUGAGCUCUUUGCUCUCCUACUUUCAAGGCUCGCCAGGUUCUGGGGGGCGGGGUCUGGAAUGCUUUCUAAAGACUCUGUUGCCCACCUGGUUAUUCCUCUUCCUCCUCCUCUCCCUUUAUUUCCCAACUUUUCCUUUCAUCUGUCUCUGAGCUGUGACCUCCCUCAAACCCCUGUUAUAAAUCUGUACUGUCUUCCUCUUCUCUGAAAGAGUCAGGCUGGGAAGGCAGUCUCCACCAUUCCUCCUCUGCCCAGUCCCUGACAACAAGUAAGGAAGUGGGAAAACUCUGGCUCUUUGGAUAUCUGAAUCAGCCACACGUUUGGGCAUAAUUCUUUAUGUUCAGAUAAUUGAAUAUGUUGAUAAUUAAUGUUUUGAUAGCAGGACCUGUGUGCAAUGUGAUCUGAUCUGACUUACUUUCCUGGAAUGUGAACUGAUAUUAAAGAAGAGAAGUAAUUUGGAACUUUUUCUUAAUGCAAGACAGGAUCUCUAUGCAGAAGCCAAGCAUGGGACAGGGGCAAAGAAAGUGAGGGAAGAAGGGCACAUGCUGUGGCAUCAGCCCCCAGCCCCAUAAACCUUGGUUUCCUGAACCAGGGGUCAGUGUCCAAACCUCACCAUCAUGUUACCCUGGCUAAUGAAGACUUACCGUAAUUUAGCCUCAAUCACCCGUCUGAAAUGGAAACAAUAGGAAGAAACACAAGAAAACCUAUAAAGCGGUUUACAGUUGUGCUAUGUAAAUAACAGAACAUAAUAUUCUCGAUUAACAAAAUAGUUCUACCAAAUGCUGUUUUUGGCUAACACUGUGUUAUAGUGGGUACAGCGGGAUUGUAGGUGGCUGGCAUUAAAAAUAUCUAAUUAUGCAUUGCUACCAGCCUGACAUUAGUUUUGCAUCUGAAAGGGAGCUCUGAAUUCUUCCUUCCACUUUUCCCUUACAGAGUGCAGACACACGAUUGUGGAGGAAGAGCGGCUGAUUGGUUUUCUGCCUUUCUUGGCCGGCAGUGCCGCCUGAUCAGGCAGAGUUCAGACUUCAAAAGAAAUGCUAAUAAGAAAGAUGAAAAAGGUAUACAUUUUGCAUGGUUGUUAGGAAAUGAAUAUCCCAGUGCUGCAAAUGUGAAGUGUCAGCAUGGCUUAUAUGCUCUUUCAUAGAUGAAAAUCAAAAUUGCCCCAGUGAUACGGGAUGCACUGAAAUUACAAAAUGAACACACGAUGGACUGACUUUUAAUACCGCACUACUAAUAGGGGAAACUUCUGGGUUUUAUAAUAAAAGGAACACCUUUGUAUCCAACAACAUAUAGUGAGCACUCCAAACCAUCACUGAAACUAUAUUCAUACUGAAUAUCCUAUUAAAUAAAAUUGUAAUUAAAACAAUAUCUGAAAAUACCUUGAUAUUGUGCAUUUCUGUGAGAAAACCAAGGACUUGAACAUUACGUCACUUUAUUACGUGCUGCAGCAUAGUUGAAGCUGCGUAUGCCCGUGUUGGGUUAGUGCUUUGAUAGAAGGCUACUGGGAUCCUUACAUAGGGUGCUCCAAGCUUUCCAAGAAUAAGUAGGAAACAACAAUAUUAUUACCAGUAUUUUCCAAACACAUUCAUUGUAUGUUGCAGCCCAAGAGAGAAGUAGCUCUUCUCCUUUGCAUUAUUCUUUCCCUCUGCUCUUAAUGCGUAAGCAAAGAACUAUGCACUCUUUUGAGCUAUAAUGGACACAGGGUGCAAGAAACCUUCCCCUUGGUUUCUGGAUUUAGAGUUGGGACAUGUGAUGAGUCAGAUGAGACGUCACAUGCUGAUGGAAGUGAGCCAAGUCAAUUCAAAUGGACCAAGUAGUGAUUAUGACGAGGCCAGUGGGAGGGCAGGAUUGUUAAGGGUGCAUAAGUUGAAUAGUAAAUGGGAUGUGGGAUGGGUAACGAGAAGAGAUCAGCAAAUGAACUUGGAGAGCGAGGGCUUGGAGAUGCAAGCAGAGUAAGGAGGAGUUUGAGUUCAUGGAUGGCAGGGAUAGAUCAUAUUAGGAGUGGUGCUCAGUCAUGGUGAUUGCCCCAAGCAAUGCUUCCAUGCCUUUCAAGAGAUAGAAUCUUCUUGAAGCUUCUAAGGAUUUAAUAUCUUUACCUGUUAUGAAUCGAGUGGGACUACACAUCCCACUCACCAUGUGAGAACAUUUUGGCUCUGCCUGAUAAGAGUUUUCAGAUCCCACCAUCUACUGUCAGAGGAAGCUGGAGAGAUCAGAUGGGGACACACGGGGAUGGGGGAGCCUUUAAUCCUUGCUUUUCUCUGUUUAGCAGCUGAUUCGCAAUAGAAGUUCGGUGGAGCAGGAAAGUGGGCUCCUCUCUCUCUCUCUCUCUCUCUCUGUGUGUGUGUGUGUGUGUGUGUGUGUGUGAGACAGAGAAAGAAAGGGAGAGAUAGGAGAUUUACUGCAAAUUCAGUCCUCUUCAACUUUCUCUGCCUAUAGGCAUGGGAGCCAUAAGAAUUAUCAAGGGACAUAGCUACGCUGUUUGUUCUUGUGGGUGUCACAUGUAGUCUGGCUCCAAGCCAUUCAAAUAGAGGCAGUCAGCUUGCACGUUGGCCCAUUCAUGUACAGCAUUAGCACAUAAGCAGUGUGCUUGCCUGGCUUCAAAUUCACUGACAUGCUGAUGCAUGAAAUGACAUGCAUGGAACCAGGGGUUUUUUUCCCAGCUGGAGGUCACUGGAGCUCAGUUCUGGCACCUCUCAGGGGGGGCGCCAUUGCCAUUCUAAGAGAACAAGGGAUAAGUUUGUGGUGAGCUCCAGCACCUCUUUUUCUAGAAAAAUUGCACUGCAUGUAACACUUGCGCAAGUAGCAACAGCACCUUUACCCCUCAUCUUCACAAUGUCUAUUUUAGCUAUAAGAGGCCUUUGAUAGAGACUGGAUUCCUUCCACUGUGCUCAGAAUUUCUAAUAACUAUCCCCUUAUACUGAAUGUAUUUCAGGAGAGACCUCUGCUGCAAGGGCCCCACUCUCUCUAGUAAACGAAGCACAAUACCUCCUGAUCAACAGAACAAGUAUUUUGCAGCUGAGAGAUAAAGUUGUGGAAAGGUAAGUGCUUCCUCACCUGAAAAGGCACAUUUCCUUGUGCUGCCUCUUUUUGUCCUUUCCAUGAGCAAGACUUCUUCUGGCCCAACCUCCUUAAUGCUUCACUUGUACAAAGACUACUGUAGAUGCACAAUUAUGGCAACUAUUAUUCUUAAGAAAAAAAUAAGAAUGUGGGAUGAGCAUCUGCUGGAUCAGGCCAGGAGCUUUUCUAGUCCAGUGUCUAGUCCAUUGUCCACACAGUAUUCCAGGUGUGGUCUGGCCAAGGCAGAAUAGAGUAGUACUAGAUUUAGAGACUAGACUUCUAUUGAUGCAUUAGCUUUUUUUGCUACAGAAUCACAUUGUUGACUCAUGUUGCAGUCUACUAAGACUUCUAGCUCUUACAUAGGUGCAGCUGGUUAUUUCAGGCUGAAAGGGACAAGUGGGACUUAGAAGAACAGAAAGAACAAUCCCUUCUCAUGGGCUCCAGUGUUGCUGCAAUUCGGGGAUUUUUUAAAACGGGGAAUUUUGUGACACAUUUACCUAGACUUGGGAAGGUUUAAGAUGGCAGCCCUCGUCUGACCAUACCACCCGUAGGUGCCAACUCUCUAUGGCUGAGGGGAUGGAGCUGCCCCCCCAACCUUGAGGGGCCAGGCUUUGCUGUGGCAGGCUUUGCCAGGCCUUCCGCACCUGCCUGCGAUGAGCCCCUUUGGGCUUUCACACGCCAGCAGCGGGCCAUGAGAACUUGUUGCAGGCUGGUUGCAUUACUUUCAGGCAAAUGAAAUGUUUAAAAAAGAUAUAAAGGAAAGCGGAUAUGCAGAAAAAGACUCAAAGUUCCAAACAGAGAUAAUAAAUAAUGAAUAUAAAACUCUGUCAAAAAUGUAUAAGAUACUGUUAGAAUGGUUUGCGAAAGACGAAGAGGUUAAAUCGGUAAUGAUACAGUGGGCCAAAGACUUUGGACAUAACAUUCAAUUUGAAGAUUGGGAAAAAUUAUGGAAGGAAAGUUUAAAAUUUACUGUAUGCAUGGGGUUGAAGGAAAAUGUAAUGAAAAUGUUUUACAGAUGGUAUAUCACUCCGGUAAAAUUUGCAAAAAUGUAUAAAACAUGUAAUAAGUGUUGGAAAUGUAAAGAAAAAGAGGGAACUUUCUACCACAUGCGGUGAGAAUGUAAGAAAGUAAAGAGUUUCUGGGAAGCAAUAUAUAAUGAAUUGAAAAAAAGGUUAAAAUACACUUUUGUGAAGAAACCAGAAGCUUUUCUUUUAGGGAUUACAGGAAAAGAUAUAAGAAGAAAAGACUAUAAACUUUUUCAGUAUGCAGUUACGGCAGCAAGAAUUCUAUUGGCUCAGAAAUGGAAACAAGAGGAAAUACCGACGAUUCAAGAAUGGAGAAUGAAAUUGACGGACUAUGUGGAACUGGACAAACUGACCGGGAAAAUAAGAUAUGCCCGAAACCAAAAGUUCAUCGAGGAUUGGGGAAAAUUUGCAGAUUAUCUGAAAAAUAUAUGUGAGGUGCAAGCAACGCUAGUGGGGUUUCAAGAAGCACUGUAAAAUUUUAAGAGGUAUUGCUGAAAGUAAAUAGAAAAGGAAGGGAAGACAAAUGGCAAUGCAAAUAAAGGAAUGCGUACUGAAGGGUAAAAAUGGAUGAUUACCAGAGAAGUAAUCAAAAAUGGAUGAUUACCAGAGAACUUUUGUAUUUUGUUAAAAUUAGGGAAAAUUUGGAUAAAAUUGUAUGAUUAUAUUGAAAACUAAUACAAAUUUAUUAAAAAAAAAAAAAAGAGAACUUGUUGCAGGCACCGGGGGAGGGGGGGCAGCGCCUAUGACACCACCUAAACCCACUGUAGUUGAGCAGUAUUACGGCUGUCCAAAGAAGCAGCAUGCAGGUAUGAGAGAUUACGUUCUCCCUUCUUGCUCCUGCUUUGCACCAUUCUUGGGUGCUGUUGUCAGGCAGAAAUAGGUGCUUCAGCUCUGCCUGUGGUUGAAACAAGAGAAAUAAAGAACAUGAUGAGGCAUUUUAAAAAGUGAAGAAGAGGUGGAAGCACAGUUCAAGAAGGACACUGACAAACUGGAACGUGUCCAGAGGAGGGCAACCAAAAUGGUCAAAGGCCUGGAAACGAUGCCUUAUGAGGAACGGCUAAGGGAGCUGGGCAUGUUUAGCCUGGAGAAGAGGAGGUUAAGGGGUGAUAUGAUAGCCAUGUUCAAAUAUAUAAAAGGAUGUCACAUAGAGGAGGGAGAAAGGUUAUUUUCUGCUGCUCCAGAGAUGCGGACACGGAGCAAUGGAUCCAACUACAAGAAAGAAGAUUCCACCUAAACAUUAGGAAGAACUUCCUGACAGUAAGAGCUGUUCGACAGUGGAAUUUGCUGCCAAGGAGUGUGGUGGAGUCUCCUUCUUUGGAGGUCUUUAAGCAGAGGCUUGACAACCAUAUGUCAGGAGUGCUCUGAUGGUGUUUCCUGCUUGGCAGGGGGUUGGACUCGAUGGUCCUUGUGGUCUCUUCCAACUCUAUGAUUCUAUGAUUCUAUGAGUAUGAAGUGACAGGAACCGAAUUCCUUCUUGCCUCUUGGGAAGUGGGGGGAAAGAAGGAAAGGAAAUUCAGAGCGGGGGGGAGGACUGCGGCAAGCUGGCGGGGCUCCCAGAUGAGAAACAGCGAGAGGGGUGGCAAACUCAGUGACCGCCCCAGGCAGCAUAAGCCCUAGCUACAUCACUGAUUGCACUUGUUCAAACUUUGUUCAUGUUAGUAAUUAAGGCUAUGUGAAAGCUUUCGCCUUUUGAAUGCAAUAGAAAUCUGUCUUCAUUGAACUGAGAAACAUGAAAGCACAAGUGUUACUGAACUCAUUUGGGUUAAUAUUAGACCAUAUUGUUUCCCCCUCUGCCUCUGUGGAACAGACUAGGUGAAUCACUUCCCCCGCAGGAACUCGUCCACCGCUUCCGUGCCAACAUUGUAGUCAGCACAGAUGAGCCGUUCGAAGAAGACCUGUGGGAGGAGAUUGCAGUGGGUCCCCUGCGUUUCAAGGUACAAAUGGCUGCAGCUGUUUGUUAGUGUCAUGCGGCAUGCUGGGAAAUAGUACGCAGCAGCUUCUUGCAAGACAAUGAUUCAGGCAAGGAUCUGGAACAGGUGUUUGGGAUACAGAACAGCUUUGAGCUAGAAUAGUCUGAGCAGCAGUGUAUUACUUUGUGUGUACAAUGACUCUCUGUUACCACAGAAGUGACCUGGCAUGGCGCUGUGAUGCAAGGGCAAGAAGGCAGUUGGUACUGUCAGAUUUGUUGAAUCCUGGGAGCCAAGACCCAAGUUUGGGGCAGGUACCCUUUGGUAAGAGAACCCCAGCAGAGAUUUAACAUCGCAAAACAUUCAGCAACGAAAACCUGGUGUAAAGCCUUUAAAAAGUGUUCUUCCACUGAGUCCCUUAAAUGUCCCCUUUUAAAAGUUCUUUGCAAAUUGUCCCACUUCCCCAGCAUAGACAUUGACCACACAUUUGGGUAAGUCAUAAGAUAGUUUACUUUAAAAAAACACCUCUUCAAAUGUCAGAUCCAUGUGCUUUUCCACACAGCAGCCAGAAAAGAUGCACAGGCAGUCAAGAUGUUGCUUAGUUACAAAAGGUAAAAGUUAAACUAUUGAUAAACUAUUGAAAAAAUGAUCUGAAACAGAAGAGGCUGGUCAAAGUCAUGUGGCCGGCUGGAAUGACCAUCUCAAACCUCCUUACAUGCUGAAGUCCUUAUGGAGAGAGAAAUACUGUAUAGCAAAGACAUGGUGACCUAUUGCUGCUAAGGUGGAGGAUGAUGGCAUAGGCUCAGCCUGGCAGGACAGUUUAUUCUAUUAUUUUAACCCCUUCAUGCACUGAUUAGAUUUGCAUGCUAAAAUUAUAUGAGGCUGGAACCCUACAGGACUGACCAAGAGCCCAGCCAGCAGCAGCAUGAUCUGCACACUGGUGUUCCUGGUUAAGAUCAGAGUUUUCCCUUUCCUGCUGCCUUGUGGGAUGUCUUCAGGAGAAGAAAAGGCUAAGGAGUAAACCCUACACAGAUCCAGAGUGGAGUGUGUAAGGCAGAUGUUGGUGCUUUGAACGCCUCCCUCAGGCAGCGCUGGUGCCAGAUGUAUUCCUCUGCUUUCUUUUGGACCGCAUCAGCGAGGCUGAGAGGCUGAGCGUCUUGUCGUCUGGGUAACCCGGGACCUCCGUACACACAGCUCAGGCUUGUGCCCCAGGGAGGUCACGGUCAGUGCUGCAGAAACACUAAAAACAAGGCAGGAGGCUGUGUUAUUUGACGUCUGCAGUCCUUAUGUUAAGAGCCCCCCCCCCCCCCGAUUCAAUUUGGUGACUGAAGCUGAAAGCAUUCUCCAGGUGGCUGCCAGCUCAUGGGAUUCCAGCAUGGCAGCAGUAGUUACUACUAGUUCUUUUCUGAAUCCCUUAUCCCAGACAGAGAGGAAGCAUUUGUUUCUUGUUGUGGCCCCUGCUCACCUUUGCAGGCCAAAAGUGUUUGGUGCUGGUGAUAUGGUCAGAAUGGUUGCUGCUGACAUUUGACUCCUCUAGAAGCAGAUGUGUUGUGAUUCCUGGCUAAGUGGGGGCUUCAAGAUCUUCUCUGUGCAAAUUUCAGGUUAUCGGGCCAUGCCACAGAUGUCUGGUUAUCUGCAUUGAUCAAAAAACUGGAGAACGGAACAAGGAAUUUCUUCAGACUCUGGCUGCCACUAAAGACAAAAAAGUCAGUAUACAAAUCCUUUUUUUUUAAAAAAAAAGUGCCCUUUUCCCUUACAGGGAAGGCUUACAGUUAAAAUAAGAACAGGUGAAAACAGAGAGAAUAAAGAAUAAUUUAAAUACAAUUAAACAUUAAUAGAAUUAAUAGUAACUAUGUAUGUAUGUAUGUAUGUAUGUAUGCAUGCAUGUAUGUAUAUGUGUGUGUGUGUGUAUAGAGAAACAGACAAACAGGCAGAUAGAAGGUCUAUUAAAAACAUACAGACAAUUGCAACAAAAAUAGCACAGCAUCAGCCCUUUCCUUAAAAGCGGUCAGUUCCCAAAAGCCUGUUGGAAGGAGAGGGUUUUCACCUGCCAGCCGAAGAACAACAAGGAGGGAGCCAGUCUAACUUCUGAAGGAGGGAGUCCCAAAGUUGUCUGGGAGCAGCCACCACCGAGAAGGCCCUCUUCCACAUGCCCACCGAGUGUGCCUGUGAAGGGGGGGGGGGAAUCAAGAGGAGGGCCUUCCUUGAAGAUCUCAAGACCCAGGCAGAUUCGUAUGAGGGAAUAUACAAAUGUGAAUGAGCUGCUCAAUGGAGCUUUGCUGCCACUUCCACAAAACCUUUUGGUUUUAAAAAAGGGGAGAAAGCAGAAAGCAAGGCAAGCUUUCAUUUGCCUUCCUUUUUUUUUUCUUUUUUUGCCCCGUCAAACCCUGAAUGAUCUGUAAGUAUAAUAAAUGUUAAGCUUAAUUUUUAACAGAGCAUCAUGCCUCCUUUCCUGUCUACAUGGGGGGGGGGGGUUCUUAAAAGUGUUUACCCAGUGAUAACUAUAGAAAGGCCAAAUCCAGCCCACUAAAAAACAAAACAGGCCAGGAAUCGUCCCACAGUACAGUAGGAUGCAAGCUAACAAGCCAAAGUCUGGGUAACUUCCACAGCAAAUACUACAGUGCUUCCUUGGAACCUUCGCAUAAAUUAAGGCUGAAUUUAAGCAAGAAAAAUGGAAAUGGUUCUGAACAUCAUCUAAAAUAACUUGACCAUUCUUUCUGUUCAUUGCACUGCUUGUAGUCAAUAUACUUUACAGGAAUUUAGUUUAACCAUCCAGAGGCAUUGCAGUUGUUACUGUUCCAUCUGUUGGGUAUUUGAUCUUACAAAUGUUUCUCCCCUCAGACUAAGUUUGGAAUAUACCUGAUGAAUCAUCCUGAGAUGCAGGUCUCCCAUCCAGAUACAUUGUCAGUGGGAUCACCAGUGUUUGCAGCGGUGAAGAACAUUAUCGCAUGUUGACCUUCGGCUGAAGAGCAAACUGGUGGAGGAUUCCUCAGCUGAACCUGCACAUGGGAUGGUCUUGCAGAUUAUUCAUAUGUGUUCUCAACAGCAAUAUGAUCCUCUCCAAUAUUAUGAGUAAAAGGUCAAUCACCUUUAAAUAUUCAGAAAUGACAUGUCACAGCUAAUCAGGUGGAUCAAUUUUUGCAACUCUAUAUCAUUUGAUCAUUUGAUUUCUUUUUUCCAUUCAGGUUCACGAGAGACUUGUUGCAGGGCAGUGAUGCUGACUAGGAAAUUUAAUGUCCUCAAAAUGCCACUUCACAAGUUAGAUUGAUAGUUAAUAACCUCAAAUAGUCAGCUGGUUUAAAUUAAGUGUGGUGUGUGUGUGUGCAGUGUGUGGGGGGGGAGAAGAAAUAGUGCUUUAGAUAAGAAACAGAGAUAGCUGGCUGGAAGUGAAGCACCUUGGGAUUCAAAGGCUUUAACGUGGAUAGCAAAUUUGCUGCCUUGCUGCAGUGCCUGCUGUUAGCUUCCACUGAUGCAAGUAGCACCUGCAACAAAGGACUCAUCCAGACUUCUGCUUUUUUGCCAAUUAUUUUUAUUAAUUUCCCAUAAUCUUUAACAAAUUGCCACCAAAUUAAUACAAGUUUAAAAGCUGAUUUCCCACCCUCCCCCAAAUGUCCCCUCUAUUUUCCUCCCUUCUUUGCUGCUCCCAAUAAAAUAACUUUUACAGCUAUCUUUUCAAAGUACACUCAUCCCUUCUCCCUACACAUUGCCUGUUCAAUUACCAAUUUCUGCUAUGGCUUUUAUACAUUGUUAUAACCUGUCCUCAAAAUAGUCGAAUAGAGUAAAUCCUCUUUUAUCUAUCUAUAAUAGUCAUUAAUCGGUUUUGAAACAUUUCCCUCUGAUGCCUCUUUAGUAGCACUUUGCCUGAGAAAAACAGGUCCUGCUUCUUCCCAGACAACACACACAUAUUCCUCCCUAACAUGGCCUUGAACAUUGCUGUCUCACAUCUGGCCCCUGUAAUAAACAGAGUGAAAAUGAACCCCCUAGAAUUUUUUUUGUAUAAAUAUAUAAUAUACAUUCCCUCUCUCUCACUGCCAAUCUCCCAGCCUCCCCCAUACCUUGCAUGUCUCCAGUUUUAAUCCUCAAUUUUACAUACAAUCAGCUCAUAAUUAAUUAAUUAAUUAACAUAAUCCAAAUCUCUUCUUAUUUCCAACUUCAAGCUUUGGGGCUGAUGUAAUCCCACUUUCUGUUUUUUACCCAGCUUUUGGUCGCUCACCCAGCAGCUGGGCUUUAGCACCAAAUAUAAGCCUGAAUGGACGGGAAAUUGGCCUGGUUUGUGAGCAUCUAAAAAAGCAUGUGUUAAUUGUGAGGAGGUGCCAUGAGUUUAUCCAGAAUAGAUCAUUCCAAACCAACCUUAUCUCCUUUUUUGAUACCUUUACUACUUUAGUCCUGUGCCAUUUCUUUCCUAUCUCUGUCUUUCUUGACCUUCAUGCACAAACUGGCCCGUUUUGCUCUUCUUGCUCAUGGCAAGGCUUCACCACCACAAACAUAAAACAGUACAAGAUUGUGUCUUUGCAGCCCAAGCCUACAAUCUCUGCAAUCCAGUGCUUGCUAGUUCCACUACAUUCAGUGAGGCUUGAUCCCUGCUUAGUUUGCAUAGGAGUGCAGCCUGCAUAGCAGUGUAGAAAGUUAAUUACCUAAUUUGUGGACUGGCACCAGAUUUCCCCUUGUUGUGCAUAAAGAUUGGUUGUGACACUUCACUUGAGUGGCACAUUUGACCAGGGUCAGCCCACUGGCAAGGCAAGGUGAGCCAACCACCACAGGCAUCAAGAACACACACACACACACACACACACACACACACACACCGUGAUUUCUGAAGUAGAUCUUCACUGAGUCCUUCUUCACUAGUGGGGAUGGAAAUGCCGUUUUGUGGUUCACCUCAGGUGCCAAAAUGUCUCGGGUCAGCCCAGAAUCUGACCCAAUGGAACAGUGAAAUGAAAUGGAGAGAUUUACAUGGCUACAGCCUAGAUGGAAUGCUGAAAAAAUGCCAAGUGGUAAAUUGAGCCACACUUUUUAUUCAAGUGAAUAACUGUAUUUGUGCACUGUCUACUUAAAGAAAAUAAUUUUGCUGUACAUCAAUCCUGACAAUAAAUGCUUUGCAGAUAUUAUCCAAAUAUUUUUGAAGCUAAAUUAUUUGUCUGAUAUUUGAGAUCUAUAUUUGAUAUCAUGGGAUACUUGAUUCCAAUAUUUUAUAUUUAAUAAUAUUUAAUAAUAUUUGAUAUGACAUAUGAUAUAUUAAUAUCUGAAAGCAUUUUAUGGAAGACAUGAAAUAGACAUGAAAUAGGACUGUAAUUUUUUGUAAUAUCAGCCAAAACAAUCAAGAGAAUGUAAACAAAUCCAAAGAACUCAAUUUGGAGGGGAAAUGUCUCUCGGGACAAACUAUUCUGUGUUAGAAUUUGCAUUCAUCUUUCUGAAAAGCAGAUUGAAAAUAUUUGCCAAAUUUCAAAUAUUAGAAAAUAUUUGUUUCAGCUAAAAUAUAUUAUUUGUUUUUCUAUGAGCUCAUUUAAUUAAACUGACAUCUCUUAUACUUUUUGCCGAGUGGUUUGUCUCUCUGUUCUCUAUUGGGGGCCUUUGAGAUAUUGUCACCCAAUCUGUGAACACAAAGCAGUUGGUUUUCCUCUGUGACAAGGUUUUGGAUUGAGAUGGUGGACUGAACUGCUCCAGACUGCCC